CCCGGAGCAGCCGUCGCCUUGGCCAGCCCAGCUGCCGCGGGAGCCUCAGCAGCGGCGGCGGCAGGAGGCAGCAGGCAGGCGCCGGAGCAGCAGCCAUGAGCCAGGCAACGGCCGCUUCUUGCGUCUCCUCUCCACCGCCGUCUCCAUCCUCUCCAUCCGCUGUAGCAGCAGCAGCAGCAGAAGCGCCCUCCGCUCGCGGCUCCCCGGCGUCCGGCAGCCCCAGCCCGGCGGGACCAUGAAGCGGCAGAACGUGCGGACGCUGGCGCUGAUCAUCUGCACCUUCACCUACCUGCUGGUGGGCGCCGCCGUCUUCGACGCGCUGGAGUCCGAGGCGGAGACGGCCGACCGGACGGCGCUGGAGGAGAAGCAGCUGGAGCUCAAGAGCAAGUACAACCUGUCCGAGGCCAACUACUGCGAGCUCGAGGGGGUGGUCCUCAAGCUCAAGCCCCACAAGGCCGGCGUCCAGUGGAAGUUCGCCGGCUCCUUCUACUUCGCCAUCACCGUCAUCACCACCAUCGGUAAGGCGGCCUCGCCGCGCGCCCAUCGCCGCCGCCGCCGUCUGCGCCCCGGGGCGCCGCCUGAGGCUGCACGAAGCCCCGGAGGGGGUGGGGGGGUGGGGAAGGAGAAGGACUGUCCCCAGAAAGUGUGCGUGCGUGCCUCUCUCCCCCCCUCCCGCCGCCACAUUCCACCUGUAUAGUUUGUCCUCAGUUUCCCCUUUGGGGCCAGACCUGCGUCCCCAAACGCGCCUGCUGCGUUUCCGAACCGCUUUCCCACUUUGGAGAGGGAGACGCCGGUUUGGAGAGGAGUUGGGCAACUUAAGAACGGGCUUCGGAAACCUUUCGCUGAGCUCUGAGUGCUUUUCUUUCUUGCGGGGGCGGGGGGGGGGAGUUUCUCCCUUAUUACUUUACUCUCUAAUAGACACACAAAGCCCCUCUUCCAGCUAUAAAAUCGCUCUCUCUCUCCAUCACCAUCCAAGCGCAGAACAAGGCUCACGCCCCGAUCCCGGUCCAUCCGUUUUUUCCUCCUUCGCCUUCUUCUGUUGUCCCCCCCCCCCCGAAAGUAGUCUUCGGGUGGGGUGUGCGCAGGAGAUGGCACGUUCUCAGCGGCGCCCGGAAGAAAAAUCUCCCUUAAAAAACAGCAACAGCCUCCCAGACCUAAAGCAAACCUGUUUCUGGAAAAGUGGGGGACUAGUUGUUUUUAUAAUGACACCCCCCCACCUCAGUAGGCUUCUGUGGAAAAAGUGGCGAGGGGCGCGGAGAGGUCUGGAGGCAGGGAGCGUGAAAUGCAUGCUAAAGCGCGAGGAACAAUGAAGACAAAGGGUCUUCCCUGGAAAGCAGACCCCUCCUCUCUUGUCUCUCCCCCCGCCCCAUUUAAGACCACCAAACCAGAUUACUGGUUGGGUUUGGAGGCGCGACUGUGAUCUCCGGAAUUUCUCGUGGAGGGUCGUUGGUGUGUCUGGGUAGAAGCUGUGGCCGAAUGAUCUUUUGCUGAGUUGCGGGGGGUGGGGAGGGCGGCGGCUGUCGAUAAUGGGAUGGGGGGCUUUUUAGGGUGCUAAGCGAGCGGAACAGGGGCAGGCUCCAAGUUCCCAGUGAACUCAGAGGCAGCGCUAGGACGAAUUUCUCGCAUUAUUGACCCCACUGUCUUCCGAAGCAUGCUUACCAAAGUGUAAAUGUUGUUGGGCACAGUGGAAGUUACUUCCGAGUAAACAUGCAGUAGGGUGCGUUAGUGGGCUGCGGAUAGGAGUAUAUAAAUGUACUAGGAAGAGUUAUCAGGCUUACUUCUGAGUAAAAAUGCAUAGGCUGGGCCAUAAAAAUGUCUUUUGCACGGAAUGAGGAAGGCAGUAGCUCUCCAGGCAGAAGCGGGAGAGAUCCCUGGCUGACACCCUGGGCAGCUGCUGCCAGCCAGUGUCGACAAUAUUGUGUUGGAUGAACCAGUGGUCUCUCUGACUGUCAUAAGGCAGCGGCCGAGGUUCUUACCAGAUGCAUUCACUGUGCAAUCCCACGCGUGGUCCCGCAGAAGCGAGCCCAGCUGCAUUCCGCGGGGUCUACUCUCGAGUAGGCGCGCCGGAUCGCGGCCUGCAAGAGUUAGGAAGCACUUUUCGGACCCCUCCCCCUUGCCAUCUGUGCGUGACCGCUUCCUAAUCCCUGUAGGGAGAGGGAGACGACGCUGCGUGUGAUGCAGGAGAUUUAUUAAUCUGUCGUAAAAGGCGUGAGCUGACUUUAUCUACCUGCCCUCAAGUGGGGUGUUUUUGGGGGUGGGUGCGUGGGCUUAGCAAGAGGAAGGUUGCACCCCACAUACCCUACUAUGCAGGAAGCGACUGAGGUUCAGGAAGCUUGUUUUUCUUCCUGCUUCUCUCGAGUAAAACAAAAAAGGAUCUCUUUUGCUCCUCCGCUGUUCCCAGAAGGAGGAGGCGAGCUCGUGGAUUCAGGGCUCGUGGGUUGUUUAUGGGGAACACCCAGCCUGUCAUUUUGCCAGUUUCCAAACAUGUGAAUCAAAACACAGAGGAAGCCAAGGCGUGGGGGGGGGGGGGAGGUCUCGCCGUGUCUGCAAUGCGCAGGAUUCCUGCGAGUGGGCAGCGUUGCAAACAGAAGGGGGGUUUCCUUGCCCAGAGAAGUCCUAUAGCUGGGGAUCCUCUUUGCCACCCUCCUUUCCACUAAGCUUCGGAAGAUCCUCUGCGCGAGGCAAGAGGCUCAGAUCUUUAAGAGCAUCUUUCAGUUCAGUCUGCAGUUGUGGGCACACUAAAGAAGGGGUAAACGCCAUAGAGCCCAGUGGGACUCACUUCGCCAUAAUCGUGGGAUCCUGACCUGCCAAGCUUUCAAUAAUAAUCCAAAUGCGUAGCAAUGUUUUUCCCCUUACCCGUUUUGCGUGCUUGGCGUUCCAGGGCUUGUUCCCAUUUUACAGAUGGAGAGUUGAGGUGGGCAGAAGGGAACCCGUGUCAGAAGGCGGAGAAAUUACCGUAAAUCCCAGGCCUUUUUGGCCCCAAAGCUCUAGCAUCCUUGAAGUUUACUUGCUGUUUCCUCAUAAAGUGCCCCCACCCUCAUAGGCUAAGUCAUGUGAUCUGAGGUGGAUUGGCAAGAAACCCCUGGAUUAUCCCAAAGUUCAUUAGCGCAAUAUUAGAUGUUCUAUGUAAAAUGAGAAAAGGACCCUUCUGUAAGCAGAAAUGUAUUAAUUUCCAAACUGCACCUCAAUAUUUUCUCUUGCCUCCGUACAAUAAAGUGAGACAGGUCAGCUGUAUUGCAAAGUCUAAAUCUGUAGCUGUGCAUGAUGUAGUUCAUCUUCAGUUCUGUGCACUUUUACUUAGGAGUAAGUCACAUUGAACUUUGGAGUGAGCAUAGAAUCAUGUUGCCUGUUGAGUUAACCGGGCAGGCAUUCGGUUUGACCCUUCCGACAUUUCUCUUCUUAAUGGGGACAGAAGGCUUUCCUUUGACGCUUUUAAAAAGGAGAAAUUAUGUGCCUCUGUUUACGACGUAUUAAGCCAGCUACAAAUAGAGCGUUUUUAAGGACAAACGAAUGCAAUUGGGCGCAGUUUGACGCGCAGAGGAAGAGAUCAGUUUAAGCUCCUAACUCUUGCUUGCAAUCAGAUUAAUUCCUGAUUUAUGCCGCUGCUCUGGAAUUCUGGCCAAAGACCCCCCGAGGCCAGACAGCCUUGAAGCCUCUUGCAACGCUUCCAAAUUGUUUCUCAAAUCCCGAGCUCUUAAAAGCGCUUCCCUGCAGAGUCUCCUUGAAAUAUGGCGCUCUUCCUGGUUUCGAUUUUUUUUUUUUAGUGCUUUCCCUCUGUGCUGAAUUAUUUCACUUUUUUUAAAAAAAAUCUUUUUACUGCUUUUCCUUCUCGUUCGUGUUCUGAGUACCCUUUUGAGAGUGGACACUGACUGCUGUUGCCGGUUGGCAAUACUUAUGCCUAAAAAGAGUAUUAAUAAAACAAAGAAAUAAAUGCAAUUGAAUCAAGAGAAGCAGUGCAGGUGUCCCAGAAAAGGAUAGCUUUUUAUCUUCUCCGAAAUAUUUAUUCUUUAUUAAAUUUCUAUACCAACCUUCAGCCAAAGAUCACAGGGCAGUUUAUAAUAUAACAACAGAAAAAUAUAUAUAGCAUAAUAACAAACAAAAGCAAUAAACCCCAGUUCCAAAGGACAUAGAUUGUUAAAAGCCUGGGAGAAGAGGGUUGUUUUGCCUGGCACCUAAAUAUAUAUAAUGAAAGGACCAUUUGAGCUUCCCUGGGGACAGCACUCCACAAACAUGUUAGCUGAAUAUCUGAAGAUGGAGCAAGCUUGUUUUCUGCCUCUCCAGAGUGGCUUCGAACUACAAGAAAGGAGAUUCCAACUAAGUCAGGAAGAACUUUCUGAUGGUCAGAGCUGUUCGACAGGGGAACAGACUUUUCAGAAGGUGAUGGACUCUCCUUCCUUGGAGGUUUCUAAGCAGAUGGCCCUCUAUCAUGGAUACUUUAGCUGAGAUUCCUGCAUCUCAGGGGGUUGGACUAGAUGCCCUUCGGAGGUGCCUUCCAACUCCACAGUUCUUUAACUCUAAGUCACAAAAACAGAAAGAGUCCCUAAACCAAGGGUCAGCAACCUUUUUCAGCAGGGGGCCAGUCCACUGUCCCUCAGACCUUGUGGGGGGCUGGACUAUAUUGCUUUUUUGGGGGGAAAUGAACGAAUUCCUAUGCCCCACAAAUACCCCAGAGAUGCAUUUUAAAUAAAAGGGCACAUUCUACUCAUGUAAAAACACCCUGAUUCCCAGACCGUCUGCGGGCCGGAUUGAGAAGGCGAUUGGGCCGGAUCCGGCCCCCAGGCCUUAGGUUGCCUACCCAUGCCCUAAACCCUCUGACAGUGGCCUUCUCACAUUCCAGGGCACUUGGGGGGGGACUGGCCCUGUUGCUUGCUACAGAAUGUAAACAGCAGCUGGACUCCUUUAGGGAAAAGGCCUCUUUGACUUUUGUAGGUUCCUGGCCCUGGCAAGAAAGAACCAGGACACUUGUUGCAAAAGAGGCUGCGCAGGAUCCCUUGAGAUGGCUGGGGAAGUUUUUAAUGUUUGAUGUUUAAUGUUUUAUUGUGUUUUUAAUAUACUGUUGGGAGCCGUCCAGAGUGGCUGGGGAAACCCAGCCAGAUGGGCGGGGGUAUAAAUAAAUUAUUAUUAUUAUUAUUAUUAUUAUUAUUAUUAUUAUUAUUAUUUGCACUACUUGCCAAAUGCAGCUCCAUGGAAAGCAGAGGCCAAUUCCAGAGGUUACAAGGGAUUGGAUCGGUUGGAAAACUCAGCACAAGACUCAAUUCCUAUUGAAGUUUUUGGCGCACAAUGGCUGUGGGAAAAUUGCAACCUUCGCUAAGAUCCCAGUGGCUUUAGUGAUGGCAAGUGUGCCAGUACCAGUGGAAGGUGGUCGACUCUCUUUGUUGGAGGUUUUCAAACCAAGGUCGGGUGGCCAUCUGUUAGAGAUGCUUUAGCUGUGAUUCCUGAACUGCACGGGACGGGACUAGAUGACCUUUGGGAUCCCCUCCAACCCUCCAAUUCUGUGAUUCUGUGAACAAGAGGUCAAGUUUCCCCCCACUGCAAGGUUGUGCUGGAAUUAUAGCAGUGUCUUGUUCAACCUUGAUUAUUAUCAUUUAGUCUUGAUAGUUGCUUUUCUUUAUUUAUAAGAAUAGUUGUAUACUGCUGCAUCAUAAAAAUAAAUAAACUGAAGCAGUUUAAAGAAAUGAAGACACAAAAACCACGCAAUGGCAUCCAUAUAAAAGUUAAAAAUAGACCUCAAACAACAGUUGUGGACCAAUGUGUUCUUAAUUGCAGUCAGAGGCCUGGCAGAAUACAAACGUUUUCAGCAGGCUUUUAAAAGUCGAUGCAGAAGGCGCCUGGUGAAUUUCCAGUGGCAGAGAGUUCCAGAGGACAGGGCCAAUGACACCCAAGGCUUAGCUACUUGUUGUCAAAUGAGCCCCAGCACCUUGGGGUAUGACCAAUGAUGCUCUUGCAGAUGACCUCAAUGACCGAGUGGGGAUAGGAGAAUUCAGGUGGUCCCUGAAGUACCCUGGACCUAAGCUGUCCCAGGGCUUUGUGAAUUAAUACAAGAAACUUGAACCAUAAUGUAUUUAUGUUUGCAUGUUACGCAAAAUUCUCCAAGCAGCUUGCAUCACUUUUCAAUACAUAAAUAUAAAUAUACUAUAUGAUUAGAAGAAUUAAUUCGAACACAUGUACACAUGAAACAGCACAUAAAGGUCACAGGAAGCACAUUGGCAGCAAAUUUAAGUAGUCUGUUGCUGUGACAGGAUUUGAAUCCAGGACUUUGAGCUUCUAAUCCUACUGUCUGUCUACUGGAUGGACACUUUCUGUCUUCUUCCAUGGCUUCCUUCCUUCCUUCCUUCCUUCCUUCCUUCCUUCUUGUGUGUGAUAUCAAUGGUCAAAUCUCAUAGAAAUCCAUGAGAAAAUAAUAGUAGAAAAAGGAGUGAAGUUUUAUUAAGUGCCAGUUUGAUGUAAUGGUUAGAGAGCAUGUUGGAGUAAGACGUGGGAGAGACCAGGGUUCAAAUUCCCACUCAGCUGUGAAGCUCGCUGGCUGACCUUGAACCAUCCACUGUCUCUCUGCCUUGCCUACCUCACAGAGUUGUUGUGGCGGGUGAAAGGGGGAGGUGAAAAACUGUGCUCAGGGUGGAAGGCUGGAGUGGAGAUAUAACAAACAGAUUAAGUUUGAAACCAGCUCCCACUUCCAAACCAAUUGCUCUAAUAACUCAAGAGGAUGCCUCUCGUAUCAGCGGAACGAUGUGAUAUUUGAGAGAUACAGCUUGCAAACUCUUCUGCAAAAUUUGGCUCCAUUCCUUCAUCAUGUUGCCUUUUAGACCUUUUUAGUUUUUAGAUUGUUUACGGGAGUUACUUGAUAUCGUCUUGAGUUUAAUUCAAGUGUGUGUAUAUUUAUCCUGAUUGUAAAUUCCCUCGCGUUUAUUUUAUAGACGGUUGGGAUCUAAAUCUUAAUCGUCAUCUGCAAUAUCCCAGUGCAGAGAAGGACAACCAGAAUGAUCAAGGCAGCAGAAGCGAAAUCACCUAAGAAAAAAAUGUACCGUGUUUCGGGCUUUUCAAUUUUAGUUUAGACCAGUUUCUGGAGGAGAGAGCAUUCUUGUACUUGAAUUCUGCUUGUGGGUUUCCCAUAAUGGGCAUUUGGUUGGCCACUGUGAGAACAGGAGGCCAGACUAGGUGGGCCACUGGCCUGAUCCAGCACGUUCUUCUUAUGGAGCCUCCAGGUCCAGAGGCACUCUAUUUAAUAUUUAAUGUAUUUUUGCUCUUUUGUUGGAAGCCGGCCAGAGCAGCUGAGGAAAACCAGCCAGAUGGGCGGGGUAUAAAUCCUUCAGCCUGGACACUGAGGUGCAGCUCUGAGGGUCUUCUGGCGGUUCCCUCCCUGUGAGAAGUGAGGUUACAGGGAACCAAGCAGAGGGCCUUCUCGGUGGUGGUGCCUGCCCUGUGGAACGCCCUCCCAACAGAUGUCAAGGGAAUAAAGAACUACCUGACUUUUAGAAGACACCUGAAGGCAGCCCUGUUUAGGGAAGUUUUUAAUGUUUCAUGUUUUGUUGUUUAGUCGCUUAGUUGUGUCCAACUCUUCGUGAUCCCAUGGACCAGAGCACGCCAGACACUCCUGUCUUCCACUGCCUCCCACAGUUUGAUCCAACUCAUGUUGGUAGCUUCGAGAACACUGUCCCACCAUCUCCUCCUCUGUCGUCCCCUUCUCCUUGUGCCCUCCAUCUUUCCCAACAUCAGGGUCUUUUCCAGGGAGUCUUCUCUUCGCAUGAGGUGGCCAAAGUAUUGGAGCCUCAGCUUCAGGAUCUGUCCUUCCAGUGAGCACUUGGGUCUGAUUUCCUUCAGAAUGGAGAGGUUUGAUCUUCUUGCAGUCCAUAGGACUCUCAAGAGUCUCCUCCAGCACCAUAAUUCAAAAGCAUCAAUUCUUCGGCGAUCAGCCUUCUUUAUGGUCCAGCUCUCACUUCCAUUUGAUGUUUGAUGUUUUAUCGUGUUUUUAAUAUUCUGUUGGGAGCCACCCAGAGUGGCUGAGGAAACCCAGCCCGAUGGGCGAGGUAGUAAUCAUCAUCAUCAUCAUCAUCAUCAUCCACCCAUCUCUUAGGACAGGCAGCAUGAUGAAGGUGACCCCAUGGAGAGUUUCCCAUCAGCCACCUUGUCUCGCUGGGACUACCCCAUAACAAGCCUUCUACAGUGGAUGCUUGGGGCGCGAAUGUGAUCCGUGUGGGAUGCACGUUCGCAACCUGCAGCGUUCGCAACCCAUGUCUGUGCACACACGGGUUGUGAUUCGGCGUGCAUGUGCAAAGUGCAAUUUAGUGCUUCUGCGCAUGCGUGAUUCGGAAACCUGGAAGUAACCCAUUCCGGUACUUCCGGGUUUCGGCGGUCCGUAACCCGAAAAACACAACCUGAAGUGGCUGUAACGGGGUCCUUGCUGCGAGAUCACACUCACCCUGUGCUAUACCAGCUGCACUGGCUCCCGGUGGAGUACAGGAUCAGGUUUAAGGUGCUGGUUUUAACCUUUAAAGCCCUAUAUGGCCUAGGACCCUCGUACCCAUGGGACCGCCUCUCCUGGUAUGCCCCACGGAGGACCUUACGGUCUUCAAACAAAAACAUAUUGGAGGUCCCAGGCCACAGGGAGGUCAGGCUGGCCUCAACCAGAGCCAGGGCUUUUUCGGCUGUGGCCCCGAUCUGGUGGAACGCUCUGUCACAAGAGACUAGGGCCCUGCGGGACUUGACAUCUUUCCACAAGGCCUGCAAGACAGAGCUGUUCCACCAGGCCUUUGGCCAGGGCACAGCCUGACUCCCUUCUUUGGCAAUCUUCACAUAACUCUAGCCCAAUGGUUGCCAUCAAUUUGGUUUGAAUUAAUUUUAUAAUGAAAUGAUUUUAGAAUGUUGUAUUAUUUUAUUGUUGUUAGCUGCCCUGAGCCCGGCUUUGGCUGGGGAGGGCAGGAUAUAAAUAAAUUAUUAUUAUUAUUAUUAUUAUUAUUAUUAUUAUUAUUAUUAUUAUUAUUAUAUUAUUAUUAUUAUUAUUAUUAACCUGAGGUAUGACUGUACUUGCCAGCGAUUGGAAAGGUAGGAAUGGGUUGCGUGAAUUCCCAUGUGGAUGUGACAGGAAAGGUGGCAGUUCAUUCAAUGUGCAGAUCUGGUCCGGGGCACAUCCAGGUACGGCUGGGGAGUAAGCAGAAUGGGGGAAACCUUCGGAGAGCCUCUGCCAGCCAGUGCUGGAAAGACUGAGCUCAAUGGGGAGCCGGGUGCAAAAGCAUCUUUCUUCGCUUGGGGCUGCUUUGAGUCCCUCUGGCCGGUGCUCCCCAAGCUUUGCAUGCAAAUUGUUCAAGUUGGUUAAUCCAGGGAAGCUGAGGGCGGCUGGAUUUGGAACCAAAUGUGAAGAGAGAGAGAUUAGGUGGAAUUAGGAUGGGGAUGGAAGGGAGGAGGGGAGGGAAAGGUCAAGCAACAAGGCAGCCGCAGAGGGAGGGGAGGCUGGAGAGUGAAGUCCAGAGCUUAGUUUUUACAACGGAGAGCCUGAGGUGAUGCCAUCCAGGGGCUGAUUCAUGGUCCACAAGGACAAAAGGGCCAUGAGGGCUGGGAGAAUCUGUCAGUUUCGGUUGAUCUCAGUUUCUCAUUUUUUUCGCUCUAAAGUUCAGUUCUCCAUAUGAGUUUACGAAUUCUUCUUCUUCUUCUUUUUAGAAGUCCUCUUGAAAAUUCUUCAGCACCUUACUGAGAAUUUCUCCUAAUAUGCACAUUUUCCCCCCAAUUUUUUUUAUUAACUUUUCCACAGUUACAACAAACACACAAAAGAAAACACAUUACAUUACUAAAACAAGGGAGGGAAAUUUAAACACAUAUUUCUUGUAAAACCCAAUUUAUCUUUCUUUUUGGAUUUAGUAUGUUAUUAAAAGAAAAGAUGAUAGUUAAUUGACGGAAUUAAUUUUAGUAGAAAAAUGAUAUUGGAGAGCUGUUAUAAGAUGAUACAAUGAAAUUCAGAUAGGAGGGAUCCGAGGAAGUCAGUUAACAAUGAAAUAUGCACAUCUUAAAGGCAGUCUAACCUGAGAAUACACUUUUUUUUUUUUUUUUGGCAAAGCCCUUUCUGCUAGCAUAAUGAAUUUUAGCUGGGGAACUGCACGGCCAAAUUCAGAGAAGUGCAAUUUCCCAAAGUUAAUCUCAGUGUCUCAUUUUUUUCCGUCUUAAAUUCAGUUCACGUUACUUUAUGAAUUCCUUUUUUUUUUUUUAAGUCCUUGUGAAAAAGCAUUUUAGUCUGAAUUUCUUCUGCACCUUUUCGAAGGGAAUUUUGACUGAUAUACACAAAGGCAUUUCUGCUAAUAGAAUACAUUUCUGAAUAUACGCCUGUAUGGACACUUUCCCCUCAUCAAUGCAAUUCUGUAGGCAUUGGUCAGCUGCAGAAUCACACCAGAAAAUUCAGAGAAAUGCAAAUUUCAGAGGACAGGACUGCUUUGGUUCUUGUUUUGUGACUAUGAACUGAAUAGAAUACAUUCUCCACCUGGGAAUGUCAGUGUCGGUUGUGAAGGACAGGCUUACAUGGGAGUGACAAACAGGCCCCACUUCCACGAUUAUAGUGAGGUAAUAUUCUGCAUGGAGAAAGUGUGGCACAGAGAAGGUUUUCUCCAUUUCUCAAAAUACUAGAGGGGAGGUCACUCAAUGAAGCUGUGAAUAGAAGGAGAUUCAAAAUGACGAAAGGAAGUCCUUCUUCACAUGGCACAUAGUUAGACUGUGGAACUGACUGCCACAAGAUGCGGUAAUGGCCGCCAACUUGGAUGGCUUUAAAUACUGUUCAGACAGAUUCAUGGGGGGAAAGGCUACCAAUGUCUGCUGGCCAUGAUAGCUGCACCAUCGGAGGCAGUUUGAGUCUGAACAGCAGUUGGGGUGCUGUUGCUUCUCAGAGUUAUUUAGUGGUGAGAGCGGGGCUAACCUAAGAACGUAAGUUCUAGUUACAGGUAGGUAAUCGUGUUGGUCUGCUGUAGUUGAAACAAAAUAAAAAAAUUCCUUCCAGUAGCACCUUAGAGACCAACUAAGCUCUGCUGGCGGCUCAGAAUCAUCUUGCUUUAUUGGCCAAGGGAGCCGGCGUACAGCUUCCGGGUCAUGUGGCCAGCAUGACUAAGCCACUUCUGGCAAACCAGAGCAGCGCACGGAAACGCCGUUUACCUUCCCGCCAGAGCGGUACCUAUUUAUCCACUUGCACUUUGACGUGCUUUCAAACCGCUAGGUUGGCAGGAGCAGGGACCGGGAAACGGGAGCUCACCCAGAACCACCAACCUGAUCAGCAAGUCCUAGGCUCUGUGGUUUAACCCACAGCGCCACCCGCGUCCCUGCAAAUGGCUUUAGAGACCUAUUAGGUCCAUAAAUGACCAUAUAGCAUAUAUUCAGCACAAAAAACAGUGACAAUUUGUUUUGGCAAAGGACAGGUGGACAUAUAAAGGGCCCCAUUAUCUUCAGUGGCUUAGGGCCUCAUCCAGCCUAAAUCCAGCCCUGUGGGAAACCUGCAAGCAGCAUUUGUGCGCAAGAGUGCUCUCUCCUGUUUUCAAGCAACUGGUGUGCAGAUGCCUUAACUGCCCUUGUCUGCAGAGUGUGAUUCUCGGACUGCAGAGUGGUUGGAGAAUUAGGGGAAAGGCCUCCUCGCCCUCUGGUUUAUUUGCUCUGUGAUGCUCCCAGGCCACGGCGGCUCUGAAAGCACCCAGGACACUGCGGCGCAUGGAACGCCGCCCUCCUCCCGACCGCACAGAAUGUACGCUAUCUCCGGAAUCCCUGCUCCGGCCUUGACUCGGCGGCUCGGCUCUGCCGGCGGCUCAGAAUCACCCUUGGCUCCGUUCAUGAGGCUGUGCUUAUCUCCCCAACCAUUUCCUGAUCUAAUUCUCCAACCCUCAAGGAAAUCUCCAUUUGAAGAUGAGCUUCGAACAACGCCUCUGUGCCGGCUCCUUUGAGGACCACGGCCGGCCACCCGGCAUUGCAAUGCAGCCUGCCAACGAAGCACAUUGAUCACAGGUGUGCUUCCCCCACUGAAUCCGGAUUGAAUGACAGUAGUUUCUGUUCAGGGUGUGCUGUCAGAGAUCUGGCAUCCUAGGCAUGUUUCUAGACCUCAUGGUCUUGCGAUCACUUUCUGGAGAGUUUUGAAGUUUUCGUAUCGUAGUCAGUAUGAUGAUGAUGAUGAUUUAUUUAUACACUGCCCAUCUAGCUGGGUUUCCCCAGCCACUCUGGGCAGCUCCCAACAGAAUAUUAAAAACAUGAUAAAACCAGGCAGAGGGCCUUCUUGGUGGUGGCGCCAGCCCUGUGGACUGCCAUCCCAUCAGAUGUCAAGGAAGUAAACAGCUAUCGGACUUUUAGGGGACACCUGAGGACAGCCCUGUUUAAGGAAGUUUUUAAUGUCUGAUGUUUUAUUGUAUUUUUAAUAUUUUGUUGGAAACGGCCCAGAGUGGCUGGGGAAACCCAGCCAGAUGGGCGGGGUAUAAAUAGUAAAUUGUUGUUGUUGUUGUUUUUAACAUUACAAACUUCCCUAAACAGGGCUGCCUUCAGAUGUCUUCUAAAAGUCUGGUAGUUGUUUAUUUCCUUGACAUCUGAUGGGAGGGCGUUCCACAGGGCGGGCACCACCACCGAGAAGGCCCUCUGCCUGGUUCCCUGUAACCUCACUUCUCGCAAUGAGGGAGCUGCCAGAAGGCCCUCGGAGCUGGACCCCGGUGUCUGGGGUGGAGACGCUCCUUCAGAUAUACUGGACUGAGGCCAUUUAGGGCUUUAAAGGUCAGCACGAACACUUUGAAUUGUGCUCGGAAACGUACUGGGAGCCAAUGUAGGUCUUUCAAGACCGGUGUUAUGUGGUCUCGGCGGCCGCUCCCAGUCACCAGUCUAGCUGCCGCAUUCUGGAUUAGUUGUAGUUUCCGGGUCACCUUCAAAGGUAGCCCCACAUAGAGCGCAUUGCAUGAUCCCUUUUCUCUCCUUUGGGGUUGGUAAUCAUGUUCUGGAGCCUCUAGACAAUAUGAUGCUUGAGGGUCCAGUGACUCUGAAUAUGGAAGCUUCCUAUUUAUUUUAUUUUUAUUUAUUAAAUUUAUAUUAUAUAUAUUAUAUUUUUUUAAUUUCCCAAAACUUCACACAUACAUUUCGAUACUUUUUUUUUUGCUUACCACCUCCUUUUCUGGGCUGCAUCAAUAGGAGUAUAGCAUCUAGAUCAAGGGAAGUAAUAGUGCCACUGUAUUCUGCUCUGGUCAGACCUCACCUGGAGUACUGUGUCCAGUUCUGGGCACCACAGUUCAAGAAGGACACUGACAAACUGGAACGUGUCCAGAGGAGGGCAACCAAAAUGGUCAAAGGCCUGGAAACGAUGCCUUAUGAGGAACGGCUAAGGGAGCUGGGCAUGUUUAGCCUGGAGAAGAGGAGGUUAAGGGGUGAUAUGAUAGCCAUGUUCCAAUAUAGAAAAGGAUGUCACAUAGAGGAGGGAGAAAGGUUGUUUUCUGCUGCUCCAGAGAAGCGGACACGGAGCAAUGGAUCCAAACUACAAGAAAGAAGAUUCCACCUAAACAUUAGGAAGAACUUCCUGACAGUAAGAGCUGUUUGACAGUGGAAUUUGCUGCCAAGGAGUGUGGUGGAGUCUCCUUCUUUGGAGGUCUUUAAGCAGAGGCUUGACAACCAUAUGUCAGGAGUGCUCUGAUGGUGUUUCCUGCUUGGCAGGGGGUUGGACUCGAUGGCCCUUGUGGUCUCUUCCAACUCUAUGAUUCUAUGAUUCUAUGAUCCUUUCCCUUGGUGUUUCUGUUUCUUUCCCUCUGCUGCACUCUGUCUUCUAUGUCUUAAACCUUAACAAAACCAGUAUAAUCGUUAAUCCCUUCUGUUGCUUGUAGUUCAAAUCCUGGUAGUGUGUUCAUCAUAUAGCAUUUCUUUAAAUAUUCCAUUUUUCAACAAAACCUUUGUCAUUAGGUUCUCUUAUUUUAGCUGCCAAUUUUGCAAAAUCCAUUACCUUAAUUAUCCAUUCUUUUUUAGUGGGUAUUUCUGCUUCUUUCCAUAAACAAUUAAAACAAAAACAACAAAACAACACAACAAAACAACAACAAAACAACAACAACCCUUUCCCUCUAUGUGGGGUUCCUGGGUGUGGGUCUCCGCUGCUCAGCAGAGGAUCUCAAAGCUAUCAAGGGCAUGUUUAGAAGACGUUAUGUGAAAUAAGGAUGGUGACUCCUGUAUUUCAGAGGGUUGGGAUAGAUGACCCAUGGGGUCCCUUCCAGCUCUUUAUGAUUCUAUGCAAUGCAAUGUGGUUCACCACUGCAAUUUAUAAAGGUCAUGAAAUUCGCCUCCUUUGCAGAAUUUCAACGCUUGGACCAACAGCAUUUUUAGGGAAAUGUUUUUCCUCCUUUUAGCAGAGAGGACAAACACUCUGCGUGGAGCAACGAGGCAGCCGUGUCAUUGUACGGCGCAGGCAGCUGGCAUUUCUCCUGUGCCAGCCUGAGAACCUCUCCCUCUUUGCCAGCCUCCAACCUGCUUUCGGCCCAAGCUGGCAGGGGCUUCUCCGCAGUCUGCCGCUGCCUUGCCAGUUACGAUCUCCAUUGCCAACGUUGCAUUUCUGCCAUUCUGUGCCAGCAUCUGUUCUGCAAGCUUUUCUCUGUUCUUGCCUGAGAGGGGAAACGAUGUCCCACUGAGAGCCCCUUCCUUUGAAACUUUCACUUAACGUAAGGACAUAAGAACAGCCCUGAGGCUGGAUCAGGCCCCUGGUCCAUCUUAGUCCAGCAUCCUGUUCUCACAGUGGCCAACUAGAUGCCCCAAUGUCAAACCCACAAACAGGAUUCGAACGCAAGGCACUCUCCCUUUCUGGAAUUUCAGAAGCGGAAGUGGAGCCGGAGCAGAGAGACGUCCUUGCUAGUAGCCAUCAAGAGCCCUCUCCUCCUCUAUGAAUUUGUCUAAUCCUCAUUUAAAGCCAUCCACGUUAGUGGCCAUCCCUGCCUCUUGUGGCAGGGAGUUCCACAAGUGAAAAAGAACAUUCUUUUAUCGGUCCUGUACCUUCUAACAUUCAGCUCGUAUGGAGCAUUGAUGGUGAGCUUUGGGGUGGGAUGGAAAGGUGCAAGGAGAAAGUUGGAGGCAGCGACGCUUCUGGAUCCCAGUUCCUGGAAACCACAGGAGGGAAGAGGGGCCUUGUGUUCGAAUCCUGAUUGCACGGUUCCCAUAUUGGGCAUCUGGUUGAGCACUGUGACAAUAGGAUGCUGGACUAGAGGUGCCUUUGGCCUGGUCCAGAAGGUUCUUCUUAGGUUCUCCUCGGUGUGAGAGGGGUUUUGUUUGUUUUUUGCUUGUCCCAUCGCUUUCCCCAGGAAAACCCAUGCUUUAAUAAUAAUAAUAACAUUUUAUUUUUUUAUAUAUAUAUAUAUUUAAAUAAUAUUUAUUAAAGUUUCAAAAGAAGAAAAAUCACAUUAAUAAAAAGAUUAACAAUAAAAAGGAAAAAUACAAAGUAGAAAAAAGAAAAAACAGUUAAAAACAAUUCCAUCUUUUCAUCACUUCUUUUACAUUUACUUGUUUCCCGGACCUCCUCAUACCUCUCUCUUUUGUAUUCCAAUUCAAUUUGUUAAUCCAACAAUUCCUUUCCCUCCUUUUUAAUCCUAAUCUUUAAUCUUGAUAUAUUAUAACAUUAAAUUUUUACAUAUUAGAAACCAAUUUUUCCAUAUUCUUUUGUACCUGUACAGCUAGAAACCACUUAACUUCAAUCCAACAUCAUUCUAACAUUCAUUAAUUUUGCAAUAUUUCUGUAAAUAGUCUUUAAAUUUCUUCCAAUCUUCUUCCACCGACUCUUCUCCCUGGUCACGGAUUCUGCCAGUCAUUUCCGCCAAUUCCAUAUAGUCCAUCAAUUUCAUCUGCCAUUCCUCCAGUGUGGGUAAGUCUUGUGUCAUUUUAUUUAUAUCCUGCCCUCCCCAGCCGAAGCCGGGCUCAGAGCGGCUGACAACAGUAAAAAUAGCACAGUUUACAUAAAAUCACAGUCAAUUAAUUGAAAUACAUAGUAAAAUCAAUUCAGAGUCAAAUUAAUGGCAACCAUUGGGCUAGAGUUCUAUGAGGAUUACAGAAGGAGGGGGUCAGACUGUGCCUUGGCCAAAGGCCUGGAAGAACAGCUCUGUCUUGCAGGCCCUGUGGAAACAUGUCAAGUCCCUCGGGGCCCUGGUCUCUUGUGACAGAGCGUUGCGCCAGAUCGGGGCCACAGCCGAAAAAGCCCUGGCUCUGGUUGAGGCCAGCCUAACCUCCCUGUGGCCCAGGACCUCCAAGAUGUUUUUAUUUGAAGACCGUAAGGUCCUCUGUGGGACAUACCAGGAGAGGUGGUGCCGUAGGUACGAGGGUCCCAGGCCACAUAGGGCUUUAAAGGUUAAAACCAGCACCUUAAACCCGAUCCUGUACUCUACCGGGAGCCAGUGCAGCUGGUAUAGCACCGGGUGAAUGUGAUCCCGCGGCAAGGACCCUGUAAGGAGUCUUGCCACGGCAUUCUGCACCCGCUGGAGUUUCUGGGUCAGUCUCAAGGGCAGCCCCACGUAGAGCAAGUUACAAUAGUCAAGCCUGGAGGUGACCAUCGCCUGGAUCACAGUGGCUAGGUCAGGGCGAGAGAGGUAAGGAGCCAACUGCUUAGCUUGGCGGAGAUGAAAAAAUGCCGCCUUUGUUAUAGCUGCAAAAUGUGCCGCCAUGGAAAGGGAGGUGUCGAAGAUUACACCCAAACUCUUAACGGACGGCGCUGGCACUAAUUGCGUCCCCGCAAGAGAUGGGAGUUGCCUGGGAGUCUCAAGGGCAGCCCCAUGUAGAGUGAGUUUUACCACUUUACCACUGACUUGUAGCAAAUGUCAAUCUUAGAAAAACCCAGUUGAAAUGUGCUGCGAUUCAGGGGUGGAAGUGUCCACUAGGACAAGUGUGGGCGAUCUCUCACCCUCCUCUUUUCAAGCUAAACAUUCUCAGCUCCUUCAACUGUUCCUCACAGGGCUUGGUUCCCAGACACUUGGCCAUCCCAGUCACCCUCUUCUGCACAUGUUCCAUCUUUUCAAUACCCUUCUUACAUUUGGGUGCCUAGAACAGGACACAGGACUCCACCCGGGGACUGACGAAGGCAGAAUAGAGUGGGACGUUGCCACGGCUUGCUGUCUCAGUAGCUGUUCUUCCCGGGCAUUUACGCUGACUGCUUUUACCACUGCUGUUUCAGAAGGUAUUUUUAAUUGGCCGGUCGUAAGUUUUUAUGGGAGCUGCCUCGCUUAAAUAAAUACGCAGGAAUGAGAUCACCGCGGGGGCUCCCAGAUCGCUCCCAGAACAGCAGGUAUUAAGACUCAGGCGGAGUGACGGGUUGGCACAGACAGCUGGCAGGUGGACGGGCUGUUCCAUCAUCUGAGCCAGAGGACAGAAGCACUUCCUGAUACCCUUUCCCUUCCGAAAGAGCUGGGGCACAACGCUACCCUCCCCCUGCCGCCUGGCAGACUGGCUGGAGUCCAGCUCAGGGGUUCGAUGGGCAUGGAAUGUCCCCUUUGUGGGAAUGUUCAGGGAUCAUAGAAUCAUAGAAUCAUAGAAUCAUAGAGUUGGAAGAGACCACAAGGGCCAUCGAGUCCAACCCCCUGCCAAGCAGGAAACACCAUCAGAGCACUCCUGACAUAUGGUUGUCAAGCCUCUGCUUAAAGACCUCCAAAGAAGGAGACUCCACCACACUCCUUGGCAGCAAAUUCCACUGUCAAACAGCUCUUACUGUCAGGAAGUUCUUCCUAAUGUUUAGGUGGAAUCUUCUUUCUUGUAGUUUGGAUCCAUUGCUCCGUGUCCGCUUCUCUGGAGCAGCAGAAAACAACCUUUCUCCCUCCUCUAUGUGACAUCCUUUUCUAUAGUUGGAACAUGGCUAUCAUAUCACCCCUUAACCUCCUCUUCUCCAGGCUAAACAUGCCCAGCUCCCUUAGCCGUUCCUCAUAAGGCAUCGUUUCCAGGCCUUUGACCAUUUUGGUUGCCCUCCUCUGGACACGUUCCAGUUUGUCAGUGUCCUUCUUGAACUGUGGUGCCCAGAACUGGACACAGUACUCCAGGGGAGGUCUGACCAGAGCAGAAUACAGUGGCACUAUUACUUCCCUUGAUCUAGAUGCUAUACUCUAGAUCAGAGGAUGCAGGAGAGGAUAUAUGAUUUGAUUAUAGCCUUUCCAACUUGUGUUAACAUGUUCACAAUUUAGCAGAGUAACAUCCGCCUUUUUAAACUUGCAGUGGAUGCGUUUGCUCAGGCUCGCUAAAGCAUCUAUAAUAACUGUUUUGGUAAAGGUAAAGGUAAAGGGACCCCUGACCAUUAGGUCUAGUUGUGGCCGACUCUGGGGUUGUGCGCUCAUCUCGCUUUACUGGCCGGUGUACAGCUUCCGGGUCAUGUGGCCAGCAUGGCUAAGCCGCUUCUGGCAAACCAGAGCAGCGCACGGAGACGCCGUUUACCUUCCUGCCGGAGUGGUACCUAUUUAUCUACUUGCACUUUGAUGUGCUUUUGAACUGCUAGGUUGGCAGGAGCAGGGACCAAGCAACGGGAGCUCACCCCGUCAUGGGGAUUCAAACUGCCGACCUUCUGAUCGGCAAGUCCUAGGUUCUGUGGUUUAACCCACAGCGCCACCCACGUCCCACUGUUCUGGUAUUUCCCCCUUAUUCCCUCAUAAAAGAUAAGACACGACACAAUCUUCUAUAAAAGUAUAAAAAGAGUUUACUCACUCACAUUCUGUUCACAAUUGGAUCCCAGAAGGCAGACUUAGGUUACAAAAGUAAUAUACACCUGGAAACUAUCUCAUAAGGAGACAGUCCCUUUGUCCUCUCUUGGCUAGAAGCCAAGAGAGCAUCUUUGGCUAAUCAGAUGUUGCUUCUUCGAUGCAUGUAGUCAAAGAGAGGGAGAGAUGGCUGCCCCGCCCUGUGCUUUUGUCGUUACCUGCACAGGUGAGGCCACACCCACCUCUAGUCACAUGCAGAGGAAGUCUGUCCCAGCCCAGAAGGAAACAGGAAGUUGACCUGCUGGCUGGACAAACAUUCCUCCCCAUGUGUAAACAUCUUCACUCUAGGAAUGUUGUACUUGACUGCUCUUGUGUUCCACAUCCCACUCACUUCUUCUCCUCUUCCUCCUCCUCACCAGAAAGGACCAGCCAAGGCCUCCAUGACCAAUUGGGACAAUGAGAAAAAUAAUUCGGCCUUGGCGGUUGGUGGGAUUCUUUUCCAACUGUUUCAGUGCAAGGACACAGCCCGGGGGUCUUUCCUGACAACAGCCCACCAGUCAUCGUAAUUCAUAGCAUGCCUGGUUGGUGGAGGCCCUGAUUCACAGGCAGCGGAAGCCGGCAAAGCAGAGAGUGAUGCAAUAAGUUAAUAGGCACCCUCUUCUGCCCCCAAAAUAUCUUUCAACAGAGAAACAGGGAGAGUCUGUCAUGCUACUGUAGUGGAGGAAAGCAAGUUCAUUCCUUUUUUUGAACUCCUAUUUCUGGCCAUGUCGGUUUCCAUCACGUGGACUUUCUAAUUUAAGGGCAUAUACCUUCGUGAGCUUUGCAAUGUCAGCAUUGAGGAAUCAGCACAUGUACACUCAGCGUUACUUACCCAUGCCGAAAAUUUGGGUGGUUUUGAAGUGUGGGCUUGUGGGCUUUCACUUUCCCUCCUCCGCGACAGAAAUCCUAAAAACAGGGCAUGAGUAAAGCCUAUGUCGUAGACCCCGCAGGCUUAAUUUCAUUUCUGUGUAAGUUCUGAGCAGGGGAUUUCCACGGAAAAUCUAUCAUCCUGUCUGCUUUUUGGCUGAUUCAGUUUGCACAGCCCUUCUUUCAACUUUGUCAUAGAAUCGUAGACCGUUCCCUGUCAAACAGUUAUCACCCUCAGAAAGUUCUUCCUGAUGUUUAGUCGGAAUCUCCUUCCUUGUAGCUUGAAGCCAUGGGUUCGAGCCCUACCCUCCAAAGCAGGAGAAAAAGGGUGUUUUGUUUUUUUGCUGCUGCAUGGAAUUGCUCAUAGUUACCUUGCCCCAUGGGUCCCAAAGUCGUGGGGUAACAGAGUUCUCCUCUUGCUUCCUUAAUUUGCCUAAGCAAUUUUGGAACCUUCCAGCAGCGAUGCCGGUUUAGAUUUGUUAGUUGUUUUACACAAAGUCAUGAUAAUAAAAUGUCAGAGUGACAUAGCAGCAAGACAAAAUAUAAGCAGAUAAAAUCAAUUCAACAAUCAAGUUGCAAACAGUGUACAAAACAAAAUUCCUAAAACGCUCCUUCAAAAACACAAGGACAAGUUCUGCCACCCGCCAGCAAAAUCUUGAGCAACACAAGGCAGACUUAACCAUGCAAAGCCUGGGCAUAGAAUCAUAGAAUUGUAGGGUUGGAAGGGAACUCCAAAGGUCAACUAGUCCAACCCCCUGCAAUGCAGGAAUCACAGCUAAAGCGUCCCUGGCAGAUGGCCGUCCAACCUCUGCUUAAAAACGUCCAAGGAAGGAGAGUCCACCACCUUCUGAGAGAGUCUGUCAAACAACUCUUACUGUCAGAAAGUUCUUCCUGAUGUUUAGUCGGAAUCUCCUUCCUUGUAACUUCAAGCUACGGGUUCGGGUCCUGCCCUCCAGAGCAGGAGAAAACAAGCUUGCUUCAUCUUCCACGUGACAGCCCUUUUGAAGAUGGCUAUCACAUCUCCUCUCAGUCGCCUUUUAUCCAGGCUAAACAUCCUCAGCAUUCCUCAUAAGAGAGCCAGUGUGGUGUUGUGGUUAAGAGCGGUGGACUCGUAAUCUGGGGAACCGGGUUCCCGUCUCCGCUCCUCUACAUGCAGCUGCUGGGUGACCUUGGGCUAGUCACACUUCUCUGAAGUCUCUCAGCCCCACUCACCUCACAGAGUGUUUGUUGUGGGGCAGGAAGGGAAAGGAGAUUGUUAGCUGCUUUGAGACGCCUUAGGGUAGUGAUAAAGCGGGAUAUCAAAUCCAAACUCCUCUUCUUCAUAAGGCUUGGUUUCCAGACCUUUAUCAUAUUGAUGCAGCCUAGAAUAGCAUGUGCUCUUUUUUUUGCUUCUGUGCCACACUGUGGACUCAUGUUAAGAUUGUGGUCCAUGGGGACCCCUUGAUCCUUCUCACAUGUACGAUACAAUACGAUACGAUAAUCUUUAUUGUCAUUGUCCCAUACAGAACAACGGAAUUGAAAAAGAUCUACAUAAGAUAUUCAACACCCAACAAGCCUGCUAUCCCAGCUAUCCCAACCUGGUUAGCCCCCUAAAAACUCCGAAAGCCCAUUUUUAAAUACAAUAUACUCCCAUAGAGACUACCUUACACUGUGUUUAAAACCAAAAUCGUAUUUGGCUAGAAACUGUUUCUCAGGCGGCUAGUCCUAUUCUUUAUAACCCUAUACCUUCUUCCAGAAGGCAGAAGCUGAAAGAGAUCAUUUCUGGGGUGCGCACUGUUCUGCGCUAUCACUGCAGCUUUCUUAUGGCACCUGGAAGUGUAGAUUUGAUCCAAGGUGGGAAGAGUGCACCCGAUUAUCCUCUCCACAGUCUUUACAACCCUGGACAGCAUUGUUUUUUCCCUUGUAAGCCAGGUGUUCCCCAUCUUAUAUUUGUACGGCUGGUUCUUCGUGUCUAAGUGUGGAAACUUAAAUUUGUCCCCAUUGAAAUUCACUUUGGUAGUUUGGGCUCCAAUCUGUUAAGGUCACCUUGAAUCCCAAUUCUGUCUUCUGCAAUAUUAGCUACCUGUCCCAGUUGGGUGUCAUCUGCAAAUUUGAUGAGCCCUCCCCCAACGCCUCCAUCAAAGUUAUGUAAAAAGAUACAGAGCAUGGCUGAGACCUUCUAGUUGAGAUGCAACCCAGCCUCGAUCUGCUUAUAUGUGUAUGCAAUGCCAGGAUGAGACCCUGAGGAGAGCCAGCAGUCUGGUUCUUGAGCUGUUCUGCCGAGUCAGCCAAGCUACCCAUCCUCCGGCCCAAGGACAACGUGAAAUAUUUCUGCCCAGCUAUCCUGUUCCCUGGGACAGAGCCCGAGAGGAGAGGAAGGGCUCCACAAAUCAGCCAGGCAGGUUCUCCAGAUGUUCACCAGAAAACUUCAGAUAGAGAGGAGCCCCCAGGCCAAGAUGUCCAGAUGGACACAUGCCCUUCUCCACGAUGCAGAGGGAAGCAUCGCUUUAAUAACUUUCUAAAAACCUUCAAGGAAUUCAGCUGUGCUCCCUUUGCUUCGUCCAAGUGAGCGGUCACCCUGGCUGACCUUGUUCUUUGUGGACUCUUGAUGCUGUAGGAGCUUCUUGAAGCAUCUUGGUCACCCUGGGGAGACCCAGGACCAUUUAAUCAUAAACACCCAAGACUCAUCUGGUCCUGCAGUUUGCAAAGUCACAGAACAGGGCACUUGGACCAAGACCUAUUUUCCUGUGUGUGUAGACGCCUGGUUUUUUUUAGCAGUGCUCUUAUUCUGGGGGUACUCAAGGAUAUGCAGUAACCGUUGCCUUUUUUCCCUUGGAAGAAAAGCACUGGUUCAAAGUGUAACAACUUCAUGGGGAAUUGUUGUUGUUGUUUAGUCGUUUAGUCGUGCCUGUCUCUUCGUAACCGCAUGGACCAGAGCACACCAGGCACCCCUGUCUUCCACUGCCUCCUGCAGUUUGGUCAAUGCAGAAUAAAAGUAAAGGUAAAGGGACCACUGACCAUUAGGUCCAGUCGUGACCGACUCUGGGGUUGCGGUGCUCAUCUCGCUUUAUUGGCCGAGGGAGUCAGCGUAGAGCUUCCGGGUCAUGUGGCCAGGAUGACUAAGCCGCUUCUGGCGAACCAGAGCAGCGCACGGAAACGCCGUUUACCUUCCCGCCAGAGCGGGACCUAUUUAUCUAGUUGCACUUUGACGUGCUUUCGAACUGCUAGGUAGAUGACCUUUGGGAGUCCCUUCCAACUCUAAGAUUCUUUGAUUCUGUGGCAAGGCGAUGAGUCAAAUUCAUGGAAGAGGAGAGUGCUAGCUGUCUCCACUAGCCAUGAUGGUUCUGCUUUCACACUUAGAGGCAUCCAUGCUUCUGAAUUCCACUUCCUGGAAGCCACAGGAGGGGAGAGUGGCCCAAAUGGUUGGCAACCGCUACUCAGAGGGCAGCUGCCAGUUCAUUUAAAAAAAAAUAAUAUUUAUUACUUUUCCAACAAUUUAAACACUACAAAAAAAAUAAACAAUACAAUACAAAAACAGUACAUAACACUAACACAUUAAACUAACAAAACAAAACAAAACAAAAACAGCUUAAAACACAUCAAACAGUUUCAAUAUUUUAUCUUUCAUUCACUUAUUUCCACGACCUCCUCACACCUCCCUUUUCGUAUUCCACUUCUAUUAAUUGUUUCAGCAAUUCCUUUCCAUCUUCCUUUGUUUUCUAUCCUAUAAUUAUCUUAACACAUUCUAACCUUAUUUUUCCUUUAAUACUCUAUUAAUCUAUUUAUACUUAAUUCCUUAUAACAUUUCUACUAAAGCCAUAUAACUUCAUUCCAACAUUUUUCUAACAUUCAUUAAUUUUACAAUAUUUCUGUAAAUAGUCUUUAAACUUUUUCCAGUCUUCUUCCACUGACUCUUCUCCCUGUUCUCGGAUUCUGCCAGUCAUUUCUGCCAAUUCCAUAUAGUCCAUUAACUUCAUCUGCCAUUCUUCCCGGGUGGGUAGAUCUUGUGUCUUCCAAUACUUCGCGAUGAGUAUUCUUGCUGCUGUUGUUGCAUACAUAAAAAAAGUUCUAUCCUUCUUUGGCACCAAUUGGCCGACCAUGCCCAGGAGAAAGGCCUCUGGUUUCUUCAGGAAAGUAAGUUUGAGUAUCUUUUUCAUUUCGUUAUAGAUCAUCUCCCAGAAUGUCUUAAUCCUUGGGCAUGUCCACCAAAGGUGAAAGAAUGUCCCUGCAGUCUCAUUACAUUUCCAGCAUUUAUUAUCAGGCAAAUGAUAAAUUUUUGCAAGGUUGACUGGUGUCAUGUACCACCUAUAAUUCAUUUCCAUUAGGGCAGCUGCCAGUUCAGAGAGCGUGAGAGUGCUAUUGUCAGCUGUUGGUGAGUCUUGGUGCCUCUUUUGAGACUUGAGGUCCUUGUGGGGCAGGGAGCAGGCAGGAGAGAGGCGAGGGGGUGCCCUUCGCUCACAGCUGCAGAGUGCCUGGCCAAGUGGCACACAGCUUGGCUUAAUUUUAGCCCCAGCCGCAGCUCAAACAUGGAAUCCAUGUGGUGCUGUUAACCCAGCUGGUGCGCCAGGCAGGCAGCUGCUGCCGCCCUUCAGAGGCCGGAUCCUGGGGCUUUAGCCGGCCCCCAAAUCCUGCCCUCUUUUGCUGAGUUACAGGGGAGGAUUAGAAGCUGUCAUGAUCCCCAGGGCUGUUAAGGGAUUUGGAAGCUGGCAGCCGGCAAGGGUGGGGCUGAUGGGACCUCUCGCGUAGUCUGAAAAGUAGCCACUGAUUCCUUUCUGCAGCCACGGGUUUUGUGGCAAUGGAUGGUGUGGAUAUGAACCGAAUUGCAGAGUUGGGAGGGGCGCCAUGGGUCAUCUAGUCCAGCCCCCGGCAUCCAUGUGGUUCCCCCCUCACCCUUUCAUUUGAUCAAAAGUCAUUGGAGGUUUUUAAGCAAAGGUUGGGUGGCCAAUCUGUCAUGGAUGCUUUCAUUGAGGUUCAUGCAUUACAGGGGGUUGGACUAGAGGACCCUUGGGGUCCCUUUCAAAAUAAUAAUAAUAACAACAACAACAACAACAACAACAACAACAACAACAUAUUAUUUAUACCCCGCCUAUCUGGCUCGGAUUUCCCAGACAUUCUGGGCGGCUUCCAACAGAAUAUUAAAAUACAAUAACCUAUUAAACAUUAAAAGCUUCCCUAAACAGGGCUGCCUUCAGGUGUCUCCUAAAAGUCUGGUAGUUGUUCUUCUCUUUGACAUCUGGUGGGAGGGCGCUCCACAGGGCAGGUGCCACCACCGAGAAGGCCCUCUGCCUGGUUCCCUGUAGCUUUGCUUCUUGCAAUGAGGGAACCACCAGAAGGCCCUCGGAGCUGGACCUCAGUGUCCAGGCUGAACGAUGGGGGUGGAGACGCUCCUUCAGGUAUACUGGACUGAGGCCAUUUAGGGCUUUAAAGGUCAGCAGCAACACUUUGAAUUGUACUCAGAAACAUACUGGGAGCCAAUGUAAGUCUUUCUGACCGGUGUUAUGUGGUCUUGGCGGCCUGCUUCCAGUCAUCAGUCCAUCUGCCACAUUCUGGAUUAGUUGUAGUUUCCAGGUCACCUUCAAAGAUAGCCCCACAUAGAGUGCAUUGCAGUAGUCCAAGUGAGACCAUGCACCACUCUGGCGAGGCAGUCCGCAGGCAGAUAGGGUCUCAUCCUGCGUACCAGAUGGAGCUGGUAAACAGCUGCCCUGGACACAGAAUUGACCUGCGCCUCCAUGGACAGCUGUGAGUCCAAAAUGACUCCCAGGCUGCGCACCUGGUCCUUCAGGGGCACAGUUGCCCCACUUAGGACCAGGGAGUCCUCCACACCUGCACACCCCCUGUCCCCCCAAAACAGUACUUCUGUCUUGUCAGGAUUCAACCUCAAUCUGUUAGCUGCCAGUUCAACUCUACUAUUCUGCGAUUCUAUACUUUGUAGCUGUGUUAGGAACUGCUCCAGGAAUAAAUCAACAAUGAUGAGGUGCAUCUAUUUGGACAAAAGUGGCUGUAAAGGAAUUAAGGGCACUGACACCCAACUUUUCCUCCAGCAGGGAACUCGAAGUGGCACAAUGUUUUUGAAACCCAGAUGUUGAAAGAGUCUCCUUGGUUGUGGCUCCCUGUGGAAUUCUCUCCACAUGGGGAAUAUUCAUCUGGCACUCAUUUUAACAUCUUUUAAUGCCUCCUUCUUCUGCCAAAUGUUUACCAUCUGAUAUGUUUUGAACUUCUGGCUCUUUUGAUUGUUGUGUUGAUGACGCCUCUGUUGCAAGGACUGUUGGAGGUUUAUUGUGACAUUGUGGGUUUGGAGAGGUGAGUCUGGAUGAUGCCCUGAGUAACCAUUCCAAUUCUCGGGGGUCCUGUACCCAGGGAAGUUUAGCAUCUAAUAAAUAUUGCUGAACGAGUCAGUCAGGUUUCUUUGUAAGACAACGACCUUAGCUGGUUGCUGCGGUGUCCUCAUCAACAUCUCCAAAGAAUGAGCCAGCUUGCAAGAGCUGCAACUAAGUCCUGGGGCUCUCCAGGGUAAUGGGUGGGCCUUUCCUCCACCCCCUCACCUAGCUGCCAGGACAUUUGCCAGAGUGGAUGUGAGAUGAACUGGAAGCUGGAGACACAGAGACCUGCUUGCUCUGUACCGGAUUUGAAGUCGUGACUAAUGGAGAAGCAAGAUCCGUUGGGCUGUCAAUGCUGUGAGCCUCUCCAUCCUAGGCUCAGCUUGUAUAUAUAGGUAGUUAAAACCAUUUCUCUCUGCUGACCUUAAUUCCAAGGAAACUGAACCCAACUGAACCCUGGUACCCCAGGGAUCUCUCACCCCCUGGAGAUUGGGGUGACAUGUAACAUACAGUCAUACCUCGGGUUACAGACGCUUCGGGUUGCGCGAUUUCGGGUUGCACACUGUACUGAACCCGGAGGUACUGGAACGGGUCAGGACAACAUGGGGUUGGGGGGCCAACUCCCAUCUCUUGCAGGUGCUCAAUUAGUGCCAGUGCCUUCCGUUCCGAGUUUGGGUGUAAUCCUUGACGCCUCCCUUUCCAUGGAGGCGCAGGUUGCAGCAACAGCCAAGGCGACAUUUUCCCAUCCUCACCGUAUCAAGUAGUUGGUCUCUUACCUUUCCUGCCCUGACCUGGCCACAGUGAUCCAUGCGACAGGCAUCUCCAGGCUUGACUACUGUAAUUCGCUCUAUGUGGGGCUGCCCUUGAAACUGUCCCAGAAACUCCAGCGGGUGCAGAAUGCUGUGCUCCUCAUGGGGUCCCUGCCACGGGAGCAUAUUCACUCAGUGCUUUACCAGUUGCACUGGCUCCUGGUGGAGUACAGGGUCAGAUUUAAGGUGCUGGUUUUGACCUUUAAAGCCCUUUGUGGCUUAGGGCUCUCGUAUUUACAAGACCGCCUCUCCUGGUCUGCCCUGCAGAGGACCUUAAGGUCCAUGAAUAAUAGUAGCUUGAAGGUCCCAGGCCCUAAGGAAGCCAGACUAUCCUCCAUCAGGGCCAGGGCCUUCUCAGUGAUGGCUCCGACCUGGUGGAAUGCUCUGUCCCAGGAGACCAGGGCCCUGCAGGACUUGAUCUCCUUCCGCAGGGCCUGUAAGACAGAGCUAUUCUGCCUGGCCUUUAAUUUGAAUUCAGCCUGAUCUUUUAUUCCCCUUUUCCCUUUUCUCUUCUAUGAAGAAACCCUUUCUGGGACCCCACAUUUAAACUCUUCCCUGGUCUCCUUGCUGGCCCUAGUAGGACCAACAUGACCAGUUAGCCCUGGUGAUCAUUUGAUGUCUAUUGACUGGGUUCCCCCCCAAAAAAUGACCCCUGAAUUUUUGAACUUUAUUGAUAUUGAUGCUGCAUUUUAUGCUGUUUUUAAGUCACAUUUUAAUCCAUGUUUUAUAUUUGCCGUUAUUCGCCCUGAGCCUGGUUUUUAAACCAGGAAGUGCGGGGUAUAAAUAAAAAUUAUUAUUAUUAUUAUUAUCCUGACGAGAGGCCAAUGAGAGAAUUGCCACUGUAAAUUCUGCCUUUUUCUGAGUUGCACGGGGAAGCCCCUCUCUCCUGAUAUGAGAGAGAGAGAAAGAGAAAUCUCUUAUUUAUGAUGAGAAUUUUAGUUUCAGCGGAGCCUUUGCUGGACAUCUCUCCCCCUUCCCUCUUCCCUCCAGCCUUCCUGGGCCCACGGUGGUAGUAAGUUUGGGGUGCGUGGGGACGAUACCUGCCCGCCCCCGUCCCUCUCUUGCCACAGCAGGUGUGGCACGUUUCCCUGCCUGCUGCCCGGGGCUAAGAAGAUUUUCUCGCCGGAGUGCGGCCGCUAAUGCCACUGACGUCAAUGGGGACCUCGGCUUGAACUGAACCCAGCAGAGAGGCUGAGUGGACGGCCGUCUAGGGCUCUGGAUGCGGCCAGAUGGGCCGUACGUGGGAAGCCUCUUUUCGCCAGCGGCAUUGGCUGGGUGCGGCUGAUUCCUAAGGAGAGGAAAAGGCUAGGUCCUGACGGGUGGGGAAUCUAGCAGCCCACCCUCAUGAUAUUGGCGGUGGAAGCACAGUUCUGAAUCCCAGUUGCUGUGAAUAAUAAUAAUAAUUGACACACAAGCUACGGGACAAGGAUAACUGUGACUUUAAAGAUGAAUGGGAACCCUUCACAAAGGCAACAAAGUGAACUGGACUUCUUGGCAGGCUUUGAAUCAACACUCACAAACUUUUUAUUGACAAUAAUCAGUUAAACAAUUUAAGGAUUUAUACAACUUUGUAACAUGCAGAGAACAGUGUUCACAAAGAAAGCAAAGACUGGAACUGAGGGGAAAUGGGAAAAUUAAGGAUGACAUCUUUUGGAUAAUAUGUUUUGUUUAAAUCUUUAAUAAAAAUUAUACCAAAAAAAUAAAUAAAUUCUACCUCGCCCUCCCCAGCCAAGACCAGGCUCAGGGUGGCUAACACCUGAUAUAAAAACAAAUUGAUUGAAAUGCAACUGAAAAACAAGAUUAAAAUACAACAUGAAAACAUUAAAAUACAGCCUCAUUUCAAUGGAAACUCAAAUCAAAAACUUUUUUGGGGGGGAUGAAAAUGUCAAGUCUUCACCAAGGCUAACUAUCCAGACUGGUCCUACGUGGGCCAGAAAAAGCCAGGGAAGUCCCCAAAUAGGAGAUCCAUCACAGAAGGAGAAAGGAAAAAGGAAAGAGGGGGAGGAAUCAAGUUGAUUCCAAGCCGAAUAGCCGGGAGUGUGUGUGGGCAAGGGUUGCUGUUGCUUGCAGAUUUUCCAGAAGAUGCAUCCAGCCGGCCGGCCGCUGUGUGGACAGAAGAGUUACUAGCCAUGAUGGCUAAGCUCUGCCAUACUUCUUCCCCUCUUCAUUUAAUCCCAACCACAACCGCCCUGGGAGGUAGGCUCGGACGACUGGCCCAGGGUCACCCCAUGAGGUUCACGGCUGGGUUUGCAGAUUUGAACCCUGGUUUCCGAGGUCUUAGUUCGACGCUGCAGCCGCUGCACAAUCCCAUACCCUCUGACAUUUCUCCGAUGGAAAUAGGGACAUGCCAUUCCACAAUGAUAUUUUUUAUUAUUUAUACCCCGCACACAUCUCACUGGGUUGCCCCAGCCACUCUGGGCGGCUUCCAACAUAUUAAAAAUAAUAAUAAAACAUUAAACAUUUUUUUUAAAAGCCCUUCCCUAUACAGAAUUGCCUUCAGACGGCUCGGGGGUCGGAUAAUUCCAACAUUUCUCAAAUGAAAAUAGGGGUGUCCUAAAGAAAAGGUUGUGGGAUGCAGGUGGCGCUGUGGGUUAAACCACAGAGCCUAGGACCUGCCGAUCAGAAGGUUGGCAAUUCGAAUCCCCGUGACGGGGUGAGCUCCCGUUGCUCGGUCCCUGCUCCUGCCAACCUAGCAGUUCGAAAGCACGUCAAAGUGCAAGAAGAUAAAUAGGUACCGCUCCGGCGGGAAGGUAAACGGCGUUUCCGUGCGCUGCUCUGAUUCGCCAGAAGCGGCUUAGUCAUCCUGGCCACAUGACCUGGAAGCUGUACACUGGCUCCCUUGGCCAGUAAAGCGAGAUGAGCACCGCAACCCCAGAGUCGGUCGCGACUGGACCUAAUGGUCAGGGGUCCCUUUACCUUUAAGGAAAAGGUCCGUAUAGUUAAAGCUAUGGUUUUCCCAGUAGUGAUGUAUGGAAGUGAGAGCUGAACCAUGAAGAAGGCUGAUCGCCAAAGAAUUGAUGCUUUUGAAUUAUGUUGCUGGAGGAGACUCUUGAGAGUCCCAUGGACUGCAAGAAGAUCAAACUGAUCCAUUCUGAAGGAAAUCAGCCCUGAGUGCUCACUCGAAGGACAGAUCCUGAAGCUGAGGCUCCAAGACUUUGGCCACCUCAUGAGAAGAGAAGACUCCCUGGAAAAGACCCUGAUGCUGGGAAAGAUGGAGGGCACAAGGAGAAGGGGACGACCGAGGACGAGAUGGUGGGACAGUGUUCUUGAAACUACAAACAUGAGUUUGACUAAACUGCGGGAGGCAGUGGAAGACAGGAGUGCCUGGUGUGCUCUGGUCCAGGGGGGUCACGAAGAGGCGGACACGACUAAACAACUAAACAACAACAAGGAAAAGCGAGACAUUCCAGGAUCAAAUCAGAAACUGGGACGGCUUCUCUAAAUCAGGUAUGUCCUUGGAAAACAGGGACACUAGGAAGAUCUGCAAUGCUGGCUUUCCUUAAUAAACUUGCAGCGACAGAUAAUUGAUCCAUCAGGUCAGGUAGUUUGGGAAGCCUGACUCCCACCAGAUGAGUUCAUAGCUGAGGUGAGAUGCUGCUAAUUCAUUUAGAGCAGCGGUGGUCAACUCCCAAGAGACUGCGAUCUACUCACAGAGUUAAAAACAGGCAGUGAUCUACCCCCUUUUUUGGGGUUCAGGUCAAAGAUGAGGUUUAUUUAGGGAGGAGGAAAGCAGGGCUAAAAUCAUGAGCUUUUUUUAGGGGAGCCAAAGUUGUUGAGCUUCUUUGAGGGAAGCCAGUGAUCUACCAGAGACGUCCAAUGAUCUACCGGUAGAUCACAAUCUACCUGCUGGACGUGUCUGAAGAGUAUUUUGCACCCUGACCUCCACUAAAUAUACUCAGGACAGUUACUAGAAAAACAGGUUUAAAAUACUACCACUGCUAUAAUGAAACAACGUAAGAUUCCAAAUUAAAAAGCAGUAGGGGUAACAAAAUUAUUUUUUUAAAAAGCAAAAACAGUGUAAAUUUGUGCAUCCCUCAGAGAGGGGGCCACCACUGAGACGACCCUGAUACCACCGCCAGCGCGACUUUGACCGCCAUCUUUUGAAUGCCUCCCUUAUGGGUUAGACCCUUCAAGUCUCAUGUGUGGGAAAGCUUUUUCCAGGGUCUGUAGUUGCGAUUCAUGCACCGCAGGGGGUUGGACUAGAUGACCUUUGGGGAUCCCUUCGAACCCUACAGUUCUGCACUUCUAUUCAUUUUGCUGAUUUAUUGCCAUUUGCAUCCUGCCUGCCAUCCUCCAAGGAGCUCAAGGCAGCACAAGCAGCUUUCCUCCUUGCCAUUUCAUGCUCACGACGACCCUGUGAGGCAGGCGAGGCUGCGAGUGGCCCAAGAUCGCGCCUGGCGAGCUUCACCAAGUGGGGAUUCGAACCCUCGUCUCCCCAGGUCCUAGUCCGGCACUCUGAGCAGCCCACACCACACUGGCUCUUAAAAGAUCCAAGGCCUGCUCUCUUCCUAGAUUUGCUGAGCCGACCAACUCACACGUGCAAGGGAAGGAGCCGCUCUCCUGAAUGCUAAAAAGGGCCUUGGAAGGAUUCCCAGCAGCUGCCAGGAAUGUGGAUCUAUGCUUGCAGAACAAAAGUUCUCUUAACCAGUAUGUGAGUGUGUGUGUAUAUAUAUGCAUAUAUGAUUUAUACACAGAGAGAAAGAAAACUCUGGGUCUGCAAUGCACAAAAAGAAAUGGACCAUGUUGCUCCGAUAUUAUUUUAAUGGCUAUGUUUAGGGAUACAUUAAUUAACGAUGAGCAAAAUCGGCUCGAGGCUCGAUGGGAGAAGCACAGCGGGGAGGGUUUGAAAGGAUCCAAGAACAAUGUUCGCGUGUGUCACGUCCCCUCUCUCUCCCCCUCUCCCUGCCCAAACGGAAAAAUUAUCUGCCGGGUGACCUUCUCCCCAACUGCCAAGCGGAACAGCUGCAGUCAGAUUCCUGCCUGCUCUCCCCCCCUGCACUGCCCCACCCUCAUAACUCCCCGGCUAUCUUCCGCUUGUGUUAGGGGAAAAGGGUUUCCACCUUUCUGUCUGGCAGGGCUGCUGCCCUUUGCAGAAAUCAAACAGGUGAAGCCCUCUUUAUCUCUACAGCAGGGAGGUAGAGAGAGAGAGAGCUGAACCUGUUGAAUUUCUGUCUGCUGCACAACUUUGAAGGGCAUAGAGCUGGGCCAAUGAUUCUCAACCCCAAGAGAGGCCGGUAGAAGAACUGAGCUGGGAAAGCAAAUACUUUGCCCAACUCCCAGCCCCAUAGAAUUGUAGGAAGAGAACCUUGAGGAUCUAGUUGAGGCACGUUCAAUAGGUAGAUCGUGAAUUGUGGUAAUAAUAAUAAUAAUAAUAAUAAUAAUAAUAAUAAUAAUAAAUUUUAUUAAUACCCCGCCCUCCCCGGCCAGAGCCGGGCUCAGGGCGGCUAACACCAAUAAAAUCACAGUAAAAACAUAAUGGGGGGGGGGACGAACCAAUUUAAAAUACAGGUUAAAAUGCAAUUUAAAAUGCAGCCUCAUUUUAAAAGUAGCCCAUCAAUCAAGACCAUAAGGGGAGGGAAACAGAAGGGUCAGACUGAGUCCAAACUAAAGACCAGGCGGAACAGCUCCGUCUUGCAGGCCCUGUGGAAAGAUGUCAAGUCCUGCAGGGCCCUGGUCUCUUGUGACAGAGCGUUCCACCAAGUCGGGGCCAGUGCUGAAAAGGCCCUGGCCCUAGUUGAGACCAAUCUAACCACCUUGCAACUUGGGACCUCCAAAGUGUUGUCAUUUGUGGACCUUAAGGUCCUCUGCAGGGCAUACCAGGAGAGGCGGUCCCGUAGGUAUGUGGGUCCUAGGGCUCUAAAGGUGAAAACCAGCACCUUAAACCUGACCCUGUAUUCCACCGGAAGCCAGUGCAGUUGGUGAAGCACUGGAUGAAUGUGAUCCCACGGCAAGAACCCUGUAAGGAACCUUGCCACGGCAUUCUGCACCCACUGCAGUUUCUGGGUCAGCUUCAAGGGCAGCCCCACGUAGAGUGAGUUGCAAUAAUCAAGCCUGGAGGUGACCGUUGCAUGGAUCACUGUGGCCAGAUCACGGCAAGAAAGGUAAGGUAGAUCACUGGUAGAUCACUGGUUCUCCCCAAGAAGCUCAAUAACUUUGACUCCCCUAAAAAGCAGGCCUUCCUCGUUCCUAAAAAAAGAUCACUGUCAGUUUUUAACUCUGUGAGUAGAUCACAGUCUCUUGGGAGUUGGCCACUCCUAGUCCAACCCCCUGCAAGGCAGCUGUCCUAUACGGGGAUCGAACCUGCAACAUUGGUCUUAUCAACACCAGGCUCUAAGCAACUGAGCUGAUGCUUUGAGACUUCUUUAGCUGCAAUUCCUGCAUCGCAAGGGGGGCUGGACUAGUUGACCUUUGGGUUCCCUUCCAAGUCUCCAGAUCUAUGAGUCUGUUAUUCCUUUUUGGAGAUGCUAAAAAGCAGGCAGUAUUGAGCUGGGUGGACCAAUGGCCCGGUUGGUGCGAGACGUAAGUGGAUGACUCUUAGGUGGGCAAGCUUUACCCAGAGAACAGAUCAGGCUGUUGCUGGCCUGCCCAUACCCAUGACACGUUUUGGAGCACCGCAAGAGAUCACAGCCUUGAUUGUUGUUGUUGUUUAGUCGUUUAGUCGUGUCCGCCUCUUCGUGACCCCCUGGACCAGAGCAGGCCAGGCCCUCCUGUCUUCCACUGCCUCCCGCAGUUUGGUCAAACUCAUGCUGGUAGCUUCCAGAACACUGUCCCACCUUCUCGUCCUCUGUCGUCCCCUUCUCCUUGUGCCCUCCAUAUUUCCCAACAUCAGGGUCUUUUCCAGGGACUCUUCUCUUCUCCUGAAGUGGCCAAAGUCUUGAAGCCUCAGCUUCAGGAUCUGUCCUUCCAGUGAGCACUCAGGGCUGAUUUCCUUCAGAAUGGAGAGGUUGGAUCUUCUUGCAGUCCAUGGGCCUCUCAAGAGUCUCCUCCAGCACCAGAAUUCAAAAGCAUCCAUUCUUCGGCGAUCAGCCUUCUUGAUGGUCCAGCUCUCACUUCCAUACAUCACUACUGGGAAAACCAUAGCUUUAACACAGCCUAGAUCAAAGCACAGCGAGAUCAGGGCGAGAUCUCGGCAUGAAAUCGUGUGAGAUCACAGCGACCAAAACUGGCCCCAGUCCUGCGACACUUGCAGGGUCUGAGAUUGGCCAUUGAUUAUGCCCUUUAAAUGACUUGCAGCCAAGCUUUCUGAAAGACCAUAUUCCCUCGUACGAACCUGUCUUGGUUUUGAGAUUUUCGGAGAGGCCAUUGGGUUCCUCUGAUAUUCUUGUGACUCAGGAUAAGAACCCUUCUGGUGUCUGAAGUUAUCAAACACAGAUUUUUUUUAGCACACCAAACUGCCGCGGAUGCUUUACCUGAGAUUCCUGCAUUGCAGUGGGUUGGACUAGAUGGCCUUUGGGGGUCCCUCCCAAUUCUACAAUUCUAGGAUUCUGUCCCCAAAACAGGGUAGCAAAGCCAGAGGGCACCUGGCAUCAUCUUGUACAAGAGAGAUCGGCAUCUCUCUCCCCCAACCUUGCCCCCUGGAGCCACCCGUGCCACCUCGCCCCUCCCGGCAGAGUCCUAUAGGCAAAGCGAAUAUUUUUAGCACCUGGUGCUGCUGCCUCGGCUGCCGGAUUGAUGGGUUCAAUUAAAUAUUUAUCAAAUGACUUUCGCGCUGAAGUGACUGCCGGCGUCUGGAUAUGGCGAGGCGCUGACUCGGCCAAUGAAUCAUUCAUGGUGUGGGUCCCGACGGGGAGAGAGGAGCUGGCAAAUCGAGUGAGGGGGAGCAGGCCCGGUGGCAAAGGAGCGUGGCCUGCGCCCCCCCCAGCUCACAAAGUGUUGCCAGAAGAGGGCUGCUGCUGCUCUACCCCCAAGUUUUUCCCUCCUCAUGCAGAUUGCAGGAAGGGAUCCUGAACUAGUGCAUCAUGGGAAGGUGAGCAGCCAGGAUGAUGAGGGUCUGGAAACCAAGCCUUGUGAGGAACGGUCGAAGGAGUUGGGGAUGGUUAGCCUGGGAAAGAGUCGAGACUGGGAGGCGACAAGGCACCCAUCUUCAAAUAUCUGAAGGGCUGUCCCAUGGAACCAGUGAAGGCGGCGAAGGUCCUGUGUGAGUGCCUGGAGGAGGUUGGAGGAUGGAUGGCGGCUAACAGAUUGAGGUUGAAUCCCGACAAGACAGAAGUACUGUUUUUGGGGGGACAGGAGGCAGGCAGGUGUGGGGGAUUCCCUGGUCCUGAAUGGGGUAACUGUGCCCCUGAAGGACCAGGUGCGCAGCCUGGAAGUCAUUCUGGACUCACAGCUGUCCAUGGAGGCGCAGGUCAAUUCUGUGUCCAGGGCAGCUGUUUAUCAGCUCCAACUGGUACGCAGGCUGAGACCCUAUCUGCCUGCAGACUGUCUCACCAGAGUGGUGCAUGCUCUAGUUAUCUCCCGCUUGGACUACUUGGGGCUACCUUUGAAGGUGACCCAGAAACUACAACUAAUACCAGAAUGCGGCAGCUAGACUGGUGACUGGAACUGGCCGUUGGGACCACAUAACACCGGUCCUGAGAGAUCUGCAUUGGCUCCCAGCACAUUUCCGAGCACAAUUCAAAGUGUUGGUGCUGACCUUUAAAGCCCUAAACAGCCUCGGUCCAGUAUACCUGAAGGAGCGUCUCCACCCCCAUCGUUCAGCCCGGACACGGAGGUCCAGCGCUGAGGGUCUUCUGGCGGUUCCCUCAUUGCAAGAAGUCAGGUUACAGGGAAGCAGACAGAGGGCCUUUUCGGUAGUGGCACCCGACCUGUGGAAUGCCCUCCCUUCAGAUGUGAAGGAAAUAAGCAGCUAUCCUAUCUUUAAAAGACAUCUGAAGGCAGCCCUGUUCAGGGAAGUUUUUAACAUUUAAUGCUGUACUGUUUUUAACAUUUGAUUGGGAGCCGCACAGAGUGGCUGGGGAAACUCAGCCAGAUGGGCGGGGUAUAAAUAAUAAUUAAUAAUAAUAAUAAUAAUAAUAAUAAUAAUAAUAAAGGAUGGAAUAAGCAUGUUUUCUGCUGCCUCGAAAGGAGGACCACCUGAACCCAUCCAAAUGACAAGAAAGGAGAUUCUGACUUAACCUUAGGAAGAUCCUUCUAAUGGUAAGAGUCGUUUGACAGUGGAAUGGACAAGUGUAGAAUGUGGUGGACUCUCCUUCCUUGGGGUUUUUAAACCAGAGAUUGGAUGGCCACCUGUCAGGGUUCUCUUUAGGUGCAAUUCCUGGAUGGCCCUGGUGUGGGAUGUGAUACAUAAGCAGCAGUCAAGUACAACAUUCCUUGUUUUCCUAGAGUGGACAUGCAAGGGGAUGUUUGGUCCAGCCAGUCAGAACUUCCUGUUUCCUCCUGGACUGGGACAUACUUCCUUUGCAUGUGACUAGAGGUGGGCGUGACCUUACCUGUCCAGGUAACAAAAAGGACAAGGCACGCAGCCCCCCUGUCUUUUUUUGACUUCCCCUGUCGUUGGAAGGGAUGCGGGUGGCGCUGUGGGUUAAACCACAGAGCCUAGGGCUUGCCGAUCAGAAGGUCGGCGGUUCAAAUCCCCGCGACGGAGUGAGCUCCCGUUGCUCGGUCCCUGCUCCUGCCAACCUAGCAGUUCGAAAGCACGUCAAAGUGCAAGUAGAUAAAUAGGUACCGCUCUGGCGGGAAGGUAAACGGCAUUUCCAUGCGCUGCUCUGGUUCACCAGAAGCGGCUUAGUCAUGCUGGCCACAUGACCCAGAAGCUGUACUCCGACUCCCUCGGCCAAUAAAGCGAGAUGAGAGCCGCAACCCCAGAGUCGGCCACGACUGGACCUAACGGUCAGGGGUCCCUUUACCUUUACCUUACUGUCGUUGGAGCACAGUGAUGGCCACCAAUCUAGAUGACUUUGAAUGAGGAUUGGACAAAUUCAUGGAAGAGGAGAGGGCUAUGGAUGGCUACUGGCCAGGAUUGCUCUGCUCUGCCUCGCCUGCCAGAGGCGGAAAAAUCUCUGAGCCCCCGUUGCUGGAAACCCCAGGAGGAGAGAAGGGUUCAUGUGCUCAGAUCUUGCUUUUGGGUUUCCCCAACUGGUUGGCCCCUGUGAGACCAGGAUACUGGACUAGAUGGGCCAUGGGCUUGAUCCAGCAGCCUCUUCUUAUGUUCCUACAUUGAAAGGGACAAAUGGUUUGAGUCUGGAUAACGCCCCUGUGCUACAUGACCUGUUUUCACACCUGAGCAAGAUUUGAACCCGGCAGUUUCCCAGCUCAUAGCUCACGCUGUCAACCGCUAUGCCACGCCGUCUCUCAAACAGUGUCCAGAAAUAAUAGUUGGUAUGGAAACUACUUGGGUUUAUGAGGAAUAGGACAUCCUGCCUCUAAUUCUAAAAGGGUUCCUUUGAAGACUAUAGUUCUGUGGUUAUUUAAUCCAGUAAAAAGGCUUUAAUCAAAUCAAAGCCAUUCAUUAGUGGUGGCCUGUUCCAUGGCUUUGGUUUUCCUUGGCCAAGUCUGAUCUUUUUUAAUGACAAUAUUCAUUUCUGUUUUUUAAAGAAGUCGUCAGAAGCGGAAUACAUAUAUCCUUAAAUGUGUGACCUUUUGCUAAAUUCUGUGGAUCCUCCCCCACCCCCUCUCAUUUUGUUUGCCCAGAAAAUUGAAGGCUGGAGCAGUUGCUAAGGUCCUUUGAAACACCCUGUCAUAUUUUUAUUUGAUUAAUUAUCUGCACACGAGAGAGAAAAUAUUUGCCAAUUGACCUCCCUGGAGGGAUAUGAUGAUUAAUGUUUGCUAAACACACUGAAAGGAAAAUGUGCUUAGAAACCAAUGGGCUUACUAACUCCUUGUGGCAAGGGAGGUGUUUCGGAGGUGGGUGGAUGGUGAGGGCUGGGCCUCUGAACUGAGGAGAGAUAAUAGAAGCAGAAUUGUAGAGUUGGAAGGGAACUCCAAAGGUCAUCUAGUCCAACCCCCUGCGAUGCAGGAAUCACAACUAAAGAAUCCCUGGCAGGCUGGCAUCCAAGCUCUGCUUAAAAACCUUCCACUGCUGAACAGCUCUUGCUGUCAGACAGUCCUUCCUGAUGUUUUGUCAGAAUCUCAUUUGAAUCAUUUGGUUUGUGUCCUGUACUCUGGAGCAGCAGAAAACCAGCUUGCUGUGCCCUCCAUGGGACAGCUCUUCAAAUACAAUCAUACCUCGGGUUACAGACACUUCGGGUUGCGCGAUUUCAGGUUGCACACUGCGCCAAACCCGGAAGCACCGGAAUGGGUUACUUCCGGGUUUUGGUGCUUGCAAAUGCGCAGAAGUGCUAAAUCGUGCUUUGCACAUGCACAGAAGCUCCAAAUCGUGACCCACACAUGGGCAGACCAAGGUCCAUAGCAAGGUCGAAAGGGGAACCUUAAAGGGUGGGUGGGUGGGGAAACCUUACCAGCUGAGCAGACCCAAAGAGGGAAAUCCCGGGGCCGCGCUUGCCUUAAAUGAGGCAAGCCACGCCCCCAGAGCCGGCUGAUAGGGUGGCUCGGGGAAUGACGCGGCCCCGAGGAUUCCCCUGUUCGCGCGGGGGUUGAAGCCAGCUCCCGUGUGUGUGUUGGGGGCGUGAGCCCGCAACACCACCUCCUUCUUAUGUCGGAAGUGGCUUUACGUCAAAAGACAAACUCAUACCUAGCAAAGGAUGACUUUAUCUGGAUUUGACUGCAUUCUGGGACUUAUUAUUGAUUGCUCCAUUGUGCUUCUGUGGAAUCACGAUCUGGGUGGUGAUGUGGUCUAAACCACUGAGCCUCUUGGGCUUGCCUAUUGGAAGGUCGGCAGUUCGAAUCCCUGCGACGGGGUGAGUUCCCAUUGCCCUGUCCCAGCUCCUGCCAACCUAGCAGUUCAAAAGCACGUCAAACUACAAGUAGAUCAAUAGGUACCACUGCGGCUGGAAGGUAAACGGUGUUUCCGUGCACUCUGGUUUCCGUCACGGUGUCCCGUUGCACCAGAAGCGGUUUAGUCCUGCUGGCCACGUGACCCGGAAAGCUGUCUGUGGACAAAUGCCAGCUCCCUCGCAACCCCAUAGUCGCCUUUGAUUGGACUUAACCGUCCAGGGGUCCUUUACCUUUACUGAAAUAUACUCAGAGUCGAGUGUGGAUUUCAUGCUCUUUAUUCAGCUCAUAGUAGCGAGGAAUGAAAGUUUCCUCACAAUAUCUGCUUUAUGUACAUUAUUUACACAAUGGGCCGCACAUGAUUGGCUAAUUCCGGGAUUCUCCUGUGGGCCAAUCAGGUUGCGGAUUCACUUCCACCUGGAGCUGGAUUGGGUGGCUCCUGCAGACCAAUCAUACUGCUGCAUUCUGAAUCCUAUUGUUCUAGGACCAAUCAGACUGCUGCAUUCUGAAUCCUAGGACCAAUCAGACUGCUGCCUUUUGGAUCCUAUUGUUCUAGGACCAAUCAGACUGCUGCAUUUUGGAUCCUAUUCAACUCAGUACAUAACAUUUACCUUAUUCAUAGCAUAGUUUUUAUCUCUCUGCAACAACCAUUUCUCUGCUAAUUGCACAUUUCUUCAAAACCCAAUAAAAACCAUUUAGUUUAACUCAACAGAAGGGAUUAUGCAGGGACACCAGCUUUUCAAGGUCUGAUAGUCAUUUUGCAUCCUCUUGCCUCACAGAACCCCCAGGCAAUCCUGCCACCCCCAGCGGGUGCCACCACCCACUUUGCAAAUGAGUACUUUAACACUUCCUUGCAAGGAAGGUGCUCCACCCUUGGCCUGUUUUGAGCUCCCUUUCUUCCCCAGAAUCAGCGUGUCGUAUCAAAUAUGGUGAAGUGUUCUGCGGCACCUGACAACCUAACCAUUUUGUUACGGCACGAACUUCUGGGAUCUUCAGCUCACUGCUGGUGCCUGGGUGACUGUUUUUAUCCAAAUAAUAAUCAUCAUAAUAAUGUCCAGUAGCACCUUAGAGGCUAACUAAGUUUGUUCUGGCUAUAAGCUUUCGUGGGCAUGCACACUUCUUCAGAGACCUCCUUCUUCAGAUUUUGUGCAUGCACACAAAAGCUUAUACCCAGAAUAAACUUAAUUGGUCUCUAGUGGCCGGGUGGCACUGUGGGUUAAACCAUAGAGCCUAGGACUUGCCGAUCAGAAGGUCAGUGGUUCAAAUCUCUGCAACGGGGUGAGCUCCCGUUGCUCGGUCCCUGCUCCUGCCCACCUAGCAGUUCGAAAGCACGUCAAAGUGCAAAUAGAUAAAUAGGUACCGCUCCGGCGGGAAGGUAAACGGCGUUUCCGUGCGCUGCUCUGGUUUGCCAGAAGCGGCUUAGUCAUGCUAGCCACAUGACCUGGAAGCUGUACGCCGGCUCCCUCGGCCAGUAAAGUGAGAUGAGCGCCGCAACCCCAGAGUCGGCCACGACUGGAUCUAAUGGUCAGUGGUCCCUUUACCUUUACCUAAGGUGCUGCUGGACAGUUUUUUUUUAUUUAUUUCCACUGCAUCAGACCAACAUGGCUAUCUACCUGAAUCUGUUUUUAUCCAGUACAUGCUACAUAAAAUGCCAAGGGAUGGGUGAUGGAGGGGGCGGGGCUGCCACAGUCUUGAAAUAAUAAUAAUAAUAAUAAUAAUAAUAAUAAUAAUAAUAAUAAUAAUUUUUAUUUAUACCCUGCCCUCCCCGGCCAGAGCCGGGCUCAGGGUGGCUAACACCAGUAAAAUUACAGUAAAAACAUAAUAGGAAAAAAACCCACCAAUUUAAAAUACAGGUUAAAAUGCAAUUUAAAAGGCAGCCUCAUUUUAAAAGUAGCCCCUAGAUCAAAACCAUAAGGGGAGGGCAACAUAAGGGUCAGACCGAGUCCAAACCAAAGGCCAGGUGGAACAGCUCUGUCUCGCAGGCCCUGCGGAAAGAUGUCAAGUCCCGCAGGGCCCUAGUCUCUUGGGACAGAGCGUUCCACCAAGUCGGGGCCAGCACCGAAAAGGCCCUGGCUCUAGUUGAGACCAAGCUAACCACCUUGCAACCUCCAAAGUGUUGUCAUUUGUGGACCUUAAGGUCCUCCGCGGGGCAUACCAGCAGAGGCUGUCCCGUAGGUAUGUGGGUCCUAGGACAGCUUUCUGCAGGUUCUUGAGCAAAGAUCAGAGCAGCCGAAUUGGCUUGGCGCAGCUGCAAUGGUGUGCAGAGUGGCACAGCGCAACAGAAGAAGGAUGGCUAACUGGGAAGCUGGCUAGCAAUCUUUGGCACGCCUGUUUCUUAGAGAGAGUUCAGCUGUUGCAUCUGAGGCAUGAAAUUUCAGUCUCACUUAACUGCUAGAGAAAGUGGGGGGAGAGAGAUUAUUUCUUCCAGCUCGCUCGUUGCACUUGGCAGCCAGACGGGAUUCUACGAUUAAUCGGAGGCCUAUGAGCUGGGAGUGGCUGGCUUUUGAUUAAGACCCCUCUGUGAAAAGCUUUGCCUGAGUGCAAGAACACUUCAUGCUGUUCCGCAGCAUGCUGUGGUCACCUCACCCUCGAUUUGCAAGUGCAAAUUUCACUCCACGGUCUGUGGGAUUUAUUAUACGAGGAUUAAGGAUUUCUCUGCGGUCAAAUUAUUGCAUGUCUGUUUCAUAACAUUUCUACGCUGCUUGGUUGCAGCCCCUUCCUGAAAGGAGUUUAGAAUCAUAGAAUCGAAGACUUGGAGGGUCCCACAGUCCCACCCCCUGCAAUGCUUGUGUUCUUGAAAUUAAACCGCAACCAAUCCCACAACUUUGUGAAUGAGCAGGGACUUGGCGACUCUUCUGGCACAACUUUUGUUUUGUUUUUUCCUUCCAAAAUUUUUAUUGGUUUUCACAAUAUUAUAAACACACAAACAAACACACAAGACAAACAAACAAAACAAACAUAAAUCAUAGCCUUAUUAAAAAUUACAGUUAUUAACUUUGUUAAGCGACUUCCUCGCUUCCCCUUGGUUGAAUUUCAUUGCAUGUCCUUUUAACGGUUUUCCAAAUCCCAAUUUUUAUGAAAUUUAACUUAAACAUUAACAUCCUUAAAUCUUCACCUUAUAGAAUUAAACAUAUUAAUUCAUCACUUAACAUAAAUAAAAUCCUAAGCCCAUUAAGUAUCUGCAAGCUAUUUCCAGUUAGUUUAACUUAACAAAUUUAACUAAAUAAUCAUUAAAUUUAUUCUAUUCUUCCUGAUACUCCUUCUCCUUCUGGUCGCGGACUCUUCCAGUCAGGUUGGCUAGCUCCGAAAAAUCCAUCAUCUUCAUCUGCCUUUCUUCUAUUGUUGGUAAUUCUUGGGUUUUCCACUUUUUAGCUAACAAAAUACGAGCAGCAGUUGUGGCAUACAAAAAUAAUUUAACAUCUUUCUUGGGCAAUUCCAAACCUGUUAUUCCAAGAAGAAAGGCUUCUGGUUUCUUUAUAAAUGUAUAUUUCAACAUUUUUUUCAAUUCAUUAUAAAUCUUUUCCCAGAAGUCUUUCACCUUGGGACAGGUCCACCACAUAUGAUAAAAGGUUCCUUCCUUUUCUUUACAUUUCUUCUGGCACAACUUUUGAAGGACGCAAAGGCAAGCCACUUAUUUCCUUCUGCUCACAAGCGCUUAAGGUCUUUGUGGUCCUGGAAUCAGGCACUACCCACUGAAAGUUGGCUGCAGGAUGGCGAAGGUGGCAUGUGCCGGUCUCAAUGGAGACAUUGCACUCUUUUGCUGACUCCCUUCCCUUCCGUUUCUGCGCCUCUUCUCUUGUUCCUUGCCUUUCUUUUCAACCUUGUUUCUUGAACAAGGUCCGUGGCAAUUAGAGUCAAUUAUCUCUUAGCGAUGAGCUGCUUUUCAGAUCACAGGAAAACACUGCGCCAGGCAAGGCAGUUUGUUUGCAAGCCAAUUAAAAGCGCCGCCUGGUUCAUGUUCUCAUUUUAAUCAGCUUACAGCGGAGUAUACCUAGGCACUUCAGGUCCUUGUUUUAAUUAGCUGACGGUGGAGCCAAACCGUUUUGCAAAUGAUACAAGCAAGCCCAUCCUGCCCGACUUAAAUCAGAGCUCCUUACAAGGUUCCCACUCCUUUUCAUCCAGAUUAACAUGAUUUGCUACACCUGAGGUCCUUGUUCUCUCAGUUGCAGCUCUUGCAAGAUGCUCAGUGAUAAGCAUUGCUAAAUCUAAACCUGCUUGGUAGAAAAUCAGCAGCCAGUGCCGAUCUCUGAGCUAGUAUAUGUUAGUAAGAGGGCUGUCUUGUUGUCUGUAGGGAUGAGUGAACCUCUCAGUUUCUCAUUUUGUGAAUCUUCACUUCCAUUCCCAACAUUUCUGAAUCAGCUGAGGAUCUUUUUCUAAAGUCCUCACGAACAUUCGCCAGCCUUUUGGUGCGAAUUUCUCCGACCGCACACAUUUCCAAGUGAAAUUUUGUCCAAAAUGAACUUUCUGCAACACAGAUUUCUCCAACGUGAUGCACUUCUUUGCACGUUAGUUUCACUAAUGUAUGCAUUUAUGUGCACGAGUUAUUAAAGCAUUUUGACGCGCACUACUUGGCUGGAGAACGGCAUUGCAAAUUUCUGAAGAGUGGCUCUGCGUUCCGUUCCCCGUGUCGUUUUAGAACAAUGUGAACUUGGGAGGCUGGCCUUUAAAUGUGAACAGAAAUGAAACCCUCCCCUGUUCUAGGGCGCAGGGUGGGGUUUUUUUCCUUUCCGCCCACCCCACACGUGGAAAGGCCCCACGUGGAAGCCUGUACUGGCCUGGCCUUGAGAUGUCAACUCAACAGGUGUUGCACAUGGUGUGUUUACUGCUCUUUUGUCCUGCUCUGUGAGAUGGCGUCAGGAGGACGGGGACAUCAAUGUGUCAUCCUGGUCCCUGGAAACUGAACCCGAGAGAGAGAGAGAGAGAGAGAGAGAGAGAGAGAGAGAGAGAUGCAGAGAUAAGUCAAGGCUGUUUCAUUCUUGGAUUUACGAGCACCAUCAUCUCAAGGUCAGAGAGCAACGCUCAUGAAACCCCAGGUGACAAAACCAAUAGAAAGAAGACCCACCUGGCCUUUGAUUUAAUUAACACGGGCAUGCCUUGCUUCUCCCAGGUCGGUUUUAUGACCGACGUGCCGAUUCAUGCCCCGCUCACUUUGCCUCCUCUUGGAAGACGGGUUUCCCUGGACAAAAUUGGCAGGUUUUGAACAAUACACAAGCGAUUUUCUUCCUCUACUGCUUUUCAGAGGAUCCUGGUAUGUUGGAGUGCAAUAAAGAACAGCAAAUAACCUUUUCAGGCAGAUCAGGUGGCAGGUACACAACUUCCGAGGGCCGUGUUCCUGCAGCUCCUCCGAGUUCUUGGAGUUUUCCUUUGGAGAAAAGUUAAAGCGUUUGAGGGAGGCCUGUGCUUGCAGACAGGGAUGCUUCUGAAUCCCAGUUGCUGGAAAUCUCAGGAGAAGGCAUGUGUGCUCGGAUCCCGCUGGCAGGUUUCCCAUAAUGGACAUCGGGUUAAACGUAAAAGGUAAAGGACCCCUGAGGGAUGCGGGUGGCGCUGUGGGUUAAACCACUGAGCCUCAUGGGCUUGCUGAUCAGAAGGUCGGGGGUUCGAAUCCCCACGACAGAGUGAGCUCCCAUUGUUCGGUCCCUGCUCCUGCCAACCUAGCAGUUCGAAAGUGCAUCAAAGUGCAAGUAGAUAAAUAGGUACCACUCCGGCGGGAAGGUAAACAGCAUUUCCGUGCGCUGCUCUGGUUCGCCAGAAGCGGCUUAGUCCUGCUGGCCACAUGACCCGGAAGCUGGACGCUGGCUCCCUCAGCCAGUAAAGCGAGAUGAGCACCACAAUCCCAGAGUCAGCCACGACUGGACCUAAUGGUCAGGGGUCCCUUUUAAAGGACCCCUGGACAGUUAAGUCCAGUCAAAGGUGACUAUGGGGUUGUGGCGCUCAUCUCACUUUCAGGCUGAGGGAGACAGCGUUUGUACACAGACAGCUUUCCAGGUCAUGUGGCCAGCAGGACUAAACCGCUUCUGGUGCAACAGGACACCGUGAUGGACACCAGAGAGCAUGGAAACGCCGUUUACCUUCCCGCCACAGCGGUACCUAUUUAUCUACUUGCACUGGUGUGCUUUCGAACUGCUAGGUUGGCAGGAGCUGGGACAGAGCAAUGGGAGCUCACCCCGUCACCGGGAUUCAAACUGGCAACCUUCCAAUCAGCAAGCCCCAGAGGCUCAGUGGUUUAACCCACAACGCCACCCACGUCUUUUACCUUUGCAUUGGGUUAACCUCUAUGAGGUUAGGAUGCUAGACUAUAUGGCCUGCUGCCCUGGUCCUGCAGGCUCGUCUAAUGUUCUUAAUGAAGUGUCUUCAUGUAUGUAUGUGUCAGGGUGAUCAUGAUCCAAACAGGCACCAGGGGUAAAGGGCAGAGAUUCUGAUGCAGCAGGAGACCCUUGGCUGGCAGAGGGUGGUAGAGCGAGAGAGCAAAGACCCCAAGCAGUUUUGCGAUGGGGGUAUAAGGACAGCAAUUGUGCCUCGCCUGACACAUCAUCUGUCCUUUCAGACAUUUAGCAAAGCUGGUCCAACAUCCAAGUAGGUUAUUAAUAUUUAGAUCUGGCCUUGGCUUUGCUAAAUCACACACACACAUGCCUGCAAUUCUGGGCAUGGAGCAGGAUUUUUGCAGGCUGCACAGCAGGACGUCAAAGUAGGAUGAUACCCUCGAGAGGAGAGGAUUAGAGGACUUCCCCUGACCUUGGCAAAGGGGCCUCUGGAGCGACACAAUGAAAUUUGGUAAGGGCAAGUGGGAAAGUAUUGUGUGUGGGGAGACUCAAGCGCUGCUAGGGAGGAGGGGAGGCUCAUAGGCAGAGGCAGCAAUGCGGUGCAGUGGUUAGAGCCUGAUCUACUUAUUUAUUGCACAAAAUUCACAUACCGCUCAGUUGUAGGAAACCUCACAGAGUUUUUCCCUCUGCGCACUAUCCAACAUUAUGUAUGUUUUCAGGUGCUCUUUUUUGGUUAGAGAACCGCCUUGCAAAAUCUGGAAAAGCGCAAAUUUUGAAGGAUAGCUCUGACCCGAUGCAUAUAUUUGUUUUCUUGAGGUUGCUCUGGUCAGGCAGGUUCCAGUUAAGAUGCAAGUGGAAUUCCCUCCAACCCAAGUUGCUUUUUAAAAUAGAAUUUCAAAAUAUUAAUGGACACCAAAAGGAAAAAGCAAGUGUCUCGGGUGUAGGAAAACUAAAGUAAAUUGAAACCAUUAGGAUCUAUGAGCUCAUUAAAAAACACACCAUUUUUUUAAAAAAAAAUCUAUUUUCAGUAUUAGGAACUGAUGGUGAACCAGGCAAAUUAUAAUACACUUACCAUUAAUGUUGCAGCAUUUUGCUUAUUGCAUUUGCUUGCUUACUUUCUGUGCCACAGGGUCUGGGUGGUGCUUUAACUCUCUGUACAAGCAAAUCCAUGCCAUAAAUUAGGGGUACUGUCAGGAGCUGGAAUCAAGCAUAGGUCAGCAAUCCAAGGUGUCAGUGAAAUUAACUCUUUAUUCAAGAAACCAAAACAGGCCUAGCGAUCCCACCAGCUCUUCCCAGUAGGUCUUGCUCCAACAGGCCAGUUGCGAGGACUGAAGCUCCUCCAAUCUCUAAGGCUCCAGGGUCCUUCCCAAGCAGUUGCAAGCCCACAUCUGCUCUGCCUUCUUCCUUUCUCUGUGAGCUCCUGGAGACCCUGCUUGUCACCUAAAGGUAAAGGUAAAGGACCCCUGGAUGGUUAAGUCCAGCCAAAGGCGACUAUGGGAGUGGGUGGCACUGUGGUCUAAACCACGAGCCCCAUGGGCUUGCCGAUCGGAAGGCCGGCGGUUUUAUGUCCUUAUACCCCCAUCGCAAACCUGCUUGGGGUCUUCGUUCUCUAGUUCCAUCACCCUCUGCCAGCCAAGGGUCUGAAUCAGAAUCUCUGCCCUUUCCCCCUGAGAGCCAGUGUGGUGUAGCGGUUAAGAGCGGUAGACUCGUAAUCUGGGGAACCAGGUUCGCGUCUCCGCUCCUCCACAUGCAGCUGCUGGGUGACCUUGGGCUAGUCAUACUUCUCUGAAGUCUCUCAGCCUCACUCACCUCACAAAGUGUUUGUUGUGGGGCAGGAAGGGAAAGGAGAUUGUUAACCCCUUUGAGACUCCUAUGGGUAGGGAUAAAGCAGGAUAUCAAAUCCAAACUCUUCUUCUUCUGGUGCCUGUUUGGAUCAUGCACACCCCGACACAUACAUACAUGAAGCCACUUUAUUACGAACAUUAGACGAGCCUGCAGGACCAGGGCACCAGACCAUGUAGCCUAGCAUCCUAUCCUCACAGUGGUUAACCCGACGCAAAGGUAAAAGACGUGGGUGGCGCUGUGGUCUAAACCACCGAGACUCUUGGGCUUGCCGAUUGGAAGGUUGCCUGUUCGAAUCCAGGUGAUGGGCUGAGCUCCCAUUGCUCAGUCCCUGCUCCUGCCAACCUAGUAGUUCAAAAGCACACCAGUGCAAGUAGAUAAAUAGUUACCAUUGUGGCGGAAAGGUAAACGAUGUUUCCGUGCGCUCUGGUUUCCGUCACGGUGUCCCAUUAUGCCAGAAGCAUUUGUGUGAUAAUCUUUUCAGCAAGGCUGUUUGCCAAAUUGUGCUCUACCAUUGGUCUAUAUCAAGAAAAUCCAAGGUUUCCCGAGUGCAAAGAUGCUCUGUCAGCAUCGAAAGACAGCGGCGCCUAGUGGCACCGCCUCCUCCGCACGACUGGGAAGGGUGCAGAAUGGAAGUUGCCGCUCACCCAGGUUGCAAAGGAGCAGUUUAUUUUAAGAGCAUUUGCUGUGACUCCUUUCUUUUUUUAAUCCCUCGUAGCAUCUAUAGCAGUGUUGCUGACACAGGAUGGAACUUUGCUCUAAAACAAGCCUCUGCUGAUUUUUUAUUAUUAUUUAUAAAUAACCCCCUUUUUUUUAAAGCUUAAAAAAACCCCAAGUAUAGCGCGAUAACAACAGCUGCGAUAUAGAAUCAUAGGAUCAUGGAAUCGAAGAGUUGGAAGGUACCCAAAGGACAUCUAGUCCAACCCCCUUCAAUGCAGGAAUAUCCUAAUCGAACCAAAGGAGGGAGGGAAUAAAAUGGCCCACCUUAAAUGGGUCAAAUAGCAAUGGAGAACAGCAUGAAAAAGAAAAUGUUUUAGUUAAAAUAACACAAUGCAAUGCACAAGUUUCAUUGAGGAUGUGCUCAGAAUCCGAUUCUGAAUAAGUUGCAAAAGGAGUUGACUUUUAAUAUUGUGGGGGGAGAAUCAGGCCAGGGGAUGCUGUUUUUUUUUCUCCAGAAAAAGAGGCUACUCUGCAUAUUCUCAGCUUUUGCAGUUCUGAAAGCUGGCAGGCACCUGAGAAAUUGAAAUUGAAAAUUGAAAUACUUUCUUGUCACUUGUACAACUUGUAUACAGUGAGAUUACACAAGCACACCCUCAUCCAGCUCUCUUAGUCUUAAUUCCCCUCGUUUACUGACGCACACCCACCAAACCCGAAAGUCAGGAAACCCCUCUUGCAAGAACCCAAGAACAAUUCUCUCCUCCUGAGGCUUGCAGCAACGAACUGGGAUUCAGCAGCUGCCAGCUGUGAAGGCAGAGCUGACUAGUAGUAGCCACCGAUAGCUCUCUCGUCCUCCACGAAUUUCUCCAGUCCUCUAAAAGCCACCCAUGUUGGUGGCCUUCACUGUGUCCUGUGGGAAGGAGUUCCAUUGUUUAACUGUGUGAUGAUGAUGAUGAUGAUGAUGAUACUAGUACUACUACUACUACUACUAUUACUACUACUAAUAAUUUAUUAUUUAUACCCCGCCAAUCUGGCUGGGCUUCUCCAGCCACUCUGGGCAGCUUCCAACAAAACACUAAAAUACAAUAACCUAUUAAACAUUAAAAGCUUCCCUAAAGAGGGCUGCCUUCAGAUGUCUUCUAAAAGUUUGGUAGUUAUUUUUCUCUUUGACAUCUGGUGGGAGGGCGUUCCACAGGGCGGGUGCCACCACCGAGAAGGCCCUCUGCCUGGUUCCCUGUAACUUGGCUUCUCGCAAUGAGGGAACCACCAGAAGGCCCUCGGCGCUGGACCUUAGUGUCCAGGCACUCAGUGCUGAUUUCCUUCAGAAUGGAUAGGUUUGAUCUUCUUGCAGUCCAUGGGACUUUCAAGAGUCUCCUCCAGCACCAGAAUUCAAAAGCAUCCAUUCUUCGGCGAUCAGCCUUCUUUAUGGUCCAGCUCUCACUUCCAUACAUCACUACUGGGAAAACCAGAGCUUGAACUAUACGGACCUUUGUUGGCAAGGUGAUGUAUAAGUUAUUGUAUUUUAGUGUUCUGUUGGAAGCCACCCAGAGUGGCUGGUGAAACCCAGCCAGAUGUGCAGGGUAUAAAUAAAUUAUUAUUAUUAUUAUUAUUAUUAUUAUUAUUAGGUGCCAAAAUGUCCUGGGCUGGCUAGCCCGCUGCUUCACUCGGCAAAACUUGCCCUGUUCAAUACAACACCCGUUCUGCGUUUGCAAGAACUCAAUCUUUUCAUGUGGCAGCACCUGCCCUUUGGAACUCCCUGCCUCUUGAGCUCAAGUAGGCACCUUCAUUGCAUUCUUUUCUCAUUAUUAUUAUUAUUAUUAUUAUUAUUAUUAUUAUUAGUAUUACUAUCUAGUUGAGCAUCCUGUUCUUGCAGUGGCCACCCAGAAACCCGCAGGGAGGAUCUCUUUUUCUCCUCCUGCAGUUUACAGCAACUGGGCCAUGGAAGAAGAGCAUGGCUACAUCAUCUUCUUCUUCUUUUCCUGCUCCUUCCUCUGAAACCCUCCUUCCCUCUGGCUGGUGAAAACAAGCUGCUUCUGGGGAGGGAGGUUGUGGUCACUGGAGGGGGGGAAAGCAUUUUUCCCUCCAGGCCUGGGUGUGGGGAAGGGGAGGGAAGAAGACGGAGCUCUCUCUCGCUCUCUCUCUCUCUCCUUCUGCCUUGAUCCUCUGCUGGAAGGACUUGGCUGCGCCUGGCCAGGCGCCAAGGAGAAAGCAGAAAAAAGCAGAGAAAUUGCCUGAUUCUGUCGGCACAAACACUCCCUUUGGCUGGCGGCAGCAUUUUCCAUGACACCAUCAGCUCCGAUGGAGGGCUGAGGUCCCUCCCAGCUGAGCAGCAGCAGAGAUCUUGGGGGGGGGGGCGGGGGAGGCAGGCAAGGAUGACAAAUUUGACCUGACAGGUCUGGAUGCUGGCUGGACCUUCCUGGGAUACAGCCGGCCAUUUCUCCCUUUCUUGUAACGCCGGAUCUUGCAGAGAAGAAGCUGAAUGUGGGCAGGGUCAGGACAGAUGAGACUUCUUUUACGUUAUUUAUAUAUAUAUAACGUAAUUUGUUGAUUACAGCUGCUUUUCAAAGAAUUCAUGUACUUCUUCCAAUCUUCUGCGAAUCUCUGGUCCCGCAGGUUUCGAAUCCUUCCUGUCAUUUUGUCCAAUUCUGCACAGUCCAUUAAUUUCGUCUGCCAUUCUUCUUUCGUCGGAAUGUCUUCUUGCUUCCACUUCUGGGCUAACAAUACUCUUGCUGCAGUUGUUGCAUAUAAAAACAGUUUGACAUCUUGUCUAUUAACGUCUUGGUCUAUAAUACCAAGUAAAAAGGCUUCUGUUUUUUUUUUUUUUAAAUGUAUAUUUCAACAUCCUUUUCAUCUCAUUAUACAGGACAGAUGAGACUUCUUAUUCGCACAGCGCAUAGAUAACCUGUGGAACUCCCUCCCACAAGGGGCAGCCAUGGCCACCACCUGGGAUGGCUUUAAAAGAAGGUUAGGCAAAUUCAUGUAGGAGAAUGAAGCUCAUUUGAUGGCUCUGAUCUCUCAGAGGCAGUGAUGCUUCUGGAACCAAUUGUUGGAAACCACAGCUUACUCUCCAACAAUUUAUCCAGUGAAAAUAGGGGGGGGGGUUCUAUUCAACAGUAACAAUAACAAUAAUAAAUCUAAGUUCAAAAUGGUUCAGACUUGCAUGUGUGGUCAGCCGGGAAGCAGGUAAAAGAAAGAGGAAGCAGAAGGAAGUACAGUUGGACCUUGGAAGUCGAACGGAAUCCGUUCCGGAAGUCUAUUUGACGUCCAUAAUGCAGCCUCUGAUUGGCUGCAGGAAGCUGCUGCAGCCAAUCGGAAGCCGCAGAAGCCAUGCCAGACGUUUGGCUUCUGAAAAUUGUUCAGAAACCAGAACACUCACUUCCGGGUUUCAAUUGUUCGGGGGCUGAUUUGUUUGGGAGCCAAGGCGUUUGAGAUCCAAGGCAUGACUUGGAUAUAGCUUCCUGCCAAGGCAGGCAAAGGAAGUGAUCUCAUAGCGUUCUCUCUGGCAGAUUUUACAGGAAAGCUCGGUGACUCAUCAUCCCCAUCAUGUGCCUAAUAAUAAUAAUAAUAAUAAUAAUAAUAAUCUAUUACUUACACCCUACCCAUCUGACUAGGUUGCUCCAGCCACCCUGGGCAGCUUCCAACAUAUAUAAAAUCAGAAUAAAACAUUAAACAUAAAAAAACCAAAAACCUUCCCUAUCCAGGGCUGCCUUCAGAUGUCUUCUAAAGGUUGUAUAGCUACUUAUCUCCUUAGCUCGGGAUUCAGAUUGUUGUUGUUGUUUAGUCGUGUCCGACUCUUCAUGACCCCCUGGACCAGAGCACGCCAGGCCCUCCUGUCUUCCACUGCCUCCCGCAGUUUGGUCAAACUCAUGAUUAUAGCUUCGAGAACACUGUCCCACCAUCUCGUCCUCUGUCGUCCCCUUCUCCUUGUGCCCUCCAUCUUUCCCAAUAUCAGGGUCUUUUCCAGUGAGUCUUCUCUUCUCAUGAGGUGGCCAAAGUCUUGGAGCCUCAGCUUCACGAUCUAUCCUUCCAGUGAGCACUCAGGGCUGAUUUCCUUCAGAAUGGAGAGGUUUGAUCUUCUUGCAGUCCAUGGGACUCUCAAGAGUCUCCUCCAGCACCAGAAUUCAAAAGCAUCAAUUCUUCGGCGAUCAGCCUUCUUUAUGGUCCAGCUCUUACUUCCAUACAUCACUACUGGGAAAACCAUAGCUUUAACUAUACGGACCUUUGUCAGCAAGGUGAUGCCCUCCAGCAUUUUUCUGAUGAAGAUAGGGAUGUCCGAAGGAAAAACGAGACAUUCCAUGAUCAAAUCAGAAACUGAGGUGGCUUCUGUAAAUCUGGGUCUGUCCCUGGAAAAUAGGGACACUUGGAGAGUUUGGGGGAAUGUGCUGAAAUGCUCUUUGUGGGUUUGUGGUUGGCCACAGUGAGAACAGGAUGCUGGACCAAGAUGGACCAUUGGCCUGAUCCAGCACCCUCUCCUUACACACUAAAACCAGCUUUUGCAAACUUGGUGAAACUCGUGGUCCUCUUUUGCCUUCUCUUUUUGGUGACAUCUAGCUGGCCACCCUUAGCUUGGGCUCAGCGCUGGAACACGCGGAGCCUUGCUGCGGAAAGGGUUCCUCUGAGUGCAUGCAGACUUCAUGUCUCCCAAGCAUUCUCUCUUUGGAGACCUUGCCCUUCCAAAACGAGUCUGGGACAGGUGAAUAAUAAUAAUAAUAAUAAUAAUAAUAAUAAUAAUAAUAAUAAUAAUUUAUUAUCCAUACCCCGCCCAUCUGGCUGGGUUUCCCCAGCCACUCUGGGCGGCUUCCAACACAAUACAGUGGUACCUCUGGUUAAGUACAUAAUUCGUUCCGGAGGUCCGUACUUAACCCGAAACUGUUCUUAACCUGAAGCACCACUUUAGCUAAUGGGGCCUCCUGCUGCUGCCAGGCCGCCGGAGCCCGAUUUCUGUUCUCAUCCUGAAGCAAAAUUCAUAACCUGAAGCACUAUUUCUGGGUUAGCGCAGUCUGUAACCUGAAGCAUAUGUAACCUGAAGAGUAUGUAACCUGAAGCGUAUGUAACCCGAGGUACCACUGUAUUAAAAUACAGUAAUGCAUCAAACAUUAAAAGCUUCCCUAAACAGGGCUGCCUUCAGAUGUCUUCUAAAAGUCUGGUAGUUGUUGUUCUCUUUGACAUCUGAUGGGAGGGCGUUCCACAGGGCGGGCGCCACCACCGAGAAGGCCCUCUGCCUGGUUCCCUGUAACCUCACUUCUCGCAGGGAGGGAACCACCAGAAGGCACUCGGAGCUGGACCUCAGUGUCCGGGCAGAACGAUGGGGGUGGAGACGCUCCUUCAGGUAUACUGGACCAAGGCCGUUUAGGGCUUUAAAGGUCAGCACCAACACUUUGAAUUGUGCUUGGAAAUGUUGCAGAUCUACGGCCAGGAGCAAAGCGCACACAAACAAACACACAAUGUCGUCCCUUUGCAUCUGACUUUCCAAAUGCCCAGGCAGAGAACAGCUGGGUCUCUAGGGCCGAGCGUCCUAAAUCUCUCCUGUCAGAGGCCUUGGCUUCCUGCCCCCACCUCUCAGGGAAAUGAGGGAUUAGUCAGGAAUCAGGUGUUCCACUGUCUGGAUUACCAGGCUGCCUGCUGCUCCCUCCCUGGUGUGGCAAAAGUCCCCAGACCUUCCCAUUUCCAAUUCAUUGUUGGGGUCCACAGACCCUCCUUUCUGGCAACUGGCCCCAGCUGCCGAGCUGCCCCAAAUAAUUCAUAAAUGACCUUCAUCCAAACACUCACGGCUCAUCUAGCCUCCUGCUUGCCUCUCACCACUUCCCUCUGUGGAAACCUGAUUUUACCACCGAAUCGGUGCAAAUGUCGUAGAAUUGUAGAGUUGGAAGGGAAGCAAUGUCGAUCUGGGUGCAGAAGGCACAGAAUAUGGUGCGAUUCCUGCAUCUCAGGGGGUUGGACUAGAUGACCCUUUGCUGUCCCUUCCAACUCUACAAUUCUACCAUUUAUGAUUUCCUUUUGCGCUGCUGCUUUCCCCUAUUGUUUACCGCUGAAUUGGAACAAACGCUGAUCUAUAGUAACCCCAGUCAAGCAGAACUAUGAACCAGGGAAGUUUUUAACGUUUGAUGUUUUAUUGUGUUUGUAAUGUUCUGUUGGAAGCCGCCCAGAGUGGCUGGGGAGGCCCGGACAGAUGGGCAGGGGUAUAAGUAAAUUAAUAAUAAUAAUAAUAAUAAUAAUAAUAAUAAUUCAUUAUUAUUUAGUCCAACCCCCUGCAAUGAAGGAAUAUGCAGCUGUCCCAUACAGAGAUCAAACCUGCAACCUUGGUGUUAUAGCUUAGGGCCCCACUCUCUGCGGGCCCCCAAAAAAUUUAAAGAAAAAACCCUGGAUGUACAUUUCCAAAAUAUAAGAUAAAAACAAAUAAAAUAAAACCUACAUACAGCAAGAGUGUUUUGUGUUGUGUAGGUUCCUGUGAUGUAAGUCAUGGGCCCCGCCUGCUCCCUAAAAUAUCACUGGUUUGCUCAUUUCUAUAUACAGUGGUGCCUUGGUUCUCAAACUUAAUCUGUUCUGGAAGUCCGUUCCAAAACCAAAGCGUUCCAGAACCAAGGCGCUCUUUCCCAUAGAAAGUAAUGCAAAACGGAUUAAUCUAUUCCAGACUUUUAAAAACAACCCCUGAAACAGCAAUUUAACAUUCAACGCAGAAAAACAGCGACAUUUUUUUGUUGACAGCCAGACAUAUAAAGCACCCCAUUACCUUCAGGCGCUUAGGGCCUCAUCCAACCUAAAUCUGGCCCUGCACGGCACUCUAACCAACUGAGCUACAUUUCGUCCAUUGGGUUUUCUCCGGAUUGAUGUCUGCUCUGGGUUUUGUGGAGGAAAACCGAAGCUGAAGAACAUAAGAAAAAGCUGCUGAAUCAGGCAAGGGGCCCAUCGAGUCCAGCAUCCUGUUCUCACAGUGGCCGACCAGAUGCCCAUUAUGGGAAACCCACAAGCAAGAUUUGCACCCAAAGCCAACCAACUCCCCUCCUGUGGUUUCCAGCAACUGGGAUUCAGAAGCAUUUCUGCCUUCAGCUGUGGAUGCAGAGCUGAUCUAUAGGGGCUAGUAGUGAUCAAUAGCCUCUCCUCCAUGAAUUUGCCUAAUCCUGUUUAAAAGCCAUCCUUGCCUCCUGUGGCAGGGAGUUCCAUAGUUUAACUGCAUGAAGAAGGGCUUUUUUAAAUCUGUCCUGAAUCUUACAACAUUCUUUAUCAGAUGUUAUGAGAUCUAGCCUUAGGAGAGGAGAAGAAAAACUUUUCGUUCUACCCUCCCUUCCCUGCCGCGCAUAACUUUAGAAGGCUUGCUCACCUUUUCUCUAAAUGUUUACCUUCCCGCCAGAGUGGUGCCUAUUUAUCUACUUGCACUCUGAUGUGCUUUCGAUCUGCUAGGUUGGCAGGAGCAGGGACCAAGCAACGGCAGCUCACCCCGUCGCGGGGAUUGGAACCGCUGACCUUCUGAUCGGCAAGCCCUAGGCUCUGUGUUUUAACCCACAGCGCCACCCGUGUCCCUUAUAAGCUAGUUGGUAGAUUCGUUUGAAUCUCUUGAGUUAAGCAAUCCGGUCUGGCUUUGUUCAGAUUGGAUUUGUUCCUGGCAAAUUCCCCUUUUAGUCUUCUCUUAAAAGUAACAAGAAGUUUACUCACAUUCAUUUCACAGUAUGAUCCCUGAAGGCAGGCUUUAGCUUGUAGUUACAGAAGAGAGUGUGAGUUUAUUCCAUGUGGGGAUUGAGCCCAUGUGCUGCUGGCUGAGGGCCAGCAGACAGCAAAACCAUCAAGAUAGAAGAAGGAAUGAGAGAGGAAGAUGGUUGUGUGACCAGUCCUUUUAUGGGAUCCACCAGGCUUAUGCUCAUCUACCUGGUCACACGUAGGGUGAGGAAGCUCCAGACCAGGUGUGACAGGAAGUCCUCCUGGCUGGAGCAACAUCCCCCAGUGGGUCCACUCUGGGCAAACAGGAAAUGUACUUGACUGCUUAUGUUACAUCCCACAGAAUUUGCCUUUCCCCACAGCCACUACAUCAUCCUCAAGCUACCCACUAUAAUUAUUAUUAUUAUUGGGAUGCGGGUGGCGCUGUGGGUUAAACCACAGAGCCUAGGACUUGCCGAUCAGAAGGUCGGCGGUUCGAAUCCCCGCAACGGGGUGAGCUCCCGUUGCUCGGUCCCAGCUCCUGCCAACCUAGCAGAUCGAAAGCACCUCAAAGUGCAAGUAGAUAAAUAGGCACCGCUCCGGCGGGAAGGUAAAUGGCGUUUCCGUGCGCUGCUCUGGUUCGCCAGAAGCGGCUUUGUCAUGCUGGCCACAUGACCCGGAAGCUGUACACUGGCUCCCUCAGCCAGUAAAGCGAGAUGAGUGCCGCAACCCCAGAGUUGUCAGCGACUGGACCUAAUGGUCAGGGGUCCCUUUAACAGCCACUACAUCAUCCUCAAGCUACUACCACUACUACUACUACUAAUUUAUUAUUUAUACCCCGCCUAUCUGGCUGGGUUUCCCCAGCCACUCUGGGCGGCUUCUAACAAAAACCAAAAAUACACUAAAAUGUCACGCAUUAAAAACUUCCCUGAACAGGGCUGACUUCAGAUGUCUUCAAAAAGUCAGAUAGUUCUUUAUUUCCUUGACAUCUGGUGGAAGGGCGUUCCACAGGGUGGGUGCCACCUCCGAGAAGGCCCUCUGCCUGGUUCCCUGUAACUUGGCUUCUCGCAGUGAGGGAACUACCAGAAGGCCCUCGGCGCUGGACCUCAGCGUCUGGGCAGAACGAUGGGGGUGGAGACGCUCCUUCAGGUAUACUAUGGUUUCUCCCCCUGCUUUCUCCAUGCCAUGUACAAUUUUACCGUGUUCUAUUGUUGGACUACAGAGGGUUGGAUUAGAUGACCCCUGAUGUCCCUGCCAGCACUACAGUUCUAGGAUUCCUGGCAGGCCAUCUCGUGGGUGCCCUUUGGCUGUGCCGGCCAGAGUUGCUGCCGUGUUCACACAAGACAAAUCCAGCUGUUUCAACAGCUGGGUUGAUAUCUGCAGCCAGAAGCCCACCCACAGUGCGAUGCUUAAGACCCAGAGGAGCUGGGUUGGGGGUCUCCUCUUCCACCUCCGCUGACUCCUCUUCCGUUGCCGGAUCCUUCUCGGCCGAGACUUUAGCACGUGAGCCCCUUUCCUUAUUAAUAGCAUAUGCUCUAUUUUCUCCCCCUGAGUUGUGAGGUUUCGGUGCCACUUUGAGGGUAAACAGCUCUUUGGAGAAAACGCUAACGAAGGGUGACAGCUGGGGACGAGAACCGGGAGAAAAUAAAAUAAUAGGAAUGUCAGCAAUGUAAGGUCAGCUGGCCUAGCAAGCACCAGGCAGAUUGCUGCAAUCCACCGGGCAGCAGAACUCAUCCCUCUUGGUUUGAUAAAGCACAGCAAGAAAACGAGCGUCAAAAAAAGAGACUUUUGCGAAGCUAUUGCAUCAUGCCAAAGCAGGGGCACAAUAUUUUUUGGGGAGGGUGGGGUGGAUCUUGGAUGUCUGAGAUCACAGCACAUGAUUAUGACUCCCGGCAUUUCAGAGAAUGGGAAGAGAGGAGUUCUAGUAAAUGAGGCAGUGCGCUGGCCAAACGUGUCAAAGGCACAAUGGAUUUGCCCUCGCUCUGGCUCAGUUGCCAGGAAGGGAGGGAAGCUUGCCAACAGCCUUGGCCUUUUGUGUCCUCGUCCCCCGUCACUUUCUCCUCCCCAUGCAUAAUUUCAGAAACCUCUAAUACUCCUCCUAACUUUUGUUUUCUGAACGGAAAAGUCCCAAAGUUUUAGCCUGUCCUUGGAGCAGCAGAGCUCCACCUUCCUGAUCAUCUCUCUUCUUCCUUUGCAGCUUAAUAAUAAUAAUAAUAAUAAUAAUAAUAAUAAUAAUUUAUUAUUUAUACCCUGCCCAUCUGGCUGAAUUUCCCCAGCCACUCUGGGUGGCUCCCAAUCGAGUGUUAAAAACAAUACAGCAUUAAAUAUUAAAAACUUCCCUAAACAGGGCUGCCUUCAGAUGUCUUUUAAAGAUAAGAUAGCUGCUUAUUUCCUUCACAUCUGAAGGGAGGGCAUUCCACAGGGCAGGUGCCACCACCGAGAAGGCCCUCUGUCUGGUUCCCUGUAACCUCGCAAUGAGGGAACUGCCAGAAGGCCCUCGGAGCUGGACCUCAGUGUCCAGGCUGAACGAUGGCGGUGGAGACGCUCCUUCAGGUAUACAGGGCCGAGGCUGUUUAGGGCUUUAAAGGUCAACACCAACACUUUGAAUUGUGCUCAGAAACGUACUGGGAGCCAAUGUAGAUCUCUCAGGACUGGUGUUAUAUGGUCCCGGCAGCCACUCCCAGUCACCAGUCUAGCUGCCGCAUUCUGGAUUAGUUGCAGUUUCCGGGUCACCUUCAAAGGUAGCCCCACGUAGAGCACAUUGCAGUAGUCCAAGCGGGAGAUAACCAGAGCAUGCACCGCUCUGGUGAGACAGUCCAUGGACAGAUAGGGUCUCAGCCUGCGCACCAGGUGGAGCUGGUAGACAGCCGCCCUGGAUACAGAAUUAACCUGCACUUCCAUGGACAUUUGUUGUAGGCCAAAAACAUCUGGAGGGCCGAGGCUGAGGAAGCCUGCUCUGUGCCGAAACUCUCUGAACCAAAUCCCCAAACUCUUGUGCUGAGAUUCCCAUUAACAUCUCCUAGGAGUUUAUUCUCCGGGGGGGAAAAGAGCCUCGCCUGCCAGCUUUCUGUCUCUCUAAUUCAAACAACAUCCUUUGUUUAGCUGGAUGUUGCCGUCCAAAGCAUGGUGAGAUUCUGAGAUGAAAGGAAGAUGCUUUCUCUGAACCGAGUCGCGGUCAUUCGUCUGCCAGGGAAAGAUCAAGCUCUUGUUGAUUUACUCUCCUGGGAAAAGAUGCCCCGGCGAGGGACCUUUCUUCUGUCUUUUGACUUCGUAUCUAUCCUGCACAGAAAAGGAGUCACUGUAACCCGAAGAAGGGGAUGAUUAGGAAGAGGCAAUGUUUUGUCUUCAUGCGCUAGGGGUGGAUGUGGUAGCCAGGCUCCGUGAAGUUCCUCCGCCCAUUGAGAUCAAUCACAGGGCAGACUUCACCUCCUUGUCUCUAGGAAAAAUCUUGCUCCAGGCCUGUGCUCAGCAGAGAUGGGGAGACACUUACCGUAUUUUUCGCACCAUAGGACGCACCGGACAAUAGGACGCACUUUGUUUUAGAGGGGGGAGAACAAGAAAAAAAAAUUCUCCCCCUCUCUGCCCAGCGCCCCUUCAGUGAAGCAGCAGAAGGCGCUGCACAGAGAGGGGGAGAACUUUCCCCCUCUUGUUUUCCUGCUCUAAAACAAGGUGCCGUUUAAGGUGCGUUCAGGCGGCUACCUUGGAAGCCUGGAGAGCGAGAGGGGUCGGUGUGCACUGACCCCUCUCGCUCUCCAGGCUUCAGGUUCCUUUCGACCUGCUCUUUGGGGCUGGCGGGGGGAAGCCCACCACCAGCCCCAAAGAGCAGGUCAGGGAGCAGCGGAAAGGCGCAGCGGAGAGGCUCCUGCCAUAGCCGCGCGUCACCUCUCCAGCCGGGAGAGGGUCGCGGGGGGCUGCUUUAGCCCCGCGCGCGCUGUCCCGGCUGCAGAGGUGACGCGGGGCUGUAGAGGCUCCUGCCAUAGCCGCGCGUCACCUCUCCAGCCGGGAGAGGGUCGCGGGGCUAUGGCGUCUUCGCUCCAUAGGACGCACACACAUUUCCCAUUCAUUUUUGAAGGGGAAAAAGUGCGUCCUAUAGAGCGAAAAAUACGGUAAUCCAUUGCCCCCAAAGAGCAAAUGCACCCAUCCCUCUCCCAAGACAAGGUGGGCACAUAAUUGCAUAAAUAUGCGCCUAUGCUCACUUAUACAACUAGAUGCAAACUGAGAAAUUGUCGCUGCAAUUUAAAUAGAAAUGCGUAUCGCCAAAGUGACUUGUACCACUUUCAUUCUGCUGUCCAGCUGCUGACAAUGGGUUUUAAGCCUGGUUCUCAAACAUUUUCGCUCGGGGCCACUUUUUCAGAAUAAAAACUUGCUCACACCACACUGAAUUUUUUUAUACAAUGGAAAACAAAAAGAAGCAACUCUUAGCAGUGCUCGAUUUAUAACACAGAACACAAGUUCUUUAUAAUAUGCUCAUGGGACACCCGGAAAGUAUUAAGCAAUGCAGCUACAUGAGAACGUGAAUCCUCCCAAAAUAUAAUUAUAAAUGAGCCUCUUAGAUUUGUACCUGUAUACAAAGUCAAUGAGAGGCGUGAGGUUGCUUUUGCCAGGUAAUCUCAUUUACACGAGAUCUAAUCUGAGACAAACUCUCAUCUCCUCACCAACACAAAGAAGGCCUUUUCUUUUCUGAUCUUUCAUAGAAUUGUUGAGUUGGAAGGGACCCUGGGGGUCAUCUAGUCCAACCCCCUGCAAUGCAUAUUUGUCAGAGUUGAAAAUCCCUGCUCACAACAAGACAUGUCAUGGAAAACUGUAGAAAAAUACCCAUUGCUCUUCAAGAGAGGCAUGAAUACGGUUCUGGUUGUGCGUGGAUAGAUGAUAGAUAGAUAGAUAGAUAGAUAGAUAGAUAGAUAGAUGAUAGAUAGAUAGAUAGAUAGAUAGAUUGAUAGAUAGAUAGAUAGAUAGAUAGACAGACAGAUAGAUGAUAGAUAGAUAGAUAGAUAAAUAAUAGAUGAUAGAUAGAUGAUAGAUGAUGAUAGAUGAUAGAUAGAUAGAUAGAUAGAUAGAUGAUAGAUAGAUAGAUAUAGAUAGAUAAUAGAUGAUAGAUAGAUAGAUAGAUAAUGCUACAGUGAAAUAUUUAAAUGUUUCUUUGAUGGUCCUUGAAUCUUCCUGCCAUCUGUGUGGGCUCACUCUUCUUCUUUUUGGUGAUCCCUCGUAGCCGAGUAAGAUUGUCUUCCAUAAACACGGUCUUAACAGUGGGUCCGUAAGUGACUGUGGAGGCCAAUUCUGGAUCCACACAUCCUUCCACAGUGGGGACAUUGGUUUCCAGGUGGGAGUUGUUCAUGGUUUGGAUUUGCCAAGUGUGCCUUCCUCUUAGCACAUUUCUCCCUUACGUCCUGAGUUUGAGUGUCUUCAAAGCCCAUGACAUCUUUGGGAAAGGCUGUUCUCCAACUGGAGCACUCGCAGGCCAGUGUUUCCCAGUUGUCAGUGCUUAUACUACACUUUUUAAGAUUUGCCUUGAGAGAGCCUUUAAACCUCUUUUGUUGACCACCAGUAUUACGCUUUCCAUUUUUAAGUUCAGAAUAGAGUAGUUGCUUUGGAAGGCGAUCAUCAGGCAUCCACACAACAUGACCAUUCCAACGAAGUUGAUGUUGAAGAAUCAUUGCUUUGACACGGGUGAUCUUUGCUUCUUCCAGUACACUGGCAUUAGUUCGCCUGUCUUCAUGUGUAAAUUUUUUUGAAGACACCGUUGAUGGAAUCUUUUGAGGAGUUGGAGAUGGUGUUUAUAAGUGGUCCAUGUUUCACAAGCGUACCUUUUUUUAAAAAAAUGAUAUUUAUUGAAUUUUUUUUUAAAAUUACAGAAAAAGACAAAGCAGAGAAAGAAAAAACAAAAAACAAAAAGAAAACAAGCCACAUCCAACAAUACAAAUUCAAAAAACAAAAAUACACCACAAGCAGAUAAAAAUAAAACAAUCAUUCUGAAAUCUUCAACUUUCAUUACCUUCUUUCUUUGACCUCCUCCUCCCCCCUUUUUUUGUAUCCUAGUUAAUAAUUAUCGCAGCAAAUCCUUUGGAUUUGCUGCGUACCUUACUGUAUGUUUGUGAAAGAUGGACCACUUAUAAACGCCACCUCCAACUCCUCAAAAGAUUCCAUCACCACACCCUUUGAGAACCAUGGGCUUAGAGAAAAGGCCAGUGAAAGGUGAACUCUAGCAGUUUGGAAAAUUAUACAUGCUCAAAUCCUGCUUGCGGAAGAAGAGGGUGCUGUGCUAGAUGCGCUGUGGGCCUGAUCCUGAUCUUAGCUUCUUAAGAAUACGUAAAACAUAUGAGAAGGGAGAGCUCUCAGGUGAUUUAGGGCAGCUUCCCCCAUCCUGCUGCCUUUGAGAUGUCACUGGGCCAGCGCUCAUCGCGGACAGGCAGGAUGACCAAGGACCAGGUGUGAUGGGAAUUCUGGUCCUACAACAUCUGGAGUUUUUUUGGGGAACAUCCAUGAAGCCCCCUUCCCUUGCACCACCCUGGGGCUGCUGGUCCAAACACACCCCUUUGAGUUGUUUCUAAAUGUAGCAAUGGCUGUAGGCUUGAAUGAUUGUUUGUUUAGUCGUUUAGUCCUCUGUCGUCCCCUUCUCCUUGUGCCCUCCAUCUUUCCCAACAUCAGGGUCUUUUCCAGGGAGUCUUCUCUUCUCAUGAGGUGGCCAAAGUCUUGGAGCCUCAGCUUCAGGAUCUGUCCUUCCAGUGAGCACUCAGGGCUGAUUUCCUUCAGAAUGGAGAGGUCUGAUCUUCUUGCAGUCCAUGGGACUCUCAAGAGUCUCCUCCAGCGCCAGAAUUCAAAAGCAUCCAUUCUUUGGCGAUCAGCCUUCUUUAUGGUCCAGCUCUCACUUCCAUACAUCACUACAGGGAAAACCAUAGCUUUAACUAUACGGACCUUUCUUGGCAAUGUGAUGUCUCUGCUUUUUAAGAUGCUGUCUAGGUUUGUCAUUGCUUUUCUCCCAAGAAGCAGGCGUCUUUUAAUUUCGUGACUGCAUGAUGGUAAAACAGGGGAAAGGAAUGAUCAUAUUCGUGGAUAUCUAACAAUGCUUCCUUCAUGGACUCUGCAUAGAGUCUGUAAAUAUCAGCCUGCAUCUUUCUGCAUGUAAACAAAGUGGAUGUUGGCACCAUGCCCUGCUCGCUGACUUCCCAGAAACACCUGCCAUUCCCGUCUCUUUAUUUAGAGUGCCUUUUUAUCCCACCUUUGCAACAAGGAGCUCACGGGUGGCACAAACUGUUCCCUCCGUCCUUUUUAACCUCAGAGCAACACUAGAAGGUAGCUUAGGGUGGGACACAGUGACAUUUCCAAGGUCGUUGCGUGUGCGUUGGGGUUCGGUUGGGAUGGGGGAAGGGCUCGGCAGCCUGGCGGAACACCUGCUUGCAUGCAGAAUAAUAAUAAAUAAUAAUAAAUUUUUAUUUAUACCCCGCCCUUCCCGGUUCAGAAAACCGGGCCCAGGGCGGCUAACAACAAAUUUAAAACACUUAAUUGAUGCAACAAAAAACAGCAUAAAAUGUGAAUAACAAUAAAUACAGAAUUCAAAAAUCAAUUUAGGGGGGAAAUCCAUCCAAUAAACAUUAGAUGAUCACCAGGGCUAGCUGGCUAAAUUAGUCCUAUUUGGGCCAGCGAGGAGACCAGGGGAGAAUUAGCUGUGGGAUCCCAGAGCUUCAUAAAAGGGGAGGGGGAGGGAAGGAAGGAAAGGGAAUAAAAGAUCAGACUAAUUCAAAUUGAAAGCCAGGCGGAAUAGCUCUGUCUUACAUGCCCGAUGAUAGGAGGUUGAAUCCUGCAGGGCCCUGGUCUCAUGGGACAGAGCGUUCCACCAGGUCGGAGCCACCACUGAGAAGGCCCUGGUGGAGGAUAAUCUGACUUCCUUAGGGCCCGGGACCUCUAAACUAUGAUUAUUCAUGGACCUUAAGGUCCUCUGUGGGGCAGACCAGGAGAGGCGGUCUCGUACAUAUGAGGGCCCUAAGGCACAAAGGGCUUUAAAGGUCAAAACCAGCACCUUAAACCUGACCCGAUACUCCACCAGAAUGUCCCAGAUCCUAUCACCAGAUACUCCAAGUAGGGCUGGGGAUGGCGCCCUGACUGGAAACCUGGGGAGCUGCUGCUACUCAGUGCAGGCCAUAUUGAGCUAGAUGGACUGAGUAAUGCUUUGACCUGGUAUGAGAAUCAUAUAACAAUAGAAUUAUGUACUGUAUUUUUUUCUCCAUAAGAUGCACCUAGUUUUUGGAGGAGGAAAACAAGAGAAAAAAUAUUCAGAGGAUGUCUGAUUUUUGUGGUUCAUGCUGUGGGCACAGACAUGAUAUGUGAUUUGACGGUGAGUUUGGGGUAGCCUAAUGCAAAAAUCCUAAGGAUCCAUGUGGAUCCGUGCUUUGUAACCACGUUUUUGAGCCUUUGUGGCCCCACGAAAAAGUGGAUGCAUGAUUUUUUUGGUCAGCCUGUAGCCAUGGACAUGCUAUGUGAUCUGAUGAUGAAUUUGGGGUGACCCUAUCCUGAGGAUCCAUGUGCUUUUACCUCCCCCCUCCCAGGCAGCCUCCUUUAUCACUAGUGUCCCUUAUCUCCCUCCCGAUUGCUUGCUGAUCAGCUGCUCAGCGGCUUCGUUUCAACACCCCCUUCCCUCUUUCUAAAAAAAAAAAAAAAAAAGCACAAUCUGCUUUUCGCCCCUGGGCAAUUCGGCUCCAGGGACAACACGUUCGCUCCAUAAGACACACAGACAUUUCCCCUUACUUUUUAGGAGGAAAAAAGUGCUUCUUAUGGAGCGAAAAAUAUGGUAGUUGGAAGGGACCCCCGGGUCAUCUAGUCCACCCCCCUGCAAUGUAUCUAUAACAGAUGGCCCUCUGCUUAAAACCUUCAAGGAAGGAGAGUCUACCACCUCCCAAGGGUGUCUGUUCCACUGUUAAACAGUUGUCACUGUCAGAAAGUUCUUCCAGAUGUUUAGUCGGAAUCUCCUUUGUUGCAACUUGAAGUCAUGGGUUCGAGUCCUACAAGCUUGCUCCCUCUUCCAUGGGACAGCCCUUAAGGUAUUUUAAGGUGACGCUCAUAUCCAGUGCUUCUUUUUCUGGGGGGACGCAGGGGGUAUGCCUACCCCUAAACAUUUUGCGAAUCUUCUCUAGUACGGUGAACCGUCCAUUCCGUUGCUACUCCCGAUGGCGGCUUCAAUUCCUGUCACGGUGUUUCCUGAGUCUCAGAUGGAAGCAGGCGUUUAAUGUGUGAAGUAGGAAUUGGAAUCUAGCAUGGUGAUUGGUCAGUUUUGUUGUUACCACCUCCAAUGGCAGCUUCCUUUCCUUUCCCAGUGAUUUUCUUGAGUCAAAAUGAGAGUAUCCCUAAACAUUUUUUUUAAAAGGAAAAAAGCACCGCUCAUAUCUCCUCUCAGUCUCCUCUUUUCCAGGCUAAACAUACCCAGCUCCUUGGGUAUGUUUGGUUUGGUUUCCAGACCCUUGAUCAUCUUGGUUGCACACAAUCCAGCUUGUCAAUAUCCUUAAAUUGUGGUGCCCAGAACUGGACACAAGACUCCCGGCUGGUAGAAUAAAGCCUUGCCAUUGCUUCCCUUGAUCUAGACGCUAUCCUUCUGUUGAUGCAGCCUAGAAUUGUGUCAGGUUUGCCGCUGCAUCGUACAAUCCUCUGUUCCGGUGUGAACCUGCCUCUGACACCAGCACUCUAACCACUGCACAGCACUGCAUCUUCUGAUGCAGGCAGGCUGGCAGAAAGCUCCUUGCAUUGGCUUCUUCCACUAGAUCAUGGGUAGGCAAACUAAGGCCUGGGGGCCAGAUCCGGCCCAAUCGCCUUCUAAAAGCGGCCCACGGACGGUCCAGGAAUCAGCGUGUUUUUACACGAGUAGAAUGUGUCCUUUUAUUUAAAAUGCAUCUCUGGGUUAUUUGUGGGGCAUAGGAAUUUGUUCAUUCCCCCCCUCCAAAUUAUACUCCAGCCCCCCACAAGGUGGACCAGCCCCCUGCUGAAAAAGUUUGCUCACCCCUUGAAAUAUACUUGGAGUCGAGAGUGGAUUUCAUGCUCUUUCUUCAGCCCAUAGUGGGGAGGAGGAGGAAUGGAAGUUCCCCCAGAAUGUUGCUUUAUAUACAUUAUUUACACAAUGGGCCCCACGUGAUUGGCUAAUUCCGGGAUUCACCUGUAGGCCAAUCAGGUUGCGGAUUCACUUCCACCUGGAGCUGGAUUGGGUGGCUGUUGUGGACCAAUUAGACUGCUCCAUUCUGAAUCCUAUUGUUCUACUACCAAGCAGACUGCUGCAUUUUGGAUCCUAUUCAACUCAGUCCAUAACACCCCUGUACUAGAUGCUUGUGGGAAAUGGGCACCUAGCACCAAGGAGACCGAAACCCAGCGCCUCCCACGGCCGCAUCCUGAUCCCUGGAAUCCCACCACCAGAUUUCUCGGCCUUGAGUGCGAAAGCUCUCCUGCGUCCCUCCCAAACGAUGAGGGUUGAGCACUUGUUCUUUUAAAAAGCAGGGCAGCUGAGAUUCGACCUCAUUGUGCCCUCGAGGGCUUAUUUCAUAAAUCUCCAUCCCCUGGGGGGUACUUUUGUCUUCGGUGGCAACAGCUGGGAUGGUAGGGGCAGGCAUAGUUGGCAGCAGCGGCCUCCCCUUGGCAAGGCGUCCUUCCUCUCCGAUGGCGUCCGAGCCAAUUGGGCUGUCAUCUGCUAGCUCCCAAAUGCUCCGCGAAUGUCCGGCAGAAGGUCACUUGGCCACCGAAAUCUUGUUGUUGCUCUGGCAGGGAACAAAAGCUUUCUUCUUCCAGAACAUCCAUCCCAGGAGAUGGAGAGGAUUCACACAACCUUGAUGUGUGUGUGUGUGUGUGUGUGUGUGUGUGUGUGUGUUUGUAGACUGCUUCCAGAUGGGAUGACUGCAAUGCACUCUAUAUGGGGCCUGUUUGGGGUAGGUAAACUGGUCCCAAGUUGGUAAUAAUAAUAAUUUGUUGUUUAGUCAUGUCCGACUCUUCGUGACCCCCUGGACCAGAGCACGCCAGGCCCUCCUGUCUUCCACUGCCUCCCGCAGUUUGGUCAGACUCAUGUUUGUAGCUUCAAGAACACUGUCCCACCAUCUUGUCCUCUGCCAUCCCCUUCUCCUUGUGCCCUCCAUUUUUCCCAACAUCAGGGUCUUUUCCAGGGAGUCUUCUCUUCUCAUGAGGUGGCCAGAGUCUUGGAGCCUCAGCUUCAGGAUCUGUCCUUCCAGUGAGCACUCAGGGCUGAUUUCCUUCAGAAUGCAUCGGUUUGAUCUUCUUGCAGUCCAUGGUAUUCUCAAGUCUCCUCCAGCACCAGAAUUCAAAAGCAUCAGUUCUUUGGCGAUCAGCCUUCUUUAUGGUCCAGCUCUCACUUCCAUACAUCACUACUGGGAAAACCAGAGCUUUAACUAUGUGGACCUUUGUUGGCAAGGUGAUGUCUCUGCUUUUUAAGAUGCUGUCUAGGUUUGUCAUUGCUUUUCUCCCAAGAAGCAGGCGUCUCUUAAUUUCGUGGCUGCUGUCACCAUCUGCAGUGAUCAUGGACCCCAAGAAAGUAAAAUAAUUUUUAUUUAUAUCCGACCCUCCCCAGCUGAAGCCGGGCUCAGAGCGGCUAACAACAGUAAAAAUAGCACAGUUUACAUAAAAUCACAGUCAAUUAAUUGAAAUACAUUCUAAAAUAAGUUCAGAGUCAAAUUAAUGGCAACCAUUGGGCUAGAGUUCUAUGAGGAUUACCGAAGGAGGGAGUCAGACUGUGCCUUGGCCAAAGGCCAGUCGGAACAGCUCCGUCUUGAAGGCCCUGUGGCAAGAUGUCAAGUCCUGCAGGGCCCUGGUCUCUUGUGACAGAGCGUUCCACCAGAUCGGGGCCAUGGCCAAAAAAGCCCUGUACAUCAUGAGCUUCGUGAAUUCUAGCGUUAUGAGAGAGGAAGGGAAACUUUCCUCUAUCCACUCUCCCCAUGCCAGGCAUAAUUUUAUAAACUCUUAUCGUGCCUCACUUUAAAUCUCUAGUCCCAAAGGCUGCAAACUGCCUUCACAGGUGUGUCUCUCCAUCCCUUUAAACAUUUUUUCUUUUGGGGUGUGUGCUUUCCCCUACUCUACGAUAUUCUUUUCCAGGUGAGGCAGCCAGAACUGCACACAUUAUCCCGAACGCGGUUGCACCAUAAAUUGGGAUAAGGGCAUUGUGAUAUUCCUGAUAAUGAUUUCGCUGUUCUUCGUGACCUUUUCCAUGCAGAUUUAAAUCAGACAGACAGGCUUUCUGUGGCUUUUCUCGACCGCAGGCCCAUCUCAAACCAUUUGACUUCUGCUUUUUAGACCACUCGCGUCUAGACCAUGUCUGCGUGACUUCUCUUACACUAAAUGUUUCCAUAUAAAGUGGUACCUCGGGUUAAGUACUUAAUUCGUUCCGGAGGUCCAUUCUUAACCUGAAACUGUUCUUAACCUGAAGCACCACUUUAGCUAAUGCGGCCUCCAGCUGCUGCCAUGCUGCCACUGCGUGAUUUCUGUUCUCAUCCUGAAGCACUAUUUCUGGGUUAGCAGAGUCUGUAACCUGAAGCGUCUGUAACCUGAAGCGUAUGUAACCUGAGGUACCACUGUGUGUGUGUGUGUGUGUGUGUGUGUGUGUAUGAGAUUAAGUUUUCUGAAAAAAUUAUACAUAUAAAACAAAACCAUUUCAAACAUCAAAAUACAGAGUUCUUUCGAACCCUUAGACCUGCUUCCCUUCGUGCACGGGUUCCAUCUUUAAGAUUAAAUUUACUGCAUCUGUGGUGCUGUGGGUUGAACCACAGAGCCUAGGACUUGCCGAUCAGAAGGUCGGCGGUUCGAAUCCCCGCGACGUGGUGAGCUCCCGCUGCUCGGUCCCUGCUCCUGCCAACCUAGCAGUUCAAAAGCCCGUCAAAGUGCAAGUAGAUAAAUAGGUACCGCUCCGGCGGGAAGGUAAACAGUGUUUCCGUGCGCUGCUCUGGUUUGCCAGAAGCGGCUUAGUCAUGCUAGCCACAUUACCCGGAAGCUGUACGCCGGCUCCCUCGGCCAAUAAAGUGAGAUGAGCGCCACAACCCAGAGUUGAGGAUUUAACAGUCUGAUUGGUCCUAGAACAAUAGGACCCAGAAUGCAGCAGUCUGAUUGGUCCACAGGAGCCACCCAAUCCAGCUCCAGUUGGAAGUGAAUCCGCAACAUGAUUGGCCUACAGGAGAAUCCUGGAAUUAGGCAAUCACGUGGGGCCCAUUGUGUAAAUAAUGUAUAUAAUGCAGACAUUCUGGGGGAACUUCCAUUCCUCCUCACCACUAUGAGCUGAAUAAAGAGCAUGAAAUCCACUCUCGACUCCAAGUAUAUUUCAAGGGUGAACCUGCCUAAUUUGCACUUUCCUAAACAACCUGAAAACCGAAACUAGGGCAUUCUUUGAAAUUUGCACUUCUCUGAAUUUUGCAGUGCAGUUCUCCACCCAAGCGGUGUGCACAAAAAGGCACGGACUAAGGCAAAGUGUGCAAAUAAAUGCAAGUAUUAGUGAAAAUAACAGCUAAAGAUGGAUUGCAUGAAGGGAAACUGCUUUGUGAAAACGUUAGGCAGGCAAACGAUCCGCUUACUGGGAGAAGUUCGCACUAAAUGGCUGGCAAAUUUUCAUUUUUUAAAAAAAUCAAUUCGAUGUUGAAAUGUUUAUUUAUUUAUUUAUUUAUUUUAUAAGAUUUUUAUUAAAGUUUCAACAUAUUACAAAAAUAAGUGGAAAAAAUGAAAAAAGAAAAAGAGAAAAAAGUAGAAAAUGAAAAUACAAAAUAAAAACAGUUAAAAAACAGAUUAGUAUUUCCAUAUCUUAUCUUUCAUUUACUUGUUUCCCCGACCUCCUCACACCUCCCUUUUUUGUAUUCCAGUUCAAAUUAGUUAAUUCAGCAAAUCCUUUCCCUCUUUGAUUCUAUCUUAAUCUUUUAUCUUAAUAUAUUGUAACUUUAGAUUAUCACCUGUUAACAAUCCAUUUUUACAUAUUCCUUUAUAACAUUGCUGCUAGAAACCAUUUAACUUCAAUCCAACAUCAUUCUAACAUUCAUUGAUUUUGCAGUAUUUCUGUAGAUAGUCUUUAAAUUUCUUCCAAUCUUCUUCCACCAACUCUUCUCCCUGGUCUCGGAUUCUGCCAGUCAUUUCCGCCAGUUCCAUAUAGUCCAUCACCUUCAUCUGCCAUUCUUCCAGAGUGGGUAAAUCUUGUGUCUUCCAGUACUUUGCAAUAAGAAUUCUUGCUGCUGUUGUGGCAUACAUAAAGAAAGUUCUGUCCUUCUUUGGCACCAAUUGGCCGACUAUGCCCAGGAGAAAGGCCUCUGGUUUCUUCAAGAAGGUAUAUUUAAAUACCUUUUUCAUUUCAUUAUAGAUCAUCUCCCAGAAAGCCUUAAUCCUUGGGCACGUCCACCAAAGGUGAAAGAAUGUACCUUCAGUUUCUUUACAUCUCCAACAUUUAUUAUCGGGCAAAUGAUAGAUUUUUGCAAGCUUGACUGGUGUCAUGUACCACCUGUAAAUCAUUUUCAUAAUAUUCUCUCUUAAGGCAUUACAUGCCGUAAACUUCAUACCUGUGGUCCAUAACUGUUCCCAGUCAGCCAUCAUUAUGUUAUGUCCAACAUCUUGUGCCCAUUUAAUCAUAGCAGAUUUCACCGUUUCAUCCUGAGUAUUCCAUUUCAACAGCAAGUUAUACAUCUUUGACAAAAUCUUGGUUUCGGAAUCUAACAGUUCUGUUUCCAAUUUUGAUUUUUCCACCUGGAAGCCAAUUUUCUUAUCCAAAUUAUAUGCCUCCAUUAUCUGAUAAUAAUGAAGCCAAUCUCACACUUUAUUUUUUAGUUUUUCAAAACUCUGCAGUUUCAAUUUAUCUCCCUCUUGUUCCAAAAUUUCCCAAUAUUUUGGCCAUUUGGCCUCCAUAUUGAGCUUUUUCAAAGCCUUCGCUUCCAUCGGUGACAACCAGCUUGGGGUUUUAUUUUCAAGUAGGUCCUUGUAUCUUAUCCAGACAUUAAACAAUGCUUUCCUGACAAUAUGAUUUUUAAAUGCUUUAUGUGCUUUGACCUUAUCAUACCACAAAUAUGCAUGCCAUCCAAAUACAUUAUUAAAACCUUCUAAAUCCAAAAUGUCUGUGUUUUCAAGAAGUAGCCACUCUUUCAGCCAGCAAAAAGCUGCUGAUUCAUAAUAAAGUUUAAGGUCUGGCAGGGCAAAUCCACCUCUUUCCUUUGCGUCCGUUAGUAUUUUAAAUUUUAUUCUUGGCUUCUUGCCCUGCCAGACAAAUCUAGAAAUAUCUCUCUGCCACUUCUUGAAGCAGUCCAUUUUGUCCAAAAUUUGCAAUGUUUGAAACAAAAACAACAUUCUAGGCAAUACAUUCAUUUUUAUCGCAGCAAUACGGCCUAGCUGCGUAUUGCCGUAGGCCGAAAUGUUUAUUUAUUUAUUGCAUUUAUAGCCCCACCUUUUUCCUCUAAGGAGGUCGAUCAAGGUGGUGCGCAAGAUUAUCUCCCUUCUCAUUUAGUCCAAAGAACAGCCUUGUGAGAGAGGUGAAGCUGAGAGGUAGUGACUGGCCCCCAAAGACACAUCCCGUGAGCUUCAGGGCCCAGUGGGGAUUUGAACUAUUAUUAUUAUUCCUGUUUAGGGAAGUUCUUAAUGCUUAAUGCUGUAUUGUGUUUUAAUAUUCGGUUGGAAGCCGCCCAGAGUGGCUGAGGUAUAAAUAAUAAAUUAUUAUUAUUAUUGAAUCCUUGUCUCUCCCAGGUCAUAGUCCAGCGCUCUAACCACUGCACUACACUGCCUCCUAUGCAGCGUAUGAAAUAGGCAGAGCUGAACUCAAAACAGGGGAAGUGAGAUCAAGUGAAAUGGGUGAGGCAUAAAUAAUAAAUUAUUAUUAUUAUUGAACCCUUGUCUCUCCCAGGUCAUAGGCCAGCGCUCUAACCACUGCACCACACUGCCUCCUAUGAACUUAAAACAGGGGAUGUGAGAUCAAGCGAAACGGAUGGAUUUGCUCGUCUUCACCCACCCCUAUCACCUGUAUGUUAGAGAUAGUUGGGGUGGGGAGCUGGCAGCCCCCCGGGGCAGAGAUAUUUUGAGAUGGGAGCUGGUGGGGGUGGCAGAGAAGGGGGGAAGAUCUCAGCAGCAACCUGCUCCGAUCCUCCAAGCCAUCUCAAAAGUCUAUUAAACUGAGAGGGAUUAGGGAAGAAGAGAACGAUAAUCCUGGAGGAGACUCCGAGAUCAGCUGUCAGAUCAAUGUUCCCACAACAUGUACUCAGUCGCUCGUUCCUCUUCCAAGGAGAGUUUGGAGAUAAGGGGCAACUCCAGAAAACUGUUGUGUUCUUCCCAUUAGGAGAAAAGACCCCAAAAUGUCAAGCAGGGCCAGAUUUAGGCUGGAUGAGGCCCUAAGCUCCUGAAGGUAAUGGGGCCCUUUAUAUGUCCAGCUGUCCUUUGAUGUUGUUGUUUAGUUGUUUAAUUAUGUCCUCUUCUUUGUGACCCCCUGAGCAGCUUCCAACAUAUAUAAAAACAGAAUAAAACAUUAAACAUUUAAAAAAACACCUUCUCUAUCCAGGGCUGCUUUCAGAUGUCUUCCAAAGGUUGUAUAGCUACUUAUCUCCUUAGCUCGGGGUUCAGAUUGUUGUUGUUGUUUAGUUGUUGAGUCGUGACCGACUCUUCCCAUGGACCAGAGCACGCCAGGCACUCCUGUCUUCCACUGUCUCCCGCAGUUGGGUCAAACUCAUGCUGGUAGCUUCGAAAACACUGUCCCACCAUCUCGUCCUCCGUCGUCCCCUUCUCCUUGUGCCCUCCAUCUUUCCCAACAUCAGGGUCUUUUCCAGGGAGUCUUCUCUUCUCAUGAGGUGGCCAAAGUCUUGGAGCCUCAGCUUCAGGAUCUGUCCUUCCAGUGAGCACUCAGGGCUGAUUUCCUUCAGAAUGGUGAGGUUGGAUCUUCUUGCAGUCCAUGGGACUCUCAAGAGUCUCCUCCAGCACUAUAAUUCAAAAGCAUCAAUUCUUCGGCGAUCAGCCUUCUUUAUGGUCCAGCUCUCACUUGUUGCUGUUUUUUUGUGUUGAAUAUACAGUGGUACCUCUGGUUGCGAACAGGAUCCAUUCUGGAGGCCCAUUUGCAACAUGAAAAGAGCACAAUCCGCAGCGGCGCGUCUGCGCAUGCGCGGGUUGCAAUUUGCUGCUUCUGCGCAUGCGCGUGAUGUGAUUUUGUACUUCUGCGCAUGCGCGAGCGGCGAAACACGGAAGUAACCCUUUCCAGUACUUCCGGGUCACCGCGGGACGUAAUCUGAAAGAACAUAACAUGACGCGAACGUAACAGGAGGUUUGACUGUACACUAUAUGAUGAUUUAUGGACCUCAUAGGUCUCUAAACCCAUUUGCGCAUCUUGCCAUGCAACCAGUCCAUGCAGAAUGUAGGCACCCUAUAUAUAGAAAGGAGCAAAGCAGUGAUAUUUUAGGGAGCAGGCGAGCAGGUGGGGCCCAUGACUUAUAUUUUAGAAUACAUAAGGACUUGCGGAUGGAAGAAGAGGCUGCAGGGUCAGGCCACUGGCCCUGUGGCAGUGAGUUCCAUAGACUCCCUCAGAAGGUGUUGGACUUUCCUAUGUUGGAGGUUUUUAAAGAAAGGUGGGAUGGCUGCUAGUCGUGGAAUUUUUAACUGCGAUUCUUGCGCUGGAAGGGGUUGGGCUAGAUGACCCCUGGGGUUCCUUCCAAAUCUACAAUUCUAUACAAUCCUUCAAGAUUCAGUUACAGUGUCUUAAGAGGUGUCCAUAUGCCUAGCGAACCAACAACUUUCCAAAAUGUAGGGUGGUUUUCCACAGAGUAGACUAAGUUAGGUCUGUUACUUUGAGUGGGUCAACUCUGAAUAAAGCAUAGUUGAAUAUAGCCGUUUUCUUUUAUUUAAAUUUAUUUAUUUAUUUAUUAUAUAUAAAUUUAUUAUUUAUUAUAUAUAUUUAAAUAUAAAUAAAUAAAUACAAUUUGGACUAUAACUUGAUCAUUUUCAUUUCAUUUUUUUUUAUUGAAGUAUUAUGAUUGGAUAUUUAAUUGGAUUUUUUUUAUUGGAAAAUCAAUAAAAAUGAUUUUUUAAAAAUGAAUAUAGCAGUUUUCUGCAGCCCAAUCUGUGGACGUCAUAGUAGAAAGACCACAGGGCUGCCUAACAUUUAUCAGAAACCAUCUUGCACUGUGUCGAUUAGGUGCACAAACUUCAGAUACGAGAAACAUUCACUUUGGCCCUCUGCAUGCUCCCUGAUAUGCUUGCUGCGGCUAAUAAUAAUAAUAUAUUUUAUUUAUACACCGCCCUCCCCAGCCAAGGCCGGGCUCAGGGCGGCUAACAAGCAAUAGCAAAAACAAGUUGAAUGAAUACAACUUAAAAACAAGAUUAAAAUACAACAUUAAAACAUUAAAAUGCAGCCUCCUCACAGGAGGAGAAAGGAACAAGGAAAAAGAAAGAGGGGGAGGGAAUCAAAUUGACUCCGAGCCAAAGGCCAGGCUAAGGCACUCCGUACAUGCCCAGAGGCAGGCUUUUCUAUUAAUGCUUCUCCGUUUCCAGGGCUGCAUUUAAAGCUCUGGGGCCAAAGUCCUUUGCUCAAAACUCUUGGCCUGAGACGGCUUUGGGGUUUCGCCCGGGGGGGACAUUUGGGGCUGACGCUCGCUGGCUUUGGAAUUUUUCUUUUUUCUUUUGCGGCGGGCUAAAGGGUGCUGAGUCAGACCGGGGAGAUGAGCAACGCGCACGACCCAGACUCCCUUUCGUGCUUUUUAUAGCCUCCUCUGCAUCCCUGCCUGGUGAGAUGAGCUGUCUCUGUGCUUUGCGCUUAAGCGAAUGCGAUGGGUCUCUCCCUCCCUGAAGGCAGGGGCACUGUGAGGACAGGCAGCCUGCAGGAGGGGGUGUGUGUGUGUCCUGAUAAAUAGGGGAGGAGGAAACUCUGUGCCCUGUGCCCAGAACACCCCAGGCAGAAACCGCCCCCUGCAGGCCUCAUACUUGCAUCCGCAAGGAGAUGCAAUCAGGCAGGAAGCAUUUUCUCUCCCCGGCAACUUCUAAAAACAUGUGCCGUCCUCUGCGCAGGUCAAGCGAGGACAGGAAGAGAGCAUGGAAUGGUCUGACCCUUAGGGCAGCAGGGUCCCUGCAGAAGGAAGCCAGGCCAUUUGCGCUUUGCGCAUGCCCAGGAACACUUCCUAUUCUCUUUAUUUCCCCCCCUUUUUUUACUUUGUAAAAGUGUUUUACUUUGUAAAAGUGCUAGUGAUGUAUGGAAGUGAGAGCUGGACCAUAAAGAAGGCUGAUCGCUGAAGAAUGGAUGCUUUUGAAUUAUUUUACUUUCUUGGGCUCCAGGAUCACUGCAGAUGGUGACAGCAGCCACGAAAUUAAAAGACGCCUGCUUCUUGGGAGAAAAGCAAUGGCAAACCUAGACAGCAUCUUAAAAAGCAGAGACAUCACCUUGCUGACAAAGGUCCGUAUAGUUAAAGCCAUGGUUUUCCCAGUAGUGAUGUAUGGAAGUGAGAGCUGGACCAUAAAGAAGGCUGAUCACCGAAGAAUGGAUGCUUUUGAAUUCUGGUGCUGGAGGAGACACUUGAGAGCCCCAUGGACUGCAAGAAGAUCAGACCUCUCCAUUCUGAAGGAAGUCAGCCCUGAGUGCUCACUGGAAGGACAGAUCCUGAAGCCGAGGCUCCAGUACUUUGGCCACCUCAUGAGAAGAGAAGACUCUCUGGAGAAGACCCUGAUGCUGGGAAAGAUGGAGGGCAGAAGGAGAAGGGGACGACAGAGGACGAGAUGGUUGGAUAGUGUUCUCAAAGCUACGAACAUGAGUUUGACCAAACUGCGGGAGGCCGUGGAAGACAGGAGUGCCUGGCGUGCUCUGGUCCAGGGGGUCAGGAAGGGUUGGACAGGGAUAAACGACUUAACAACAAGAAUUGCAUUAGCUUUUUUUGCCGCUGCAUCACCCUGUUGACUCGUGUUAAGCCUGUAGUUAAAUCAUUGGAGGUUUAAUCUUCCUGGGCUGCUCAUGAUCCUCCCUGGACCAUGCAAGGCAGGCAGGCAGAGGCGUCCAACAUAGGAAAACACCUUAUACCCAAUCAGCGCCUUCGUCCAUCUCGCUCAGUAUUGUCCGCUCUGGCCGACAGCAUCUCUCUGGGAUUUCAGGCAGGGAUCUCUCCCAGCCUUACCAGCAAAGGUUGGGAUUUGAACCUAGGACCUUCUGAGCGCAAGGCAGCUGCUCUACCUGUUGAGCUACGACCUGUUCCCAAUCAACGUCCAGCCCAUAUCCUCUGCCAUAAUCCACCAGCGUGAUAUUUACUUCGUGGCCAAAAGCUUCCAGUAACAAAUUGCAGGCAUUAGGUUUCAUUCUGCAAAUUUUCUUCUUUCUCUUUUGCCAGGCAAAAUCUAUUCUUAAUCUUCAGAUUAAGGAUAUUGAUGCAUAGAACCCGGCUCGUAAAACCUCCUCUCUGUUGCAUCUUGGUCUUUGUCUAUUGAUUAGUCUAAGAGUCGUGCCAAUUAUUUAGACAGCUUGACUCUUUCCAAAUAUUGGCUGCCCUUUUGUAGGGUCAGAUUUAAUUGCUUUCCUGGAGGGGUUUUGGAGUAUUCCCCAGAGUGGAUGGCACUGUCUCUGCGAUGGCAGAAACGACCAAAAAUUUAGCAUGUGCUUUCUUUAAAUGAAAUUUUCUAUGGUGAUGAGCAAAACUCCUGCAGUAUCAAAAUAUCCAGCGACGGGUUGAGUGGUACUCAGCUUAGUUAUUUAAAAUAAUGCAUCAUAGAAUCAUAGAGUUGGAAGGGGCCCUGUCAGAAGGGAUCCAGAGGGUCAUCUAGUCCAACCCCCUCCAAGGCAGGAAUCUCAGCUAAAGCAUUCAUGGCAGAUGGCCAGCCAACCUCUGCUUAAAAACCUCCAAGGAGGUCGGUCCCAAUGUCAAACAGCUCAUACCGUGCCAGAAAGUUAUUCCGUAUGGGUUCGAAUCCCCGCGACAGGGUGAGCUCCUGUUGCUCGGUCCCUGCUCCUGCCAACCUAUCAGUUCAUAAGCAUGUCAAAGUGCAAGUAGAUAAAUAGGUACCACUCCAGCAGGAAGGUAAACAGCAUUUCCGUGCACUGCUCUGGUUUGCCAGAAGCAGCUUAGUAGUAGUAGUAGUAGUAGUAAUAAUAAUAAUAAUAAUAAUAAUAAUAAAUACCCCGCCCAUCUGGCUGAGUUUCCCCAGCCACUCUGGGCGGCUUCCAAUAGAGUGUUAAAAACAAUACAGCAAUAAAUAUUAAAAACUUCCCUCAACAGGGCUGCCUUCAGAUGUCUUAAAGAUAAGAUAGCUGCUUAUUUCCUUCACAUCUGAAGGGAGGGCGUUCCACAGGGCGGGCGCCACCACCGAGAAGGCCCUCUGCCUGGUUCCCUGUAACCUCACUUCUCGCAAUGAGGCCACAUGACCCAGAAGCUGUAUGCCGGCUUCCUCGGCCAAUAAAGCGAGAUGAGCGCUGCAACCCCAGAGUCAGCCACGACUGGACCUAAUGGUCAGGGGUCCCUUUACCUUUUAAGAGCUGUUAGCCAGUGGAACAGACUUCCUUGGAAAGUGGCAGAUUCUCCUUUGUUGGAGGUUUUUAAGCAGAGGUUGGGUGUCCACCUGUUAGGUGAGAGCAUCUUUAAAUCUCCGAAGGGCUGUCACAUGAAAGGUGGAUACAGAAAUGCUUCACAAACCCAUCUAUAUGGUGAAUGGAACUGUAUAACAACAAUAGCUAUGGAACAGUGGUCAUAAAGUUAUACAAUUCCAUUCACCAUAUAGAUGGGUUUGUGAAGCAUUUCUGUAUCCUUCUGCUGUGCUGAAGAAGAAUUCUAUGAAACGGGGGAUAUAUCCGGAAUCACUGUUCACUACGUCUGUUUCCGGACUACUUUGGCAGCGUUGGAUGUCACAAAACAAAGCGUUACGGCUUGUCUUCACCAGAUAAGAAUCUGACCCAUUGCUUCUUUCAGAGACUUGCAUAGUCUACAAAGACUUUCAGAGACUUAUAAGACUUAUGUUUAUUUGGUUCUAUGUUUUGAAGAGUGCACAUUUUGUGACUUUCAGAGAUUUCUGUUUAUUGGGUUUGCAGAGAGUGCAUAUUUCAUAUUGUUCUAUGUUCCGUAUAGAUUAUAUAAAGAGUUUAUAUUGACAUUGCAUUGUUGUACUGGGUCAUCGUGUUGCCUUGGACAUUACUGAUAAUUGUUUGCAACACAGGGGUUUAAUUGUUUGGUUACUACAUGGAAGGUGGGGCAAGCUUGCUUUCUCCUGCUCCGGAGGGUAGGACUCGAACCCAUGACUUCAAGUGACGAGAAAGGAGAUUCCGACUAAACAUAGGGGGAAACUUUCUGACAGCAAGAGCUGUUCAGCAGUGGAACGGACUCUUCCAGAAGGCGAUGGACUCUCCUUCCUUGGAUGUUUUUAAGCAAAUUUUGGAUGCCAUGGGUACUUUAGCUGAAAUUCCUGCACGACAGCUCUUAGUGUCAGAAAGUUUUUCCGUAUGAUCAGAGGCAGUAAUGCUGGCCAUUGGUUGGAGCAUGGUGCUGUUACUACUAAGGUUGCAGGUUCAAAUCUCCAUAUGGGGCAGCUGCCUAGUUCUAGAUUAUCUUCUGGGUCCCUUCCAAGGUUAUGAUUCUAAGAUUCUGGCUCCCAGUUCCUGGGAAUCGCAGGCCGGCAGAGUGUUGCUUUUUGGAUUCAAGCAUCUGGUUGCCCUCCAGGAGAAUGAGGGGUUGGUCUAGAUGGGCAAUGGCCUGAUCCUGCUGUGAGGCUCACCUUAUGUCCUUGUUGUUGUUUAGUCAUUUAGUCGUGUCCGCCUCUUUGUGACCCCUGGACCAGAGCACGCCAGGCCCUCCUGUCUUCCACUGCCUCCCACAGUUUGGUCAAACUCAUGUUGGUAGCUUCUAUAACACUUCCCCACCAUCUCGUCCUCUGUCGUCCCCUUCUCCUUGUGCCCUCCAUCUUUCCCAACAGCAGGGUCUUUUCCAGGGAGCCUUCUCUUCUCAUGAGGUGGCCAAAGUACUGAAGCCUCAGCUUCACGAUCUGUCCUUCCAGUGAGCACUCAGGGCUGAUUUCCUUCAGAAUGGAGAGGUCUGAUCUUCUUGCAGUCCAUGGGACUCUCAAGAGUCUCCUCCAGCACCAGAAUUCAAAAGCAUCCAUUCUUCGGCGAUCAGCCUUCUUUAUGGUCCAGCUCUCACUUCCAUACAUCACUACUGGGAAAACCAUGGCUUUAACUAUACGGACCUUUGUCGGCAAGGUGAUGUCUCUGCUUUUUAAGAUGCUGUCUAGGUUUGCCAUUGCUUUUCUCCCACAGAGCAGGCGUCUUUUAAUUUCGUUGCUGCUGUCACCAUCUGCAGUGAUCAUGGAGCCCAAGAAAGUGAAAUCUCUCACUGCCUCCAUUUCUUCCCCUUCUAUUGCAGUGCCUUCCAUGGAGCUCUCACAUAGAGGACUCCACUUCCUCACCAGCCACCAAGCUGAGGCCUGCUGAGCUUUUAGGAAGGGGAACAGGAAAACUAGGGGGUACCCCCAUGUCAUUUGGGGGUGCAUGGCUGAGAAUGGCUGAAAAGCUCUCUCUCAGAGAGCAGGGUUCAUGCCUGAAGCAGGAUUUCAAUUAAUCUCCAUCUGGCCUGUCCCAAACCACAUGUUAAAUUAUGUUAAAAGGGCUUAUUCCUUAUAUUUCCUGGGGGAUUAUCUGCAUCUGUGUCUAAUGGAAUCGGCUAGCACAGCAAAUAGCUUGUGGGGCAUCUCCAUCCCCAUGGCUAUUUUGAAACCUAGAGACAUAGCCUUACUGGGAGAAGAACCUCCUCACAUGGAGGGCACACAGGGUUAUUUGGGGCGGGGGCACAUUCAGGAUCACUGGUGCCUCAUGACCAUAUAGUUCGCCCUUGUAGAUUGCAACAGCUACGACUGUAUAGCUCUGAAACUCCCUUUCUAAAUUGUACCAAUGGUAUGUGGUUCUCAGCACUGGGAAUUGUAUAGGUUAGAGGUCACCAAUGUCCUUAUCAUAGCAUCUUGGAGUUGUAGAACUGGAAGGGACCCCAAGCCAAGUCAUCUAGUCCAAGGCAGGAAUCCCACUUGAAGAAUCCCGAACUGGUGACCAUCCAACAUCUGCUUGAAAGCCUCCACAAAGGAGAGUCCAUCACUUUCCAAGGAAGUCUGUUCCACCGUCAAACAGCUCUUACCAUCUUCCUAAUGUUUGGUAGGAACCUCUUGCUUGCUUGCUCCAUCUACCUACUUGGCUACCAUAUCUCCUCUUAGUCUUGCAUUUCCCGUAUCCUUGUCUUGUUAACAUGCUUUUUAAAUUAUGGCGCCCAGAAUUGGACACAGUAUUCCAGGUGUGGUCUGACCAAGGCAGAAUAGAGUGGGACUAUGACUUCCCUUGAUCUGGACACUAGACUUCUGUGGACGCAGCCUAGAAUAGCAUCCAUUUGCUGCCUUCUUCUUCUUCUUCUUCUUCUUCUUCUUCUUCUUCUUCUUCUUCUAACACUUGUAGCUGAGUAAGAUGGUCUUCCACGAACACGGUCUUAACAGUGAGUCCAUAAGUGACUGUGGAGGCCAGUUGUGGAUCCACACGUCCUUCCACAGUGGGGACAUUGGUUUCCGGGUGGGAAUUGAUCACGGUGUGGAUUUGCCAAGCGUGCCUUCCUCCUAGCACGUUUCUCCCUUUUGUCCUGAGUUUGGGUGUCUUCAAAGCCCAUGACACCUUUGAUAAAUGCUGUUUUCCAAUUGGAGCGCUUAUAGGCCAGUGUUUCCCAAUUGUUGAUGUUUCUACUACAUUUUUUAAAAAGAUUUGCCUUAAGAGAGUCUUUGAACCUCUUUUGUUGACCACCAGCAUUACGCUUAUCAUCUUUAAGUUCAGAAUACAGUAGUUGUUUUGGAAGACGAUCAUCAGGCAUCCGAACAACAUGACCAGUCCAACAAAGUUGAUUGACUCAUGUUAAGCUUGUGGUCCACCAAGACCUCUAGAUCCUUUUCACAUGUACCACUGGUAAGCCAGAUGUUCCCCAUCUUAUGUUUGUGCAGCUGGUCAGACAGGCAUCUCUCCCAACCUGCCCUGGAGAUGCCAUCAGAAAUAAAACCUGAGACCUUUGCAUGCAGGGCAGAAUGCUUACCCUUGAGCUAGAGAGUCCUUCCCCAAAGUGCAUAGGUCAGCCAUUCCCGCAAGGACGGGGUGUGCCCACGUGUGACGAAAAUGGGGACAGUGUCCCUGGGGAGUGCAAACGCACUAUGCAUACAGUCAUGCCACGUGUUAUGUUUGCUUCAGGUUGAACAUUUUCAGGUUGUGUCCCGCGGCGACCCAGAAGUACCAGAAAGGGUUACUUCCGGGUUUUGCCGCUCGUGCAUGUGCAGAUGUGCAAAAUGAUGUCACGCGCAUGCACAGGAGCAGCAAAUUGCGACCCGCAGAUGCGCAGACACGGGUUGUGUUCUUCUCAUGUUGCGAACGGGCCUCCGGAAUGGAUCCCGUUCGCAACCAGAGGUACCACUGUACUCACUUCUCUCCCAACUGGAGGCCAUGUUAACUCAGCUGGGGGAGAAUUUGUAUUUUGCUUGCCAGCGCAUUGAAGGCACAUCAGGAAACAAGCAGAAAGCCAAUGCAAUUGAUGCAGAACCCGUGUAAUGUAGUAAGCAAAGCUCACUCCAGAAAGCAAUCUCCAGAAAGCAAUGAAGAGCGCAUAAGCGAGAAGCAAUUCAGGCAUGUAUCCCAGCAGUAAGAUCAGCUGCAAAUGAGAGCAAUUAUUCAAAUCUCUUGAUUUGUGGAGGGGGGGAUGGGGGAAGACAGACGGUGGUGCCGAUGAUUAAAUGGGCUGCCUUUUGCUCAGGCAAAACAUCUGUAGGAAUUUCAAGGCCCAGCAAAAUAAUCCCGGUCUGUUCAGCAGAACCGUCAGGCGUAGGGUUUGCACAACUCUUGACUUGCCCACAAUGGAGAACCUACGGCAAAUUGAUCCUAGAUCAUCCCACUUGGUGUCAAUGUCAAUGAUUGUAUUAUCAGGAACAAAUAAUUAGGGGAUUGAGUUGCUGUGAUUCAGGGAAAGGGAAAGUUAAGCAGCAGAAAUGUUUUUCCCUGGGGCUUUUUGAAGGAAACGAAUCUAGCCUGAGGCUGGCACAGGCUCCCUCUUGAGGUCCUCUUAGGUAGCUUCCUGAUGAACAUCCAUAGAUUUGUAGAGCUGGAAGGAACCCAAGGGUCAUGUAAACCAACCCUCUGCAAUGCAUUCAUCCUGGUUUGUUUGCAGGGGGGUUAGACCAGGGCUUUUUUCCCAGCUGGAACUUGCCAGAAAUCAGUUCUGGCACCUCUCAGAUGGGCGCUGUUGCCAUUCCAAGAGAAUGAGGGAGGUGUUCAUGGUGAGUUCGGCCACUUCUUUUUCUAGAAAAAUAGCUGCGUUAGACAACAUUAAGGCACAAAAUUAUUCCACACUUUCCAGUGAACUUUCCCUCCCAUCGCUUUAUGGUGCAGUCUUUUUUUUGGUCAAAUCUUUUUUAUUAAGUUUUACAUAGCAGAUUUACAUUCGAACAUUAAACAUAAAAAAAAAAUGGAUGUACCGUGCCAUAUUAGAAGCAAAAAAACUUGUUCUGAUGAAUUGGAAGAGCUGCAAAAAGGUUCCAUUGAGCACAUGGAUUGACAAUAUGGACAGACUAGCCACAUAUGAACGAAUUGCAUGUCGACGCAAAUUAAGAAUGGAUAAAUAUGAAGAAAUCUGGAAGGAAUAUUUAAGCGAUGAGGCGGACGGUGGUGGGAAGUAGGGGGAGGAGAGGUGGGGAAAUGUAGUCAUAGGUAUAUCAGUACUCAAAUCUGAAAUGUUAAAUUGUGUGCUUAGUAUUACUGCGGGUUUUGUUGUAUGUGUUUUUUGUGGUGGUUGUUAUUAUUGAAAAAAUGAUUAAAUAAAUUAAAAUAAAAAGAGGAGGAAGACUAACAACCAAAAAAACAAACAAACCAAGAAAACCACACCAAAACCCAUUGACAUUAAGGAUUGUCUGAAUCCUUCAACUCCCUUCCGUCCUUCUAUGGUUACCACUAUCAAUCUCUUUCCAACAGUUUCUCUAAUUUUUCUUAAAUAAUCCAUUUUUGCCAUUAUUUUUAGUACAUUACAAGCGUUACUCACAUCCUGCCCAAGUUUUUAGUUGUUUACAGUGUUCUCUUAAAUACAUUAUAAUUCCCCCCCAUUCCCUCUUAAAGUUCUUCGCUUCCUGGUUUCUGAUUUUCCAGUCCAUUUCGCCAUUUCGCCAUCAUCAACCAUUCAUCUCUGGUCUCUGGUCUUUUUUCCAUCUCUGGGCCAGUAGUAUCGGCACUGCUGUCGUUGCAUACACAAAUAAUCGUUUCUGCUCCCUUUAUGGUGGAACGUCUAAUCUUUUGGAGAGACGAGUUUGUUGCACGAGACCUUCAAAUCCAUUUUGAUUCUGCAACCUGGAAUUUGCUUGAAAUUCACUCGGAAGUCAUGAAAUCCCAGAAGUACCCCCUAAGUACCGAGCCAGUGUGGUGUAGUGGUUAAGAGCAGUAGACUCGUAAUCUGGGGAACCGGGUUCGCGUCUCCGCUCCUCCACCUGCAGCUGCUGGGUGACCUUGGGCCAGUCACACUUCUCUGAAGUCUCUCAGCCCCACUCACCCCACAGAGUGUUUGUUGUGGGGCAGGAAGGGAUAGGAGAAUGUUAGCCGCUUUGAGACUCCUUCGGGUAGUGAUAAAGCGGGAUAUCAAAUCCAACUCUUCUUCUUCUAAUCUUUUUUACCCUGCAAACCAGGAGGAACGCCUUUUUAUAUUUGUCGUGCUACCCUGCUGAGCCACUGAUGUUCCUGCUGCUGCCACCAUCAUCACCACAUUUCUCUCUCUCUCUCUCUCUCUCUCUCUCUCUCUCUCUCUCUCGUCAUAUUAUCCUCUUAAGGCUUUAGAACCAUCUGUAAUUAUGCCUUGCAACUCCAGGGCAAGUUGAAAGCUGAUUUCACUGCCCAGUUUUCAUUUUCACUGCUGCAGAGAUCAGUCAACGAGGAAAUUUCCCAUCAUCCACUCAGGAAGCUGCAAGAGGGUCAGUAGACAGACCACCACAUUUGGGGGCUCAGCAAGCAUCUUUGGAGCCCUCUAGUGGGAACCAGUUGCAUUUUGGGGGGACCAGCGAAGAUGGCUGCCGAGAGGAGGAUCAUGGGUAAUUCUUUGGUCACAGAUGACGAGGACAAUGCUGACAGUGGGGGCCUCUUAACUUUCACUUGUCUUAGGAAGACCUCUGUUUCGGAGCCUAUUUUUGUCUUUGUAAAGAGGUCUGCUUGUCCAAAUUAGAGGAGAAGGGAACAAACAAUUUCACUUGGCUUAAAUCUGGCAAAGGAUGCCCGAAUGCCAAUGUGUGGGAAUGUUCAGGGAUGCAGGAGAGGAUAUAUUGUUUGAUUAUAGCUUUUCCAACUUGUGUUAACAAGUUCACAAUUUAGCAGAGUAACAUUCCCCUUUUUAAACUUGCAGCGGAUGCGUUUGCUCAGGCUCGCUAAAGCCUCUAUAAUAACUGUUCUGGUAUUUCCCCCUUAUUCCCUCAUAAAAGAUAAGACACGACACGGUCUUCUAUAAAAGUAUAAAAAGAGUUUAUUCGCAUUCUGUUCACAAUCGGAUCCCAGAAGGCAGACUUAGCUUAGAAAAGUAACAUACACCUGGAAACUAUUUCGUAAGGAGACAGUCCCUUUGUCCUCUCUUGGCUGGAGCCAAGAGGGCAUCUGUGGCUAAGCAGAGGUUGCUUCUUUGAUGCAUGUAGUCAAAGAGAGAGAGGUGGCUGCCCUGCCCUGUGCUUUUGUCGUUACCUGCACAGGUGAGGCCACGCCCACCUCUAGUCACAUGCAGAGGAAGUCUGUCCCAGCCCAGAAGGAAACAGGAAGUUGACCUGCUGGCUGGACAAACAUUCCUCCCCAUGUGUAAGCAUGUUCACUCUAGGAAUGUUGUACUUGACUGCUCUUGUGUUUCACAUCCCACACAAUGGCCCACAAAAGUCCUUCCCAGCAUGUGUUCAUCAAGGUAACAUUCGGUUACUCCUUUCCUGACAGUGAUGCCAGAGUAACCAUCCUCAGAGUGUGGUGAGGGUGCAGGCUGUUCUUACUUUAUCUGUAAGCUACCUUGGUGCCCUGUCAGCUGAAAAGGCGGGGCAUAGAUUCAUCAUCAUCAUCAUCAUCAUCAUCAUCAUCAUCAUCUGUGGCUGGAUGGUUACGUGGGAGCCGGUUGAAGUUAAAUCCUUCGAAGACAGAGGUCCUCUGGCUGGGACGGGAUGAUAUGGGAUUGGGGGGGCAACUCCAAUCUCUUGCAGGGGCGCAAUUAGUGCCAGCACCAUCCGUUAAGAGUUUGGGUGUAAUCUUUGACACCUCCCUUUCCAUGGAGGCGCAGAUUGCAGCUAUAACCAAGGCGGCAUUUUUUCAUUUUCGCCAAGCUAAGCAGUUGGCUCCUUACCUCUCUCGCCCUGACCUAGCCACUGUGAUCUAUGUGACGGUCACCUCCAGACUGGAUUAUUGUAAUUCACUCUACGUGGGGCUGCCCUUGAGACUGACCCAGAAACUCCAGCGGGUGCAGAAUGCCGUGGCGAGACUCCUUAUGGGGUCCUCGCUGCCGGAUCACAUUCACCCGGUCCUAUACCAGCUGCACUGGCUCCCGGUGGAGUACAGGAUCAGGUUUAAGGUGCUGGUUUUAACCUUUAAAGCCCUAUGUGGCCUGGGACCCUCGUACCUACAGGACCGCCUCUCCUGGUAUGUCCCACGGAGGACCUUACAGUCUUCAAAUAAAAACAUCUUGGAGAUCCCGGGCCACAGGGAGGUUAGGCUGGCCUCAACUAGAGCCAGGGCUUUUUCGGCGUUGGCUCCGAUCUGGUGGAACGCUCUGUCCCAAGAGACUAGGGCCCUGCAGGACUUGACAUCUUUCCGCAGGGCCUGCAAGACAGAGCUGUUCCACCAAGCCUUUGGCCAGGGCACAGCCUGACUCCCUCCUUUGGCAAUCUUCACAGAACUCUAGCCCGAUGGUUGCCAUCAAUUUGAUUUGAAUUAAUUUUAUAAUGAAAUGAUUUUAGAAUGUUGUACUAUUUUAUUGUUGUUAGCCGCCCUGAGCCCGGCUUCGGCUGGGGAGGGCAGGAUAUAAAUAAAAUUUAUCAUCAUCAUCAUCACAAUGAAAUUCGCCCACGUUCUCUUGAAAUGGCAAUGGUACCCAUCUGAGAGGUGCCAGAACUUAGUUCCGGCGAGGUCCAGCUGAAAAAAAGGGGGAUUUGUCCAGCCCUCUUUUAAACCCAUCCCGAUUGGCGGCCAUCACUCCCUCUUGUGGCAAGGAGUUCCACAGUUGAACCCCAUGCGCUGCGCAGAAGAAGAACUCCCUUUUGCCUGCCUCGAAUCUUCCAACGCUCAGCUUCCCUGGAUGCCCGAAAGUUCUAACGUGACGAGAGGCGGAGAAAGACUUUUCUUCCUCCACUUUCUGCACGUCAUGCAUAAUUCAGGACUCCGUGCAUAAAUAUGUCAAGAGUCUCUGCCAAGAAAACUUGAAUUCUGCGCCGUUUAUGCAUUAUUUAUCAAAAUGGCACCCGCCAGCUUGUUUCUCGCACACGUGCCGAGGGAAUAGAGGUGGGAAGUGUCCCACUUUUGCAAGAGAUAGUCCUCUGCUUGAAGAAGGGAGCAGGGAUCAUAUAAUUGUAAAAUUGGGAGAGAUCCCCAAAGGCCAUCUAGUUCAACCUCCUUGCAAUGCAGGAAUGACAGCUAAAGAAUAAUCCCUGCCAGAUAUAAUAAUAAUAAUAAUAAUAAUAAUAAUAAUAAUAAUAAUACAGUGGUUGUGAAGGAGAUCCGUUCCGGAGGUCUGGCCGGAUCCUGAGGUUUUCACAACUGGAGAGACCGCUUCUGUGCAUAUACUUCCGGGUUUGCCGCUUAUGUAUCCUGAAAUUUACGUAAUUGGAGGGAUAUGUAAGCGGAGGUACGACUGUAAUAAUAAUGAUGAUAAUGAUAAUAAUAAUAAUAAUAAUAAUAAUAAUAAUUCAUUUAUACCCCGCCCAUCUGACUGGGUUUCCCCAGCCACUCUGGGCGGCUUCCAACAGUUAAUUUUUAACCUCCAAAAAGAGAGAGCUCUUCUUGCUUUUCAUAUAGCCCUGUGGAAAGCCUCCAAGUUAUGGCCUUUUCACCGUACAUUUCAGUGCAAAUUAAACCAAUUAUUCUCCAGCUCCCUCAAGCAUCCUCAUAAGGCUUGGCUUCCUUGAUCAGUCUUGGUCACCCUCCUCGACCCAUUUUCUUCUAUCACUUGUAACUAUUUAAUUUACAUGCUGCUUAAUGCCUUCUAAGCAGUGUACAAAGUGUAAAAAAAAAACCCAUUACGCAAAUCUUGAAACAGGAGCGCCCAUAAUAUAAAUCCAUCCAACUUUGAAAUUGAAACGUCAGAACGGAAAGCUCCACAAUGAGAAGACACAAUGUUGUGCUUCCAGAAAUGAGAGCUGGCUAGAAAAGUACAUGGCGGCAGGUAGAGAGACAUGGAGCUGAAUCUUCGCUAAGAAUCUGGGAGGCUCUGUUAUUAACCGCCGCUUCCGUGCAGAUUAAAUUGAGAAACAUCUUUCGGUGACCUCCCUGCCUGCAGAAGCCAGCAGCAGAGUUACUGGGGAGCUUCCUCAAACAUCAUUAAAUUCAAAUGAUUAUUUCUUUUUUAAUAGAAUGAAGUGUGUGCCCAAUUCUGGGACCCAUGUCUUACCUGUCUGUAAUGAAGUUGUGGAAAUAUAAAUAAUAAAAAUAUAAAUAAUAAAAAUGAGAAGAGAAGACUCCCUGGAAAAGACCCUGAUGUUGGGAAAGUUGGAGGGCACAAGGAGAAGGGGACGACAGAGGACGAGAUGGUGGGACAGUGUUCUCGAAGCUACCAGCAUGAGUUUGACCAAACUGCGGGAGGCAGUGGAAGACAGGAGGGCCUGGCGUGCUCUGGUCCAGGGAGUCACGAAGAGUCGGACACGACUAAACAACAACAUUAUUAUUAUUAUUAUUAUUAUUAUUAUUAUUAUUAUUAAUGAUGAUGAAGAAAUGAUACAUUCAAGAUGGAGCAAGCUUGCUUCCAUUUGCUUCAGAGGGUAGGACCUGAACCCAUGGCUUCAAGAACGAGAUUCCGACUAAACUGUAGGAAGAACUUUCUCACAAUAGGAGCUGUUUGAUUAUGGAACAGACUCUCUCAAAAGGCGGCGGAACUCUCCUUCCUUGGAGGUUUUUAAGCAGAGGUUGGAUGGCCAUUUGUCAUGGAUGCUUUAGCUGAGAUUCCUGCAUCGCAGGGGGUUGGACUAGAUGAUCCUUGGGGUCCCUUCCAACUCUAUGAUUCUGUGAUUAUUAGCUCCUACAAGUCUACAUCCUGACCUGGCUGCCAGGAGAUCCAACUGAAUGGAAUGCAGCUUACUUCUGAAAUGGGCAAGCUGGGUGGGGGGCAAAUUUCCAUGCUGUUUCUCUUUUGUCCUUCAUAUUCAUGGACGGCCUUACUGUCUUCCAUAAAUUUGUCUGAUCUCCUUAUUUGAAUUCCAUAAAGGUAAAGGUACCCCUGACUGUUAGGUCCAGUCGUGGCCGACUCUGGGGUUGUGGUGCUCAUCUUGCUUUACUGGCCGAGGGAGCCGGCGUACAGCUUCCGGGUCAUGUGGCCAGCAGGACUAAGCCGCUUCUGGAGAACCAGAGCAGCGCACGGAAACGCCGCUUACCUUUCCACCGGAGUGGUACCUAUUUAUCUAUUUGCACUGUGACGUGCUUUCGAACUGCUAGGUGGGCAGGAGCAGGGACCGAGCAACGGGAGCUCACCCCGUCGCGGGGAUUCGAACCGCCGACCUUCUGAUUAGCAAGUCCUAGGCUCUGCGGUUUAACCCACAGCGCCACCCACGUCCCUAUUUGAAUUCCAUAGCAGCCUAUAUAUUUACCCCUCUUGUUUAAUGCACACUGCCUGCCUGCUCAAUGUAAAUUGAGGAGUUGUUGUUGUUGUUUAGUCGUGUCCGACUCUUCGUGACCCCCUGGACCAGAGCACGCCAGGCCCUCCUGUCUUCCACUGCCUCCCGCAGUUUGGUCAGACUCAUGCUGGUAGCUUCGAGAACACUGUCCCACCAUCUCGUCCUCUGUCGUCCCCUUCUCCUUCUGCCCUCCAUCUUUCCCAACAUCAGGGUCUUUUCCAGGGAGUCUUCUCUUCUCAUGAGGUGGCCAAAGUCUUGGAGCCACAGCUUCAGGAUCUGUCCUUCCACUGAGCACUCAGGGCUGAUUUCCUUCAGAAUGGAGAGGUUGGAUCUUCUUGCAGUCCAUGGGACUCUCAAGAGUCUCCUCCAGCACCAGAAUUCAAAAGCAUCAAUUCUUCGGCGAUCAGCCUUCUUUAUGGUCCAGCUCUCACUUCCAUACAUCACUACAUCAUUUUUUUAAGGGGAUGUAAAUAAUAUUUUUAAUAUUUCCUUUAUCUGCCCUCUUAAAUGCAUGACCUGCCAGCUUCAUCGGAUAACGAUACUUGUGAGUUUCCUUUGCUUUUCGAAAGUUUGUGGCUAAUUCCCUCUUCAUGUUCCUGUGUAAAUAAUUCAACGGGUUUUUGUGUGCAAAUAAUAGAAAAGGGCUGCUCAGGUUUACUUAUUGGUCCGAAAAAUGGGUGCAAGAUAAUUCAAGAUGAUCCCAAGAAAUAUGCCCCUCCUGUGGGUCGUUGUGCUUGACUUGGAUGGGGUUGAAGAACUGGCCUGACAUACAUAAUCUCUCCUGUAUCUUCUUGAUAUGGUCUUGGAAAAUAAUUUUUUUUGCUGCCUCAGUUCUCCAUCUGUUAUAAUACUUCUUAGUAUUACACUUAAAAUGCUUCUUAAGAUUGCUGAGAGGGUAGUUGAAAAAACACACACCAUAUUUUUAAAUUAAAUUAAAUUUACAAUGAUGUGUCUGGAUAGCUCAGUUGGCUAGAGCGUGGUGCAGAUCUGAUCUCCAUAUGGGACAACUGCAUAUUCCUGCAUUGCAGGCGGUUGGACUAGAUGAUCCUUGGGGUCCCUUAUAACUCUACGAUUCUCUGUUUACCUGUGAGAUCAUUUAACCCUACGUGCACCAACACAACCUCUUCAAUCGGGAACCUCUUCGAUCGGUGCCAUUCCACAUUUGCAAGAACUCAAUUGUUCGGUGUGGCAGCACCUGCAACUCUGCGAAAUUGCCCAGAGUUCUUGAGCUUUUUUUAGGGAGGAUUGCCAAAAAUCGCUCACCCGCAUGCCCUGCUGCUCGCAUGCGUCGCGAUAGCUGCUUGCCUGCUUGUCAUCUGUCCCAUCGCAGGCACAAGCCUCCAAACGCCCGCCCAAUUAACGCAGCGACAGCCAAUCAACACCACCCCUUGCCGCAGCCAUCAAUAACAUGCCUAAUAGCCGCUGACAACCUCCAGGUCGCGGCAACAGCCAAUCACACGUCACCCCUAUGCACUAUCCGUGUAUAGGACAACCCUGAAUUUUAAAGCUUUUUUUAAAAUUAAAAACCGCCAUCUAAUACAUGGAAAAGUACGGUAAUUGUUGCUGGUUUUUCUUGACAUCCGCCUGUCUUGGGAGACAAGGGAAGGCUGUGCUUUUGUGGGCAGAGUCAAACAGCUGGGAGGUUGCAGCACCAGUUGUGGCUGCAGAGACUGAUGCAGGAGAGACAUGUUUUGUUGCAACCGGGGCAGAGGAAGGCGUCCAGUUGUGCUGCUGAAGAUGCACAAUUCUUCUCUCUGCGCUCCUGCAAUUUUUUUCUUAGUGAUCAUUUUACGGCUUUAUCUUUUUUGUAAACUGCUUCAAGGUUUGUUUGUUUUUCUCUUCCUACAGUCAGUGGUCUAUGAAAUAAAACAAGCCCAUAAAUGGUGGCAGCAUCCUCUGGCUGGUUUGGGAGUAAGAAUGCCUCCUUCUGUACAAACCACUCUCCUGUGCCAGAAGGUCUUCUGAGUUGAUGCUCUUUGAUUCCUGGACAGAGAAUCGCCAGCUGUGAAGAAUUGUGGCUGUGUGUUUUCCUUUUGAUGUGCAACUGGGCUGCACCAAAGAGAUUGCCACAGUUCAAAAUGUGCCGCGGGGAUCUCAAAGUUUUCUCAUCCUCUCCCCCAGCUCAUUAUCUGAGUCCACAACUUGACUUAAGUUCAAGCCUGGCUCGUCAUGGGUUAACUGCCAGCGAGCUCUUCCCACUAGCCCUCUCUUCCCCGUUACAAAGGACCAGGGCUGGAUUGAGGUUGGAUGAGGUCCUAAGCUCCUGAAGGGAAUGGGGCCCUUUCUAUGUCCAGCUGUCCUUUGCCAACAACAAAUUGUCCCUGUUUUUGUGUUGAAUAGAUGCUAUAUGGUCAUUUAUGGACCUCACAGGUAUCUCAAGCCAUUUGCACAUGUUGCCCUGCAACCAGUCCAUGCAGAAUGUAGGCACCCUAUAUAUAGAAAUGAGCAAACCAGUGAUAUUAGAGGGAGCAGGCGAGCAGGCGGGGCCCAUGACUUACAUCUUAGGAGCCUACACAACACAAAACAGGUUUUAUUUUAUUUGUUUUUUAUCUUAUAUUUUGGAAAUAUACAUCCAAUUUGUCCCCUUUAAAUUUUUUUGGGGCCCCCACAUAAAUCCAGGACUGCAAAGGGCCAGCAAUGGGGAGUAACCUAGCUGUCUAGUUUGUCUCGAAGGCCUGGCUUCUCCUGCCCAGUAACAAUCAAGGCCGCUGAGAUUUACGGCUAUUGUCAUUUCCUGUAUCUGAUUUAACAAGGGAUGGAAGGACAGGACCUGUCAAUUCAUGAUCUCUCACUUUCUCAUUUCCCCCCAGUCUUAAACACAGUCCUCUGCAUCUGGUGGCAAUUUGUGAUUACCAAUGAAAAUUUGUCAGGAUUUCAGUGCAAAUCUGUCCUGAUAAACACAUAUUUAUAUGCAGCCUUAUCAUUUUUUGCAAGCCAUUUCCCCUAUUUUUUUGGUACGUUAUUUGCACUAAUACCUUCAUUCUUAUGCACAUGCUCCUGUAAUGUUUGCAUUUAUGCAAGCGUUGCUUGGUUGGAUCACUGCAUUGCAAAAUUCGGCUAAGUGAGACUUUUGAAGGACGUCUGAGUCUCAAUCUGCAUAUCGCCUUGGAAAGUGUGGAUUGGGUAGAGCUGGUUUUGAACAUGUUCUGCAUUGGAUUUCUCCCCCAAUCCUAGAUUCGACCGGCUGAAAUUUCUGUCUCAUUUGGCUGUUGGACUUCUGUGCCAACACAGAGUGUGCGCAGCGACUGGGGCAAAGAAAUAAAUAUCUUUGCUUAGUUUUAUUUCAAAUACUUAACAGUCAAACGCUGUAAGCCAUCACUCAUCACCAGCAUACAAAACAUUUGAUUAACUUAAAUACAGUUUUCAAAUAACCAAUUACCCUAUCACAUCCCUUCAUUCGGUGCAGAAAGUAAACUCCCCCUUCAAUUAGUCACAUUGUCAAGAGACCACAGGUGUGCUGCCAAGCCUCUGAGUAGCACCAUUGACCAUCUCAAGAUAAAGAAAAACCCAACACAAGCAGGCUUCCAAUUUGAAAUGGGGGUGGGGGGGACAGAAGCUGUGACCCCACCCCAAACGGCAGUAGCCUGUUAUGCAAGCCCCCUGGGAAACCUGACCUUUAACACCUUUGUCUGAAACUGGAACAAGAGUUUUUGCUUUCCAGUUCCGUACAUCCCAGCUGGCAAAUCAACCACGCUUUGUGAGGGAGAACCAAAAGGUGAAAUAUCAAGAGGUUUGCCUCCUUCACUGCAGUGGGGGCUGAAAUCAGCAGAGGGGGCUCUCUUUGUAGUUCCUCCAUCCUCAGAGGCUCAGGGGUAGUUCUGGUCCAGCAGGAUAUGGUCUUCUCAGUGGUGGCCCCUAAGCUAUGUCACCUUCGUUGUAUGGCUUCCAAAGGUUGCAGAAGAAACACCUCUUUUCUCUUGACACUGGAGUGGUAUGUUCUUAGGACCCACCUUGUUUUUAGGGUCUAAAGUUGUUUCAGCCGUUGAAAGGCGGUUGGAGGAUGGAUGGCGGCUAACAUAUUGAGGUUGAAUCCUGACAAGGCAGAAGUACUAUUUUUUGGGGGGACAGGGGGGCUGGUGGGUGUGGAGGACUCCCUGGUCCUGAAUGGGGUAACUGUGACCCUGAAGGACCAGGUGCGCAGCCUGGGAGUCAUUUUGGACUCACAGCUGUCCAUGGAGGUGCAGGUUAAUUCUGUGUCCAGGGCAGCUGUCUAGCAGCUCCAUCUGGUACGCAGGAUGAGACCCUCCCUGCCCGCAGACUGUCUCGCCAGAGUGGUGCAUGCUCUGGUUAUCUCCUGCUUGGACUACUGCAAUGCGCUCUACGUGGGGCUACCUUUGAAGGUGACCCGGAAACUACAAUUAAUCCAGAAUGUGGCAGCCAGACUGGUGACUGGGAGCGGCCGCGAGACCGUAUAACACCAGUCCUGAAAGACCUACAUUGGCUCCCGGUAUGUUUCCGAGCACAAUUCAAAGUGUUGGUGCUGACCUUUAAAGCCCUAAACAGCCUCAAAGGCCCAGUAUACCUGAGGGAGUGUCUCCAUCCCAAUCGUUCAAUCAGGAUACUGAGGUCCAGCGCCAAGCGACACCUUUCAACUUCCUACUAAAUAGAUGGAUUUUGUCAGGGGACUGAUUAGUAAAUCCAGGGAAACGGGGUUGUCUGGUAACCUUAACCAAGGGCCUUCUGGAGGUUCCCUCCCUGUGAGAAGUGAGCUUACAGGGAACCAGGCAGAGGGCCUUCUCGGUGGUGGCGCCCACCCUGUGGAACACCCUCCCAUCAGAUGUCAAGGAAAUAAACAACUAUCUGACUUUUAGAAGACAUCUGUUUAGGGAAGUUUUUAAUGUUUAAUGUUUUAUUGUGCUUUUAAUUCUGUUGGGAGUCGCCCAGAGGGGCGGGAUAUAGAUAAUACAUUGUUGCUGUUGUUUAUUUUUAAUGCUGUUUUGUAAUGUCAAAGAGAUAAACAACUACCUGACAUUUAGAAGACAUCUGAAGGCAGUGCUGCUCAGGGAAGUUUUUAAUGUGUGACAUUUUGAUGUAUUUUUAAUCUUUGUUGGAAGCAGCCCAGAGUGGCUGGGGAAACCCAGCCAGAUGGGUGGGGUACAAAUAAAUUAUUAUUAUUAUUAUUAUUUGCUGUAAUCUGCCCUAGUGUCAGGCACUGGCUGGAUGAAAAGGAAUGGUGGAAGCACAUAGGAAGACAAUUUGAAUUCUGGAUUCUAGUGGUGGGAAUAGUGGUUUAGGCCCACACCCCAGAGGAGGGGAAGAGCUGAGAAGUGCUAGAAGCUGGGAUCUUGGAGGAGGAGAAAAAGGAGGAAACAGGCAGGUGGCCCAGCGCAAGGCAGAGACAGGAAUCUGACCUGGCAGCUCCAUCACAGAGCCACCCUAACAGCUUCUCCUCUGACAGCUGGCAAGCCCCCUCCACUCCCAGAACAAGGCGUCUGAGCAGAGAGCCAGGCAGACACAGAGAGGGUCCCUUGGGAGUUGCGUAGACAGAGUGAAGGGCUGGACACAGAGGGAUAAGGAGAGGAGGGGGCGGCGGCGUUACAAGCCAGUCCGGGCAACUGCUUCAUCUAGACAGGAUCAACCCUGAGAAGUCUCUGUUCUGCUUCCUUAAUGGAAAAAAACAAAAACCAAUUAAUUGUACGUUAGCUGGUGUUUCCCUGUCUUUCUCUGAUCUGUGAACGACCUGUUCUUCUUGUCAGCUCCCUGACGGUUGGACUUUAAGGUGAAGAGUACAGUGGAUGCUCAGGUUGCGAACGCGAUCUGUGCAGGAUGAAUGUUCGCAACCCGCAGCGUUCACAACACGCACGGGUUGCAACUUGGCACUUCUGCACAUGCGCAAAGCACGAUUUAGUGCUUCUGUGCAUGCGCGACUGCUGAAACAUGGAAGUAACCUGUUCUGGUACUUCUGUGUUUCAGCAGUCCGCAACCCAAAAAAACACAACCUGAAGCGGAUGCAACAUGAGGUAUGACUGUACUUAACAAUAAAUAACGAAAUAUACCGGUCUGUGGGGGAAGCACACCUUGGGCACUUUGCAUAGCCACACCACACUCCGUGACUUUGUUCCCCUCCGAUUCCCCCCUCCAUCCUUCCAUGUUUCCGUUUGCCCAUCCCUUUAUCCUCCCCACACAGCCCUCCAUGACCCAUAAGGUGAGCCCUACGACAAGGCCAACCCCCCACGUCCCUGACCCUCACUUUCCCCCCUUUGCCCCCUCGCUUUGCUUGAGGUGGGCGCUGCUCCUGCCUGCAGACAUGGUGGUGUGGCUCUGCUGCGUGCCCAGGCUGGAGGGAUGGGGUGGCGGCGGCAUUGGCGGCAACAACAUCAUCAUGGCGAUGGAGCCUUGUGGCUUCUCCGGGCUCUUGUACCAGAAGCAGGAGCACAUGGACCGGAAGAGGAGGACCGUGGCCCAGACACACCACCACCGAGUUUGCAGGCCAGAGCGGCGCCCAUCCCGACUCCCCUCCCGUCUCUCCGGCUGCCAUUUUGGACGAGGAGGAGGAGGCAACUCCCAGCACGCCUGCCUGCCGAGCCCAGACGAGGAGGUGGGAGGCCCUUCUCUCCACCUUCCUCCCCGCCAGCGACCGGUCCCCGUAACCCGCGAGGCGCUACUGACCGGGCUUGCCUCUGCUUUGUGUCUUUGUUCCGCAGGGUACGGCCAUGCGGCCCCGAGCACCGAUGGUGGGAAGGUCUUCUGCAUGUUCUACGCCCUGCUGGGGAUCCCGCUCACCCUGGUCAUGUUCCAGAGCCUCGGGGAGAGGAUUAACACGCUGGUGAGGUACCUCCUGCACCGCAUCAAGAAGUGCCUUGGGAUGAGGCGGCCGGAGGUCUCGAUGGCCAACAUGGUGACCAUCGGCUUCUUCUCCUGCAUCAGCACCCUCUGCAUCGGGGCCGCCGCCUUCUCCUACUACGAAAACUGGACCUUCUUCCAGGCCUACUACUACUGCUUCAUCACGCUCACCACCAUCGGCUUCGGAGACUAUGUGGCCCUGCAGAAGGAGCAGGCCCUGCAGACUCAGCCCCAGUACGUGGCCUUCAGCUUCAUCUACAUCCUCACCGGCCUGACCGUGAUCGGCGCCUUCCUCAACCUGGUGGUGCUGCGUUUCAUGACCAUGAACGCUGAGGAUGAGAAGAGGGACGCCGAGCACCGGGCGCUGCUCAGCCGCAACGGCCAAGCCAGCAGCGUCCACACCACGGACACCACGGCGUCCUCCACGGCCGCCGCACUGGGGGGCGUGGGGGUGGGCAGCGGGGCCGGGGGCCGGGGGGGCCUCCGGAACGUCUAUGCCGAGGUCCUGCACUUCCAGUCCAUGUGCUCCUGCCUCUGGUACAAGAGCCGGGAGAAGCUGCAGUACUCCAUUCCCAUGAUCAUCCCCAGGGACCUCUCCACCUCAGACACCUGCAUGGAACAGAGCCACUCGUCUCCGGGGCGGUACCCCGAGACGCCGCCCAACCGGUGCUUCUGCAACGCCCAGCGAUCGGCCAUCAGCUCUGUAUCCACAGGCCUGCACAGCCUGUCCGCCUUCCAGGGACUCAUGAAGCGGCGCAGCUCGGUCUGAAGGCUGGCGAGACCCUCUCCGGGAC